UGCGGGGGAGAAGGACGGCUGCAGGAGCCAAUGGGCGGCCGCGCCGCUUCCUGCUUGGCUGGCCCCGCCCUCGCACCUGCCAGCUGGGCGACUUUACAUAACAGCGGCGGGCGCAGCGUAAGAGUUUGCGCUGCGUUAGGACGGGCCACGUCCCUUCAGCUCCCUGUUCUGCCCUGCCUUUGACUCGUCAGUUCCAGGUAACCCCGGCCAGAAACGGAAGACAUUUACCUGGGAGUAAGCCACCUACGUGUAAUUCAGCAGGACUUGUUUCUGAGUAGGCAUUGUUAGGCCUGCGCUGUUAAGAGGUGAUGCACCUGCAAUCUGAUCUUGAAGCAUGUUUACUCAGAAGUAAGCCCUACUUGGGAUGCGGGUGGCGCUGUGGGUUAAACCACAGAGCCUAGGACUUGCCGAUCAGAAGGUCGGCGGUUUGAAUCCCCGCGACGGGGUGAGCUCCCGUUGCUCGGUCCCUGCUCCUGCCAACCUAGCAGUUCAAAAGCACACCAGUGCAAGUAGAUAAAUAGGUACCGCUCCGGCGGGAAGGUAAACUGCAUUUCCGUGCGCUGCUCUGGUUCGCCAGAAGCGGCUUAGUCCUGCUGGCCACAUGACCCGGAAGCUGUACGCCAGCUCCCUCGGCCAGUAAAGCGAGAUGAGUGCCGCAACCCCAGAGUCAGUCACGACUGGCCCUGAUGGUCAGGGGUCCCUUUACCUUUAAGUCCUACUUACUCAGAAAUAAACUUGAGUUCGGUGGGAUUUGCUUCCUACUAAGUGCCUUAAGUAGCUGUGCUGGCUUCUCCUUAAUAAUCCCCCAGGAAGCAGUGUGAAAGGGGGAAGGCAAAAGCCAGAAGGUUUCAAGGGCUGCAAUCCCAACUACAGGGAGUAAAUUCACAUUCAAACUUCUGUUAAAACGUGAUUGUGAGAUUCAGCUGCGUUGCUGGACUGAUCUAGCGGGAGUUCAGAUGAGAAACUUUGCAUUUCAGGGGUUGGAAGGGAAGCAGGGACAAGAUUAGGAGCGCAAUCCUAGGUAUGUUUACCCAAAAGUAAAGGCCCCUUAAGUGCUCAAGGACAUAUUGUAAUGUACUCACAGUCAUGCUUAAAGCAGCAGUCAUAAACACACACAAGAGGGAGGGAAUGAGCCCCAUAGGAGACAAUGGGGCUUACUAAGGGCAACCAAAAUGAACAAAGGGUUGGAGCAGCUUCCCUAGGAGGAAAAGUUGUAACAUUUGGGACUUUUUAGACUGGAGAAAAGAAAAGUAGGAGAGCUAUGAUAGACUUGUAUGCAAUUAUGCAACCUGUGGGGGGAAAUGUGAUAGACGCCAUUAGAACUUGGGGACAGAAGAUGAAUGUUGGAAGAUCCAGGAAAGAUAAAAUAAAGUACUUCUUCACAGGCCACAUAGUUAAAAUAUUGAAUUUGCUCCUGCAAGAAGUAGUCACGGCCACCAAUUUGGACGGCUUCAAAAGACAACUUGAUGGGAGGAUAAAGCUAUCAGUGACUCCCAGCCAUAAUGGCUGUGUUCUGCGUCCAGGGUGUGAGGCAGGAUGCCUCUGGAUGCCAGUUGCUGGGAAUCAGAAGUUGAGAGAGGGCCAUUGCUCUCAGGUCCUGCCUGAGGCUUCCCAGAGGCACCUGAGGGGCCAUUGAGAGCAGACAGGUGGAUGAGAUGGGUCUUUGGCCUCUUCUUCUGUAUAAGCAUGCACUGUAAGUGCGCAUGAAAUUGUAGCCUUUGCUAUCUUUUGUGUGCUUUCCGUGGAAGGAAGUGGCAGAGAGGGCAAUAGCUUUCCCCUCUUCUAACUCUGCCUAUGGGUGUCUAGUUACAAUCUUUGUGAGACCACCCUAAAUUCUCUGUAUUUAAACAACAACAACCAGGAAGUUCUAUGUGCAAUUCUGUGUGCACAUGUCACCAGAUGGGUAAGGUUGGUCCUAUAGGGCAGGUAAUUUCAGUGAUUUUAGGUCAUUGUGUAUAUGGAUGACCGCUUUAAAAAAAACAGCUGUGCUGUGAGAGACCUUUGUUUCAAUUAGUGCUAUACUGUAGUCCAAAACAUCCAACUGCUGGCUUCUGUAUUUUUAAAGGAAGAGCAGCAAUUGGUACAACCUGAGAGAUUUUUUUUUAGCACAUCCUAACAUUGAAGCCUGCAGAAUGUCCCCUCCAUUUCAUCUUUGGACUUUUUCACCGUAUCUGCACCAGUUAAGGAAUUUUUAAUUCUCCAAUUCCCCCCACCCACCCCCAACCUGUCUUAUUCCUGACCCAAGGUGGCAACCCAACAUGAGCCCUUAGUAUAUAAUCUGGAAGAUAUCAUUACUAAUUAGUUUUUCUGGGACAAAUUUUCAUAUACAUUAAAAAAGUUUACUUGCCUAUAUCUGUGUGAUUUAAACAACAAUCUUAGGAACAUUAUCUUAUGAAAUGAGUUCUAGAGGGUAGCCAUGUAAGUCUAUUAACAAAAAAGAGAGUCUCGUGGCAUCUGAAAGCCCAGUAGAUUUAUUGUAGCAUACGUUUUCGUGCAUCUGAUGAAUGGGUACAAUUCCACAAAUGCUUACACUGCAAUAAAUCAUAUUAGAGGUACCACACACCAUGUUCCUAUUCUUUAGAGGAAAAUAGCUACUCAAGGCUAUUGUUUUUGUGUGUGGGUGUAUUCUCCAAUGCGAAAUUGACUCAGUUAAUAGCGGGUUCAUACUUGACUGCCCACAUAUCACUGCUUUAUUAGUUCUGUGAUGCUUUCCCAGUGUUAAUGCAUUAUUGCUGUCGAGAGAUACUCUUGUAGUAUAGUGCAACAAAAACGGGACAAAAAGUAAACAGGACUGUUUGUGGUCUAACACUUUAGAGGAUUUCAGCAGCCAGUUACAGGAAGACAUGCAUUGGUUGGAAAGGAAGCAGUAUUUCUGCCCCAAAAUGGUUGUCGCUAGAAACAGCACUGAAAGUGGGAUUGUGUAUGAUUGCCCUGAUACCACCAUGAAUGCAAAUCAUCAUAAAGGUAAAGGUAAAGGUACCCCUGCCAGUCAUGUCCGAUUCUGGGGUUGUGCGCCCAUCUCGCUUAAGAGGCCGGGGGCCAGCGCUGUCCGGAGACACUUCCGGGUCACGUGGCCAGCAUGACGAAGCUGCUCUGGCGAGCCAGCACCAGCGCAGCACAUGGAAACGCCGUUUACCUUCCCGCUAUAAAGCGGUACCUAUUUAUCUACUUGCACUUAGGGGUGCUUUCGAACUGCUAGGUGGGCAGGAGCUGGGACCGAAAGAUGGGAGCUCACCCCGCCGCGGGGAUUCAAACCGCCGACCAUAUGAUCGGCAAGUCCUAGGCGCUGAGGUUUUACCCACAGUGCCACCCGCGUCCCACGCAAAUCAUCAUGAAUGCACACGAAAAAGGAUGUCUGGCGGGACUCUCAGUUUGGGACGGCAGCAAAUCUGCAUAGCUGCUCUAGAGGCAUUUCAAAAGCAGUAGUAGCCUUCAAUGUAGCUGGUCAAUAUAUAGUCCAAAAAAGGCCAGAUUCUCCUGAAUGGUUGUCAGUAGCCCUGAGUUCCAUUAAUCACUUUUGUGGAUGUAGCUGAAUAUGAAUGCCAUUUGAGUAGGAUCAGGAGGUACUGGGUACAUAUGCUGGUUUACAUCACAUCCAAGUAGUAAAAAGCAUUUUAUUUUAUUUUUUCCAUUUCCUACCCAUGUAAACUGCUGCUUUUAGGCUAUCAUCCCACAAAAGAAGCAUAAUAUAAAAGAGUUCACUGUUAAGAUUGGCCAGGGUCUUUAAAAAAUGUACAUGUUAAAAUAGAUGCAGUUGAUAUCAGAUAGAAGUGGGAUUAAUGUGAGAUUGGUAAAAGCCUUCCUUAUAUAAGAAUAAUGUAAUUUAGUGAGCAGGGGAAGAUGAAAAGAGAAUGUUCUUAUUCUGCAGGUGAUGGAACUACAGCAAAUGCAAAUAAGUGGCCUGGAGAGAGGAUUUGGCACUUGGCAACAGAACUCGGAAGUAAUUGCCUUCCUAUAACUUGCAAAACUGCACACAGGCUUGGUAUGUGGCUUCAUCUUUGAGAAGCUGUACGUUUUACAUACUUUGUCUUUCACAGGACAGGAUGAAGCUCCUGAUCAUUUAUUUCCUGGCAGCUGGUUUGAUGGGUCUUGGUGUGCAAGUUGCUGCACAGAGAGAGGAGUGCGUCUUUGAGAGGCUGAAUGAGAAGGAUGCCCAGUUUUGUAGGUGAGCUCAUUAUUCCCUCACAUUUCCCAUAGAAACACAGCCCAAGGGAUCAUUUUAUUUCAUCAUGGCCCCUGACAAUGUGAUAAGCAGUUUAUUUGAAUAUCAGAGUGGUGCAUGGUAAUAACAGUUUCAUAUUUUGCACAAUGGGUGCAGCCAGAAUUUAUGUUAGGGGGUAGGCUUUAUGCUGGGGGGGGGGGGCAGAACCUCAGUUAGUUAAGUAUAUUUAUUUAUUAAUUUACUGCCCACUGCACCCCCCCCGGCUACAUCCAUGUUUGCACACAUUGUGCCAGAACAUUUCUGGUAGAUGUGAUGUAACAGUUUUUGGGUAGGAGAAGGUCUGCAUGUGCUUAACUCUUCUAUUGAAACAAACUGGAAUUAGUUGUACUUAACUUUGGCUGCAUCUUGCUUCUUAUUCUGGAAUUUUAGAGUGUUGUAGGGAGGUGAGCUGAGGAGUCCUGAGGGCCAGCAGGGUGUGGUUGGUUGGUUGGUUGGUUUUUUGCAUUUAGCCCAUGGGCCUGAGGGUCCCCUGCCCUGAUUUAUAGCAGGAAUGUUGUAAUCAUGCUACUCACACCUUCUGACUUUGAGUUCUCCAUCACUACUGUACUAAGCUAUUAAAAAAAGUUCCAUUGUAAAUUCCUUUCUGUACAGAAAUGAUUUUAUAAGAAUCAUGUAAUCUUUGAGAAGUCCUUGGCCACAUCACAUCAUUUUGCGUUAAGUUUUGCCUACAAUAAGAAAGCCUCUACUAUUUAGGCCCUUCUUGGUGGCCAUCAGGGGCACUUUGGGGAAUGAGUUACUUUGCGCAUGAAAGGGGAAAGGGAGGAAGAGAGCUUUCAGUGAUGUGGAGCAGAUUGCAAAGAGACGGAUGAAUUAACCUGGAAAAAUAAAUAAUAAGAGAGUCAAAUAUGGGAUUGUAAGGAUGCUUGAAUAGACGUAAUCUAAAGAAUGAAAAGAACCUAUUAGCUACACUUUAAUUACUUUAAUAGUGUGUACAAGGAAAGGUGCAUUUUCAAUAUGGACAUGUGAAGUGAUUAUUGUACGAUGUGUUCCUGGUUGUGGUGACAGAACUCAGGUGUGCAAACUUAUUCUGUAUUAGUUUAUCCAAUGCAAGCUUUCUUUUGGGGGCAAGGUGAAUAUAUUUAAAAUUUAUACUUUUCAUAGAAUGCUGCUGAUCAUCAACUCACUUCUUGUUUGGAGUCUUUUGUAAGAUCUCACUCCAGUUUUAUGUUGCUUACAGAGGAGAUUUAGAAGUUUUGUAUCCAGAUCUGGGAGAUGUUGGCUGUACAUUUAUUCCAAAGUGCAACCAGUACCGUCAACAGAUCAGCACGGAAUGGACCAGCCCAAAUAUCAGAUACCACCAGGCAGAUGAGGUAAGGCAGCAAUGGUGUCAUUUUGUGAAAACGUUUUUGUUCAUGUCAGAGAUAUUUUGAAUACAGACCUGUCAUCAAAUCACAUAUCAUAUUAAUAUUUUUUUGUAAUAGUGUUUAAUAUCAGAAAAGCCUGCAGCCCAGGGAUUGUUUCAUGAAAUCCUGUUUGUACUAUCACAAGGUGGUGACAUGAAUAAAAAUUCAGUGCAUGAUCAGGAAAAUCCAGGUUCAAAUGUUCAGGUUGCUUUCAGCAUGUCAGUAGGAGGGAUUUAAUCAUAUACUGGGAAUUUAGGUUUGUGCAAUUAAAGGAUGUUAAAGUGCUCUCUUGCAAUAAAUCCACUUAAAAAAAACUUUUUGUGGUUAGGAAACCAAUGGGAAAAUGCACCAAAAAUGUGAGAUAAUUGACAAGAAGAUUUAUAACUUCCAUGCAAGCAAAUCAGGAUUCUGUGUUCAUUAUUGUAUAACCCCCUGCAACAAAUCAGAACAAAUGCUCAGUUAAGAGCGGACAUUGCAUAAGCUCCAUGUAAACCAUGUACAAUAAGCAGGUCAUUUGGAAGAGCCCCCCCCCCCAGACAUGAGCUCCCUGGGUGAGAGCCAGUCACUGUCCCUCAGCUUGAUCUCCCUCACAGGACUGUUGUGAGAAUAACUGGACACUGAGUACUAUGUGCUCAUUAGAGGAAGGGUAUGAUAAAAAGGAAUAAACAGCCGGGUAAGUUAAAACAAUUGGUACACAAGCAGCACUAAAGUGCAUCAGACACAAAUGACCCUGGAACUCUUUUAGCAACAGCAUUCUGGGAGCCCCUCUUGCGGCACUUUGGCAUCAUUCCUGCACGGUUGAUUCCUAGGCACAUCCUCUUCUAGAGGAGCUCUGCUAGUUGCUUCUUUCUUCUUUUCUGGUUUUACAAGGAUGCAGGCGAAAGGGAGGGAUCACACUGGCAGAAAUGUUUGUUUAGAAGAAGCAUGCACAGAUCCUUCAAAAAGCAUGAAAGUGUCACUUUCUUGAGAUAGUGGGAGAGGUAUUGGCUAUAUUCUAUACUGGACAUGCUAUUAUUUGGUAUAAAUUCACAUCCCUCAUCCUUAGCAUUUCCUUUGUUGCCUCCCAGACCCUGGAACUUGCAUGGUGAGCCAUAUGGUGCAAGUGACAUCUAGUGGCCCCAUAAUAUAUUGCUUUUAAAUGUAUAAUUUCUCUGUACUGUAUAUCUUUAUUAGUCUGGGAUAAAGAAUUUCAUUAUCAAAUUUCCUACAGGGUCUGGGGCACAAUUUAUGUGGAAGUCCUUUUGCUGUUCUCACACAGUGCCAGUCCAUUUCAGUGGAGCUUGCAAAGAACAGCUUCCACGAACUGCAUUGGCACUGUUGUACUUCAGUCACACAAUUCUCAAUCUGACUGGGUUGCGCCAGCCACUCUGAGCAGCUACCAGCAUACACAAAAAACAUAAUAAAACAUUAAAAAUGGCCUUCAUAUGUCUUCUAAAGGUUGUAUAGUUACUUAUCUCCUUGACAUCUGAAGGGAGGGCGUUCCACAGUGUGGGAUGAAGAAACAGAGGGGAUGCUCAUCAAAUUUGUAGAAGACGCAAACUGGGAGGGGUAGCUAAUACCCAGAAGACACAACCAAGAUUCAAGGUGACCUUAACAGAUUAGAGAACUAGAUAAAGCUAACAAAAUGCAUUUUAAUAGGGACAAAUAUAAAGUUUUACACAUGAUUGGCAUCCAUCCAUCUCGAGAGACAACAGAGUGUGCCUCAGGGGGUGAAGUCAAAAUGUUGUGUAACCUCUCUGGGGUGCAAGCCUGGGCAGCGUGCAUGGAGGUCCUUGCUGUUCUUGUCCGAAGGAAAGCAGAGCAAGACGUUUGGCAUCAGCUUGGUUGCAGGAGUUGCUGGAAGGAGGCGUACAAGAUGCCAUCCAAGCAUUUUAGGGACUCCACUCUGGAUACUACAAGGCAGUGGAGGUUGAGGAUCAGAGUUUUCCUUCUCCGAGAUGGGCUCCCUUCCCAGGUUAGACAUCUGCCCCUCACUUCCCUCUACAGAACGUGCUGAAACCGUUGGACCCACUCUUGGCCUUGGCUGCUCAAUUGGCCAGAGCCUGUCUUCACAUGCAGGGGAAGUCCCUAAGUCACCAAGGGUUUGAGACCCAUUGGCUCCCCUCACCUGGUUUAGCUGGUUUGGCUGGGCCAGGGAGGUGAUCAGUGUUUGUUUACAAGAGGGAAUGGUCCCUGCCUGCUUGAAGGAGGCAGCAGUAAAACCACUCCUUAAGAAAUUGUCCCUGGAUUCAGAAAACCUAGCUAACUACCAGUCAGUUACUAAUCUCCCUGUUCUGGGCAAGGUUCUGGAGCGAGUGGUCGUAGACCAGAUCCAGGCGCUUUUGGAAGAAACUGAUUUUUUGGAUCCAUUUCAAUCCGGGUUUAGGUCCAAUACUGUCACAGAAACUGCUUUGGUUGUCCUGUAUGAUGACCUCUGUCAAGAGAGAGACAAGGGAAACAUGUCCCUGUUAAUUCUUCUCCCCCUCUCAGAGUCUUUUGAUACCAUCGACCAUGGUAUCCUUCUGGAGCAACUCUCCAAACUAGGGGUGGGUGGCACUGCUUUGCGGUGGUUCCCUUAUUAUUAUUAUUAUUAUUAUUAAUAUUAAUAUUUUAUUUAUGAUGUUCAAUUGUAUACAUUUCAAAAAAUUUACAAUCAUUUUAACAUUUCGGAACUUUCAGAACCGCUUUGCGGUGGUUCCCUUAUUAAUAAUAAUAAUAAUAAUAAUAAUAAUAAUAAUAAUAUUUUCUACAUAUCUAAAUUAACUUAAUUUGCUCAUUUAUUCAUCUACUUUAAAUAUAAAGUGGAAGCUCGGGUUGUGAACGUGAUCCGUGCGGGAUGCACGUUCGCAACCCACAGCAUUCGCAACCCGCGUCUGCGCACUUGCGGGUUGUGAUUCGGUGCUUCUGUGCAUGCGCAAGGCACGAUUUAGCGCUUCUGCGCAUGCGCGACCGCUGAAACCUGGAAGUAACCCAUUCCGGUACUUCUGGGUUUCCGCGGUCCGCAACCCGAAAAAACGCAACCUGAAGCGGCUGUAACCCGAGGUAUGACUGUACACUCUUACAAAACUGCAGGUUAUUACAGUUUAUUUGUAAAUAUUCAAUAAACCAUUUCCAUUCUUUUAUAAAAAAAAUUGUUAUCUUAAUUUCUUACUUUUCUGGUAAGUUUUGCCAUUUCUGCAUAUUCUGUAAGUUUUUGUAUCCAUUCUUCUUUUGCUGGGACUUCUGCUUCUUUCCAUUUUUUGGGCAAGUAACAUUCUUGCCACUGUGGUUGCAUGCAUGAAUAAAUUCCUUUACCGUUUGAGUAGUUCUGUCCCUAUAACUCCCCAAAGUAAAGCUUCCGGGUUUUUGUUUUUUACAAGCAUUAUUUUAAACAUCUUUUUCAAUUAAUUAUGUAUAAUUUCCCAGUAAGCUUUAACUUAACUACAAGACCCCCACAUAUGAUAAAAAGAUCCUUCUUUCUCUUUACAUUUCCAGCACUUAUUUGAUUUGGAUUUAUACAUUUUUGCCCUUUUACUUGGUGUUAGGUACCAUCAAUACAUCAUUUUCAUAUCAUUUCCUCUUGGACCAUAACAUGCUGUAGAUUUUAUAACCAUAUUCCACAAUCGUUCCCAUGCUUCCAUAUCUAUAUUAUGACCAAUAUCUAUUGCCCAGUGUACGAUUGAGAAUUUUACUUGCUCAUCCUUUGCCUCCCGUUCUUUUGGUAAAGGGGGAAGAAUUGUUUUGUAAGAAAAUGAUUGACUUAGGGGAGGCAGGAUUCAAAUACGCUUCCUAACACUUUUGCUGCUUGUUCUCUACUCUCUCCCACCCCCCCGUCAACCCCUUUAAAUACAUUCACAUAUGGCAAAUGGGAUAGGAUUGAGGAUGCUGUGGCAGAAGUUAUUACUACUACUACUAAUUAUUAUUAAAUUUAAUUUAUAUGCCACUUAUAUGACAAAAUGCCUUCUAACUGGUUUACAUAUAUAUAAUACAUAUACGUAUAUAAAAUACAUAAUUAAAAUACAGUACACAAUAACAAUUUGAUCAGAACCUUGUAAAUUUUAAUUAAGAAUGUUUUAACAAAACAAACCAUUUAAAAGCAUGAUGCUUAAAACACUUUAAGAAAAAAACACCCCUGUUAAAACAAUGAAACCAAAAGUUCAUAUUCAGGUGAAUGCUUGCCUAGACAGAGGUGUCUGCAUGAGCCAUCAGAACGUCCAUACUGACUGAUGGACCUUCUCAGCCAGUGAAAAAUCCUUCCCCUGUGUUAUCACAAGCAAAUACUCAUCAGACUGUGGCAAAAGGAACUGGCUUUCAUUUGCAGAUUGUCCUGCCCUUACUGAAAAAUUUAGUGGAAGAUGGAUUUUGAGGUAACCUGGUCCAGAGUUAUUUAUGACUUUGUAUGGAAUUAGCAGGACCUUAAAACUGGCUUGGUGGUUACUAGGGAGUCAGUGCAGAGCCCAGCCCCGGUGUGAUAUGUGCUGGAUUAGGAGCACCAAGCGCCAACUGGGCUGUGGCAUUCUUCACUAGCUGUAGCCUCCAGACAUUGCAGUUGUCUAGACGUGAGGUGGCCAGAUUAGCCCUGGCCUGGAAAGGGUGCAGUUGACACUCAAGCUGAAGCUGUUUGCCUCAGAAGCUACCUAGGCAUCCAUGGACAAACCUCCGCAGGCCUGCUGAAGUCACCCAGAACCUGUUCAGGGAUUCACCAACACUAUGGUUAAGACCACCUCGGCCAGUUGAGGACAUUGGGCAACAGGGUAUGCAGUAGUCCAGCAGCAUCACCAAUCCGUCCUGCAGAUCCAGGCACAGAUGCAGGCCUUCAAGGUCCACUGCAGAGAGAAGGGGUGUUUUUUGGCAAGCCAAAUGGAUAUUUUAUGGAUCAUAGCAACGUACCCCCUUCAGCCUCCCAGCAUUGGUUACUGCUGCAUUGAGUACCCGGGGGGGGGGGGGCGGGCUAGAGCUGAGUCAAAUCUCUUCACCCCUGGAGGUUCAGUUAUACAAGCUCCUUCAUCCAUAAGUCAAAGCAUACAUAAAUGUGGGCUCAUUAUGCACUGGCAUAAAGACCUGGCACUGAACUCCAGUAAAACCAAGUUAGAGUUUCAGUCGGCACCAAGUCACCAGUUCCCUGCCAGGUAGGAUCAGGAGAGGGAACAGCCUGAGGCCAUUGUCCCCUUCGAUCUCCCAUGACCAUACCAUACCUUCCCCUCCCAGAGAUACCAUGUUGCAGCUGAUGCUCAUACUCCCCUCUGCAGCUGCACCGGGCUCACUCCAGCAUAUUCCACUGCUUUCACCUUUGCUGACACUGCGGUUAUCUGGACAAUUAUUUGUCCAUGCAGCCAGGAGCAGCUUAUCUCAGCUCUCAGCAAAGCAGCUGCUCCCACCACUAUUCUCCCUCUCACCAAGAGGCUUAUGUUGAGCCCACACGCCACACUCUUGUCACUCCUGUCCAGUGUUCGAAAUUAGCUGGGCGCCAGUUAUGUUUUGCGACUGGCAACUGGCCUUUUGCGACUGGAUGGAGAUUUCCAGGAGCCACCCUUGGUGCCUAGCAUCUCUGCCUGCCUGGCUGCAGUCAGCAGGUCUGCCGGGCAUAGCGGCAGCAAAAGACAUGUGUCUUGUUCUGCAGCUCCACCCCCGCCAAACACCUGAUUUUCCCAGCAAGCAGCACAGCAGCAAAAAAUGCACCUUUUUUGCUGCUUCACUACCCUGCAGACUCUGAUUUUCAUGACAGCAUUUUUCCCCCGUGAGGCUGCCUGGUCUGGUAACGGGGCAGGGGGGGGGAAGGGGGGGGGAAGGAGCCUAGACAUUUUGUUUGGGCAGCCACAAGCUAGGUCCCAGGAGCCACAUGGCUCCUAGCAUUCCUAUCCCGUCUCCCACUCAGGAAUGACCCAUUCUCCCAAGUACAGAUAGGUAGCCGUGUUGGUCUGCCAUAGUCAAAAUGAAAAAAAAUCCUUCCAGUAAGGUGCUACUGGAAGGAUUUUUUUUCCAUUCUCCCAAGAAUCACUUUCCUGUCUUUGGGAGCAUGCUCAGGGAUUGAAGUGGUGUAGAUAUGGCAUAAGCGUGCUCUUCCCUUGUGUUCCUCAUGUCCCACCCCUAACUUAGCCACAUUUCAGCCAUUCUACUGGUGUCUGUUUGCCAGAAUAGUGGCUGUGUAUUUGGGAUUCCAUUGUCACCUCAGAUCUUCCAUGGAAUCCUGUGGCAGGUAGAUCUCCAGAUGACAACUCUGCCUUAAAUUACAUACUUGCUAAAUUAUUCAUUAUUUAUUUCCUUCCAUUUAUGAAUCACUUCCUGCAAAACAUCUUGAAGCAAUAGAACAAUAAACACAUACGAAGCAACUUACACACAGUGUACGGUAGUCUUUAUGGGAGUAUAUUGUAUUUAAAUAUGGAGUAUCAGAGUUUUUAGGGGGUUGACCAGACUGGGAUAGCUGGGAUAGCAGGCUUGUUGGUUUUUGAAUGUCUGAUGUAGAUUUUUUCAAUUUCGUUGUUUUGUAUGGGACAAUGACAAUAAAGAUUAUUGUAUCGUAUAAAGACAAUUAAAAUAAUUUCUUACACAAGUUCAAACCCAGUAAGACAUAGAUUGCAUGUCACAAAUGAUGUACCUACUUGAAAUUACAAAUUUACUAAUCUAAUUACAGAUUAUAUAUUCAAUUACAUCUUGCCCGCUUGCCAGGAUUAAGGUGUUUUAUGAACAUUCACAUCUUGUUUAUUAUAAGUAAUAAGAUGUGAAGGUCAAACGCGUCCAUAAAGUAAGACCUGUGACCACUGCUUGGUCAGAGUUCACUUAAGCUAAGUAAUAUUUGGGCUGGAUGUCUUUGAAUUGGAGCAUUUCACACCUUCACAUUUUCACAGCACUUUGAGGCACUUCACAUAAACACGAUUUCAAGUAUGCAUGGUAUCUUCCUGUUUAGAUCAAAUCUUCUGUAGCUGAAGAUGCUGGGAAUAUAUGGAAGACGUAUCAGCGGCAGACAUCACUGCUGACAGCAAGCAGGUGGACUUGUUUAUUCUCACACAAGUUUGAAAUGCUUAUUUUAUGAUGGAAAGACCACUAGAUGGUACUGUUACCCUUGACAUUUCUUCAGGGAAAUUAUAAAUUGAAAUGGAAUUUCCCACAGGUUUCAUGCAAAAGUUAACUUCAGCCGAGUGGGCAGAAUUUCUGUUGAGUUCUGCUGCCACCUCCCUCUAAGAGGGUCACCUUCUGGUUGCCUCACCUCAAAAAGAAUACUGUUGUACAGUGGGAAGAGGUUCAGAAAAGAGUAACCAAAAUGAACAAGGGGGUGGAGCAAGUCCCCCGUGAGGAAAGAUCACAACAUUUGGGCCUUUAUAGUUUAGAGAACAUGCGAGCAAGAGGCGACUUUAUAGAAGAGUAUAAAAUUAUGUGUGGCAUGAAGAAAGCGGAUAGAGAAAAGUUUCUCCCUCACUCACUUCAUCACUCUCUGAUGAAGCUGAAUGUUGGAGGAUUGGGAGAGACAAAAUAAAGUACUUCUUCACACAGCACAGUAGUUCAACUAUGGAAUUUACUCCCAGAGGAAGUAGUAAUGGCUGCCAGCUGGGAUGGGUUGAAAAGAGGAUUGGGCUGAUCCAUGGAGGAUAAGACUAUCCGUGGCUGCUAGCCAAGAAGGCUAGGCUCUGACUUCAUGGUCGGAAGCAGUCGUGUUCUGAAUGCCAGUUGCCGGUGCCCGUGGGUCCCAUGGGCAUCUGGUGAGAACAGGAUUCUGGAAUAAAUGGGCCCCUGACCUCAUCCAGCAGAGCUGUUCUUAUGUUCUUAAUAUCUCCUGUACCUUCUGCAGCAAGCCAGCGUCUCAGGAUUUCAGUUAGAAGAUAUCAAGCCCAAAUGUUAUGUAACUUACAUAAACUCUGGCUAAGCAAUAGCCCAGAGGGCACAGCCUUUUAUACAUGGGUUAAUCUGAUAGUCACAUUUCAUUGAUCUUAUUAUUUAUUUAUUUUAUAAUGUAUACCACUUAAUAUAAUAAAAUGCCUAAAAACUACAUCAUUCAAUAAAAAUUCCUAAAAACUGGAUAAAAACAUAACGCUGUUGUCUGUCACAAAUAAAACUGCGCAGUUUACAAAGCAAAAACUAAAUUUAAGAGGCCAGGAAUCCAUGGGGACACAUUUCAUUUUAAAAGAGGUGUUUCAGGGCAUAACUGGUACCGCCUCAUAAGUUACCCAAGGGAGGGCACUCCAAAGGAUGGGUGCGAUGACCAAGAAGAACUGCUUCUGUGUUGUUGCCAAGUGACAAUCUGCUGAUUGGACUCAAUCUGCUGGACUCAAGGGAAGUGGCCCUUUGGCAGACUUUAAGGGGAUGGGCAACUCGUGGUCGACAAGUGGAAUGAGUUCUGCAUUCUGCUGCCAGGAUAUAUGAGCUAGUCAGGAAAGGGGGAAAGGGACAAUAAAAGGAUGGCUAGUGAGGCUAACUGGGAUGCUACUGGCAGGGCUGGCCUGUCAGGCAAAAUAAGAAAGGUUCCCAUAGGUUGCCAGAGGCCAAACCACUGGGGCAGUGGAGUGGCAUGCAGCCAUUGUUGCUGGCACAGUCCCUGGUAGGUGGGCACUGGCAGAGUUAUCAGGGGGGCUCUGGAGCCAUUUCCCUGCCAUGUCUACUUGUGUGUAUUUCCCCUCCCAGAUGAGCACACAUUGGAUAACAGCAUAAUGUGAAUAUAGGAUUCCUUCUUCUACGUAUGUAAAGGCAAUAAUUAGCAUCUGUUCUAAUUACUUUGCGUAUAGGUUAAGAAAGAAUUUUAGUAGUCAGUUAAUGGUUAACCUCAUAGUUGUUGAUGCUGCUUAAAAUUAAUGGUCCUAAAAAUAACUGUUCAGAAAUCAUUCUGAACCUCCACUCAGGCUGCAGGAAGGUUGUUGAUGUUAAACCUGUGAAAGAAGACAAUGAGAUUUAUUAGAUGGUGGUGGGGAAUUUCACAACAAGGUUCAAUUUGCUUGAGGAUGGAACUGCAAAAAGAAAAGAAAAAGGCACUGUAAGAGCAUUUAUUGAGUUACUUCGAAUGAGCUAAGAUGGGAAGAGAGGUACCUCUCUCCUGAAAUAAGAUACUUGGAAUCUUGUAGUCUGUUUUCAUAAAAUAACAGUUUUGAGCUGUUGUGGUCCUUAGAAUGUGAAACUGAGGUUUCAAAAUCUUACAAAAAGACAGCAGUUUUUAAUAGACCUUAUUGUCAAUCUGUGUUUUCACUCAAAUGCCCUCCAUUGAUGUAGAUUUCUUGUUUUUUGUCUGACAUUCCAUUCAAUAGAAAUCUCUUUAAGUGCAGGCAGCCAGGCAGCCAGCAGGGGGCGCUAUGUGGGUGGUAUAUCUGUGAGUUUGCCUGUCUAAAUCCUACAUGUGGCUCAUUUACUAGACUUCUCCCAAAUAGCUUGGUAGAUUUCCAAACAAGUCUCUUUUGAGUGAGGAUGAAUAGCACACAAUGUGCUAAGGUUUGCAGCAUGUGGUAUUUUUUAUUAUUUUAAAUUAGGCAAUGGAAGAAGUGCACUGCGAUGAGAAGCAGAAAGCUGGCUUUGAGAUUCCAUGUUCCCUGUCUUUGUUUUUGAUUUUGUUUGAAUACACACACACACACACACAUUUUAACCUUUGAAUGCCAUGGGAUGUUUCUGAAGUUGGAGGAGCCCCCGUAAUGCCUCCUUCAUCCAAAGGACUGUCUGCAGGUGAGAUAAUGGCUGGAAUCUGAGCAUAGUAGCACACGAGAGUCCACAUGCAUGUUGAGUUGAACUGUACAGUGCAGGAUCCUGUGUGUGUUUUUCUGUGUGCGUAAAUGGACAUCUGUUAUCUGGAAUGCAGCAAAAACUGCCCAGUACUGAACAUGCUCCCAUACUGUCAGAGGCAUAAUGUUAGAUUUAAUUGGAAAGUUUUUGCAACAGUCUUUGAGAUAUUUCUAUGGGAAGAUGUUAGAAAGGGAGAAGGAGCUUAGGAGUUUUACUGCAGUUGUAUAUCUUUAAAAGGGUGUUGGAGUUUUAGCAGUCAAAGGGAAGGAUCUUCUGUCUGAAAUCAGGGAUUCCAGCCAGUUGGCAGCCAGACCAGAAGUCGUGCUGAAGCGAGACAUAUGCUUUUAGCUCUGUGGAACCUUCUUGAGAAGGUGACCCUCUGGACUGAGCUUGCUUGGACAUCAGGUUCCCCCCCGUCAGGUCGCAUAUGGAUUUGAAGCAUAAUCUCUGCACUGAAACACCAACAGAAAGCAUAGUUGAAGGUGUUGCUUCUGGGAUCUAAAGACCUGCUUCAUUCAAAGCUUCAGUGAAAAUCCUAUUUGCAUUUCAAAAAUCUAAAGUGCCAUUGUAUUUAUUCUCUUUAAAAUAUUAAAAAGACAUUUUCUUCCAGCCAUUGCAGAUGGUGUUCACAUCCUAUGGUAGAUAUUAGCAACUGUCAGCCUGUGGGCCAAAUUCAUCCCCAUAGGAGUAUUUUUUGGAGCUGUGCUCCUAUGGUAGAGUGCCUGCUUUUUGUAUAUGAGCUUCCAGGUCCAAUAUUUGGCAUUCCAGAUAAAAGGCAGUCGUGCUGGGGAAGCUGCUGCUUAUUGGAGUAGAUGGACUAAAUGGACUUGGCAUGUGGAAGCUUCAUAUAUUCCGUUGUCUGAACCUUAGUUUGUUAAUUCAGAAUUGUGGAGUCUGAGUAGCAAAGAGCUGUGUUGGCAGUUCACUGGGGAGUACAUUACACAGCCCCUUCAGUAAAAUUAGUUGUUGAACAAUUUUGGGCAGAGGGAAAUACAAAGCAGUAAGUAAUGGAGUAAGUAAUGAUAAAUACAGUAUUUCAGAAGAAGAGGAAGAGUUGGGUUGAACUCCAUUGCGGGCUACAUCUACAAGCAGAGCAACAGAAUUAUACUUCUGCAGUCAUAAUGCACAUGAAAGUUAUAGAGACUGGGAGAUAAUUUAAUUUUCCCCAAGUUCAAAAUACAUCACUUUGUCUGCUAAGAAAAUGUGAGAUCCUGAGAAUUGUUCUGUAUGUGGAGAUUGUUCACUGACUAGUUAUCCAGUAAUGUCUCAGGAGGAAAUUAUUAACUCUGUACCAAGGGAGAGGAACAAAAAAAGUGGGGAAAGCAAUUUAAGUAUUUUAAGACUCUUGUAACAGUUGGUAGGAGAGAGACCUGAGAGAACUUCAGUCAGUUUACUGCCUAUGAUCCUUUGUGGUCAUGCAGUCCUUUUUCUCUUGGCAAUAAUCAGCUAGAAACAGAAGUUUGCCAUCAUUGAGUAACUUAGCUGCAAAUAAUUUUGUUUGGGUGAUUUUUCUCCUAGUUCUGCCAUUUGAAGAAUGAGCUCUGCAGAGAGUAAUUGACCUACAGUCCCUUUUACUGGAAACAGAAUUAACACCUGCAUCCACGAUGACUGUCCUUUACACAUUUAUUCCAUUCAGUUUCAAGAGGAAUAUUUUCUAUUUGUAAACCAAGGAAAAGUUGAGCAGAAAGCAGCAUCUCUCCAGUUGACUGGGAGUGUCCCUGUCCGAAAAUGUGGAAAAGGCUACAAUGACUAGCAAACUUUCUAGUUUUGCUUAAUUGAAACCUGGAUUUGCUAUUGCUUCUUCUAAUAGCAUCCAGAUGCUCCCAUGUCUGUGGGAAGGGAAGCAAACUGGAAUUGCCCUCAUACAAAGUAGGGAUUUCAGUGGACCCCUCAGGUAUACAGAAAAAUAUAUGUUUGUAAAAUUAAAAACAAAAGAAGAAAAAUCCAAAAUGGCCCUUAAUAUCAUGUAAGGGAACAAUCCAAGGGAAACCUUGGUCAGUGGUAUCCAGCGAAGCAGUUCUGCUAGUUCAAGUACUUUUAUCUGUCCAGUGGAACUUCCCUGCCCUCUCACCUCCCUCUGUGGCUCAAGGAGGACAAUGAGCAAGUCCAGAGCAGAGUAUCAAUGGGGUGGGGGGGUGUAUUGGCCAGCUAAAUUACCCUGUAAAGGUUUGUCAGAGCUCAACCCCUUAAUCUGCUCUGGGGGUCCUCCCUCCCAACCCUCCAGAGAAGUUUUAUGGCACAUGCAGGGAGCUGAGAGGACAGGGAAGUUCCAUUGCACAAGCAGCUAAAAGCAGAACCUCCAAGUCUCCCUGUUUUCCAGGGAUGCCCCUGAUUUAGAGAAGCUGUCUUGGUUUCUGAUUUGAUGCUGGAAUGUCCUGCUUUUCCUUAGGACGUCCCUAUUUUCAUUGGAGAAAUGUUGGGUGUAUGGAGUUAUCUGACCCCCCAAGCCGUCUGAAGGCAUUCCUGUACAAUAUAGGGAAGGUUUUUUAAUGUUUAAUAGUAAAAUUACCAUUAUGGAAUGGGACGUCCCUACGUUCAUCAGAGAAAUGUUGGAGGGUAUGCUAAAAGUCCUUGCAGCAGCAGAACUGUUCAGUUGAAUACUGACCACGGUUUCCCCUGGAUUGUUCUCUUAACUUGGUGAUUAGUUUUAUAAUUUGUUUAUGAAAGUGUAAGAAGAAAACACAAAUUAUCAUGUGUAUUAUCUUCCUUGAUUUUUUUUCUUUCUCAGUGAUCAAAGUAUGAUGCAAUAAGUGCAGUUUUUCUCUUGGGAUUUACAUAUUUCAAUUCAGGAGAGAAUGAGUCCAAAAGCCACAUUCAUGGCUGAGGUAACAUUUGAAUUGGAAACUUCUCAUAUUCUUAGUAACUGCACUGAGAGAAAGAGAGGUAUAGUAGUUAAGGCAUAGUAUAGUAGUUAAAAGCAUUGAACCAGAAUCAUAUCCACAUCAUACAUUUAAAGCGCACCACCUUAACAGCCAUGGCUUCUUCCAAAGAGUUGUGGGAACUGUGGUUUGUUAAAGCUGCUGAGAGUUGCUAGGAGACCCCCUCACAGAGCUACAGCUUAUUGCACCGUGGGCAGACUACAGUUCCCAGGGUUGUUUGGGGGGAGGAGGAGCCACGAGUGUGAAGGUGGUCUCAGAGUGUGCGAAAUGUAUGGCCUGGGUGGGAACCUAGGGUUGGGGAGGCAAAGCUCACGUUCCCCCUCAGGCAUGAAAUUCACCCUGUGACCCUGGGUCAGUCACUUUCUCUCAGUCCAGCCUUCAGGGUUGGAUGGUAUGAGCGUAAGAAGGACGGGGGAAAGAACUGUGUGUUCUGCCUUGAGCUCCGUGGGAGAAGAGGGGAUAUAAGUGUAAUAAAGAUGGAAAUAGAAACACUAGCUCAACUCUCCCUUGUUCAUGUUACGAGAAAACAGUAAAGAGCAAUCUUCUUCCUACUAUUUUACAGUAGUAGUCCCCUUUAUUUGCUCAACCCUUGGGGAGGCACGGCGCUCUACAGCUGUGCAAGAAUGGCCUCUCUAACCCUGUCCUGACUGCACAGACAGCUGCCCUCCAGGGUUUUAGGCAGGGAUCCCUCCCGGAGAUGCUGCGGUUGCUCCUGGAGCUUUUGCAUGCAAAACAGAAGCUGUGCAACUGAGCUAUGGCCCUUGUGUGUUAAAUGUUAUUGUGCUAAUUAGAGUAGUGGCUGAAAGGUGACUAUAACAAUUAAGUGGAUGGGUCUGUCUGCUCUCAUUUUCGGUUUGAUGUAUUAGUGCAAUAAGAACUAUGAUGUACACACUUCUGUAGUCCUGGGAUUCAGCUGUACAGCUGCAAAUAAAACAUUUUAAGUGUGUUUUAAGUGCAAUAUAGAAUGUGACACUAGAUGGCAAUGGUGAGCCUUAUGGAAAAUUCAAUGUAUUUUAAAAAACGCUUUUUUUAAAAAAAAAGCAUUUUCAGAAUGUUUUUUUAUAUGUUUGUGGAUUCUACCCUGGUCACAAAACUUGCUAAACAGAAAUACCAGAGUAAACUUGUAUCCAAUGUUGUCAUGCAGAUUUGAAUGGAAAAUGAGUAUGGCAUAGUAUUAAUUCUGUAUAGGCGAGACCACUUCAGGAGGCAUUAUCAGGUACAGAUUAGAUUGUUUUCUUUAUUGGCAUAUCUGCAGUUAUUUAAACUACAGCAUCUUCUCCUUUAAGUAUAAGUGACAUGGCCUGAUUUCUAGACUUUGUGUGAAUCACCAUUAAAUUGGCCUACAAUAUUUUUUGAAACACAAUUAGAGUUACUCCAUGAGAGAGAGAAAAUAUUACAAAUAUGCCUCUUGCAUGAUUGAUCCAUGUCAUCACUUUUUGGUGGUAAGCUUUUGCAGCAUAGCUAUAGUCCUCUAAUAUCCUGUCAGCGUUUGAUCAGCUAUUGAGAUGUCUAAAGCUUAUGAGAAGCUGGAGGCAUCACUGUGGUUUCCAAGAGCAGAGAACAUCCGCUUCUCGAAAUGGUUCUCCUCCUGCCAGGUAUGCUUCCUUCCAUGGUGGGCACACAGUUGUUCAGUAGGAAGUUCGGGUUAGGCUAGGAACAUCUGGAUAGAUGGGAAAUGCUCCCUCCUUGUCUUGCAGACACCUCAAUAUUGCUUUGCUCAACCAAAAAUAAAUUGGAAAAGAAAAUUGGACAUUGCAUCAAUUUGGAGCAAGUUUAUAAAUUCUACAGCUAAGCAAUCCCAAUAGAAAAUGAUAGAUCGGCAGCAAACGUGCAGUCCUUGUGGUGAUGUAUAGUCGCAUUAGCUGAAAUGCCGUAUUACAUGAUUCUGCUUUAUUACCAGUGUUGGUGGCAGACAGAAAAACAGAUUACACUUGAGAUCAAAUCGAUAGGAACUUUAUUUACUGGCCUUUUAAAAACAUAUUUCGGCACUUUAUAAAAACAUACGGUAGAUGCUAUUGAUAGAGCUUGUCUGCUUGUUAAAAAGCAAUUUACCCACAGCGAUGUUUUUAAGCUGCAAUUUAUGGCAUUACCUUUUACCUACUCUUCCACAUUUCUCUUUUUAUCAUUGCAUUUGACGACUUCCUCAGAGGGCUCUGUGGACUCUGGCCCUGUUCACUUAGGUCAGUAGCGUCUUCUUCCCGGGAUAUGUUUGGUUUCUCUUUUGCCUCACUGUUGUAAUUAGAAGAAAGGUACCACGUAUUAAGUGGUUGCAUGUAUGUAUUUGGCAUUCCCCCCAGUUAGCUGCACAAUAACCAUGUGAAGCACCACAUACACUAGGAAAAGAAACCCAAGUUUUGGAAUUGGAACAUUUGUGCUACUUUAAGCAAGGAUUAAUUCAUUGCGGGAACGUCAUUUGAACAGUUAACAAUUUGCUGUCCAGCGUAAAAAAGAAUAUUCAAUUCCUCCCUCAGCAGCCCCAACUGCUUUUUCUCUAGUGGGUGCUACUUCUAUUCUUGGAGCUCCAGCAGAAGAAAAACAGCUGGAGGACAAGGCAGGAAGAAAACUCAGACAAGAAACUCUUCCAACAACCUUAACAUGAUUUAAAUCAUAUUCCCACCACUGUUUUAAAGGGAUUCAGCUACAAUCCAUUUCUGACACACAUGUCUGAAGCUGUCCCAUUUAUUUUUGCUUUCAGUAUCUCAAAAGAAAUUGAUAAAAUAAAUACUUUGAUCUCAUUAAUGACUGCAUUCACCUGUAACCAUGUACUAAACUUUUUGGCUUGUUCUGGUUUCUUGUGCAUGGGAAACCAUGAUAAAGCAGAAAGUCUGGCUUGUUGUUAGGUGUGAACACAACCAUUGAGGGCUCCUUCCAGGUUUUGUCUAACAAUGUGUUUAGCCUUCAAAGGAUUCAAGUGGGAUACUUCCAGAGCUAGACAAGCUUUUCCUGGAUUUAAUUUCAUAUUCUUUCAGUACAGAAAACAGCAACUAACAAAUGGUAUGUAAAUUAUGUGCAUGGACCUAUUUUUCAAACCCAGGGAGAUAUUAAAAGGAACAGUAUAUGUGUAUGAAAGUAUGUAUGUCUGUACAGUAUGUAUGUAUGUAUUUAUUUGACUGACUGAUUGAUUCCUGUGCUGUUCUGUAUCACAUGUGAUCCCAGAGUGGGUUCCAAAUAUAAUAUACAUUCCAAAUAUGCUUAUACAAUGUUGCAGUGUUGGCAUCUGCCUGUCCUGAGAAACAACAGAACAUGCCUCCAUGGAUUAAGUCAAACCUCUGGAGGGUCAUAGUGCUUGCUGUGGCUGCAGAGACUGGUAACUCAUAACUGCUGCCUCCAUGUUGUUUUUUACCUCCCUGGGGCACAAGUUUGGGCAGUGUGACUUGCAAAAAUUGGAACAAUUCAAAGAAGCAGUGACUGAUCCAAGGUCACCCAGUGAAUUUGGGCCAGUCACCACCUCUCUGUCUAACCUACUUCACAGGGUUGUUGUGCGGACUGAAUGAGGAGGAGUGAGAACCUUGAGCUCCCUGGAGAGACUAAAGGUGGAAUAUAAAUGUUAUGCAUACAUACAUACAUACAUACAUACAUACCUACCCAGUACCAAUACCCAACACACUACCAAACAAAAUACAAUGGAGGCAGGCAUAACCUCAAUUUUAUGUGAACCUCAUAUAAAAAUAUGUCCCCAAGAGGAGUAAAGUGUACCAUAAGAAAACAAAUUUUACUAGCCUGUGCAAGAUGGUUAAAGACAGGGCCUGGCAAACUUUAUGGGGCAAAUUAUUACACAGUUUGUAGUUUUAUUCAUGUUAAUUAUUUCCUUAUAAUUUCUCUCUAUUUGUGUCAUACUGUGGCCUGAAUGAAUUGGGAUAGUUGAGUGUAAAUGGUCAUAACUUAUUCCAGAAAUUUGAACUGGAAGAUUUUUCAGAAUUAAAAUAAUCUUGCUGCUGGAUUCUGUGGCCUUUCUGAAUGAAAUCUCAGUAUCUUCUGUGCUACCUCUUUUUAAAACAAACAUAAUUUAUGCUUGUUCUAUGGAGAAGAAUGGAAUUACCUGAGAUUUUAAUAGCCAACAGUGAAGUACUUUGCAUUUCCCAGAUAAAUGGCACAUAAAGAAUUGUGUUGGUGCAAGCAGAGCUGAGCAGCUUGUGCCUCUUAUGAUAAGUACCUCCUUUCAUGAACAAUCUUGGCAGAAAUGUCACUUCAUAUCCACAUUAUUACCUACACGCUGACCAGACACUUAACUACCCCAGACAAACACAUUCCACCCCUCCAGGCAGGAUAGGCGGAAGGAGAGAUGUGAAAGACCUAUUAGGUCAUGCACAGCCCGUUUCUCCAGUUCUUAAGCGUGCAUUUAGGAAAGAGAUUUGUGCCUCUCAAAGCUUGAAGGAUGUUGAUGGUUUUUACUUUGAUCCCUGCAAACAGUAUACAGUAAUCAAAGCUUAAGCCGCCUUGGAUGAAAUAAUUGCUUAACAAUCAUAUAAAAACAAAAUGAUUCAACAAAUGACAAUUAGGACUUGUGAUAUACAGAACAGAUGCAUUCAGCGUACCAUAUUUAAUGUGCUAAUUCAAGAUUGACAGCACAAUAAUAGAAGAGAACAGCUACUCAGCCUAUAAUUCUAAACUAAAUGUGAGGCUGUCCACAGAACUCAAAUCCCAACAGGCUGUAAAAUUAGAGGUAACAUGGCACAAGGGUCAAAAAGACUCAUUAACAGGUUGGCUGUGAAUUUUAGGGGGUGGGAAAUUUCUAAUGCUUGAAUUUGUCUAAGCUAUGUCUUUGUAACUUCUAAGUCCAAAAAUACCUUGUGAGUAUCUAUACUGAUGAAAACACUGAGUGGAGAGUGAUUUCUCCUCACUCAAAUGCAUCUUAGCAACAGCAACUGUCUUUAACACCCCAUUACUAGAGGAGGAAUUUGCCGAUCCAGUGCAAAAGCUUCCACAACUUGGUGUCAGGAAACCAAGGCAAAUCGGUUAAUGUUACUUGAAAGGAUUAGAUAGAUUAAUGAGACAACAGAGUUAAGAACCACAUGAAAUUAAGACUGAUAUGCACAGGAAACCCUAAUUGGCAUUCCCCAUGGGUGUUGGAGAGUCCCCAGCCCCUAAAUGCUAUUGAUGGGUGAUGGGUGCCCCUGUAGCUCUGUCUUUGACAAUUAAAGCAAAAUGGCUUGUGCCUGUCUCUAUUCAGGCGAAGUAGGAGAAAGGAACAUUUGCUAAACUGGCAGACUGCCAAUCUAUUUUGAACCUUGUCGCCAGUGUCACUUUGUAGAACAACCAAGAGUUGAUGAGCUAUUUGCAUGAAGAAAAUAUAUACCCGGGAAUACUGUCUAAAUGCUUCCUUAUAUCAUUGCCACUCACAUCACAUUGGCAUUUGCAAAAAGAUCUCUCCAUCUUGAUCAGGUAUAUCGCAUCAUCCGUUUACUGCCUGCCAGUCCUACCUUGCCCAGGAUCCGCUGUGUUAAUUGAAGGAACACUUCACCAUAAUAAAGUGGAUGCAGAGUUAUAGGGCAAUGCCUGCCCAGUCGCCAGUAUUCCCUUUCAAGGCAACAACGUUGGAGAGAUUAGUGGCCAAACAGCUUCAGAUGUUUUUGGAGAUAAUUGAUCAUUUAGACUUACUCCAUCCUUGUUUCAGACGUGGGUUGGGGACAGAAGCAGCAUUGGUUACUCUUGCUGAUGAUGUUCUUUGCCCAAUUUGAUUUUUCUGGAUCCAGCAGCUUUGGAUACCAUCAACUGUGGUACCUUGUCCUUUGCCUCCAGAAUCACUGCACUGAUUCUGCAAGAUGGGCUUCAGAGAAACAGUGAUACUGGGGCUGGCCCAAUGCACUUUGCUGCUGCAGGCAAAGGACAAGGUGCCCCUGCCCACAUUCCACAUACAAAAGCACAUUUUUCUUCUUUUUAAGUAGACUGUUAAUUUCACUGGUUGAGGGAGGCAGUCAUUCCCACAUGGUUAUCUGCCGCAGACGUGUGAGACCCACCCAGACGCUUGGUGCCUUGCAGCAGAGUAGACUCUGAGGGUAGAAAUGGGACUUGUGGGGCAAAUACAGCCCCUGUGCUACAAAUGGUGUGUAUGUAGGGAGGGCUUAUAAAAGGCUUUUGCAUGGGCGGAAGCAAACCCAGAAAUUAGUAAAUAGGAUUACGAAGGGAAGCUGCGGAGCAAUAGUAUUCUUGUGGCUAGAUACCAGAGAUUGGGCUUGGUAUAGUCAGGGCCGUCUUAAGCAUAUGCAGCACUAGGGUGCAAAGAUCCCUCCGGCGCCCCCGCCCCCUGUUUCCCAGAGUUGUUGACCUUUUUAGGAAAGGCUCCCCAGAGUUCUUGACUUUUUUGGGGGGGGGGGGAGCUGAUACCACGCUUACACAUUAUCUCUAACAAGCCCUUAGAACAAAAUAAAAUGAAAAGGCAGAAGAAAAUCUAAUGAAGUCCUCAAUUCCAAAGCAAGACUCAUUCAAGACUCAGCAGUUCUUCUAAUUCAUCCACAUGAUUCAAAUCACAUAGCAAAAAGUUAAAGCAAUCACCAGUUUGUUGUUCUUUAAAUAAAUUAAUAAAGACACAGACAUUGAAGUUCCUGGUCAAUUUGUGUUUAGUACAAAGCUGACGUUUUCAAAUAUUGUGGGGUGUGGGGGUGGGUGUAAAGCAGUGACAUCCUGAACCUAAAAAGGACCCAAAACUUGGGUCACAAAGGCUGCAGCCCUAACUGCACUUUGUUGUUGUUUAGUCAUGUCCGACUCUUCGUGACCCCCUGGACCAGAGCACGCCAGGCACUCCUGUCUUCCACUGCCUCCCUCAGUUUGGUCAAGCUCAUGCUGGUAGCUUUGAGAACACGGUUCAACCAUCUCGUCCUCCAUCGUCCCCUUCUCCUUGUGCCCUCCAUCUUUCCCAGCAUCAGGGUCUUUUCCAGGGAGUCUUCUCUUCUCAUGAGGUGUAACUGCACUUAGCUGAGAGUAAGCCCUGCUGACUCUAAUAGGACCUUACUUCUGAGUAGACAGUAGGACUGCAGCAAGAAACACAGUUGGGAAUUAGAGCUUUCUGUUUUAAGUCUCAACCAGAGGAAAAUGUAAUACAGUGGUACCUCGGGUUAAGAACUUAAUUCGUUCUGGAGGUCUGUUCUUAAUCUGAAACUGUUCUUAACCUGAAGCACCACUUUAGCUAAUGGGGCCUCUCGCUGCUGCCGUGCCACCGGAGCACGAUUUCUGUUCUCAUCCUGAAGCAAAGUUCUUAACCUGAGGUACUAUUUCUGGGUUAGCGGAGUCUGUGACCUGAAGCAUCUGUAACCUGAAGCGUCUGUAACCCGUGGUACCACUGUAUUGGAGAUUAGGGAGAAAGGAAUAUGAAAAAUUGGGGGGAGGGGGCUGACGAGAGACCAAAAACCUCAGGUAGCAAGACAAGGCACACUUUCUGGGGAGCAAGUCUCACACACAAUUGCUUGGGGCGAGGACUGCAAAGGGACCAUAGUUGGGUUGUGCAUGUGUGUUUCUUUUUCAGAAAAACUUAGAAUUGGAAGGGACCCUGCGGGUCAUCUAGCCCAACCCCCUGCAAUGCUUUUUAGCUUGCAUUGAUCUCAAAAACCUUCAGUGCCUUUUUUUUUAGUUGGAUAGGCAAUUAACAGGCUUGUUUCACAAAUAAAGGAGAAGGAGGGUUGCUGGCUUGGUUUGGUUUGCCUUUGUUCUAGUUUCUAGCAUGUGCUUAGUACGUAGUUUCAGGCUGUGAGUCGCCCUGAUAUCUGUGGGGGGAGGGCAGUAGUAGUAGUACUAGUAGUAGUAGUAGUGAUGAUGAUGAUGAUGAUGAUGAUGAUGUUUUUCACAGGGCUCGGAGUGAGUGGGUGAUGGUCAGCUGCUGGAAUGAAUGGGGUUGGUGCUACAACCUUGCUUUACAACCCCUAGGGACCUUGUUGGGGGGGGCGGAGAAGGAGCCCACCCCCGAAGAAGAAGAAGAAGAGCGAAGGGAGGAGGCUUUCCUUCCCCAGGAUAGAGUUGCCUGUAACAUUCAACACAGGGCACGAUUCCAGGGGGAGAGAGAAACCAGGGCAGCAGCUGCUGCUACUCAUGGCUUGGGCUAGAUGUGGCUGCAAACCCACUGCGGAGGCUCAGCGGCCGGCUAGAGGAGGAAGAAAGGGGGCAAGUCAGGGGCUCCUCUCUUCUUCUUCUUCUUCCUUCCUCCUCUUCCUCGUGCUCUGCUUCCCCCUUGCCAUUGCCCGCCUCCCUCUUCCCACAUGGCGGGUGGGCAAAAGAGAGAGAGAGAAAGCGAGCACUGCACACCAUCCAGCCAUAUAGUUGGUGGAGUGCAGCUUCCAUCCUAAGCCUCUGCAGGGAUCACUCUCCUCCCGCGGAGGCUUGGGAGGUAAGCUGCACGCCCGCCAGCCAUGUGGUUGGUGAGGCGCAGCUGGUGGGUACAGCGAAAGGGGAGGCCGCCGGCAAAGCUGUGCAGCUCCCCCACUCGCUAGGGCGCCCCUGAGAGGCCAGCGCCCUGGCGCAACGAACCACUAAGCCCUAUGGGAAAGACGGCUCUGAGUAUAGUGUCUAUGUCUUAAUGACCCUGACCUUGAGCAGUAGUGUAGCCCAAGUGGAAUAAAAGGCCUCAAGUGAGCUCCAAGUGACCUCAGAGCAAGUUGUUUUCGUGGAGCUAUUCAAGAUCCUGCAACUUUGGGGAGUCCAUUGCAUCCUGUGGAUUCCAGCUCAUGGUCAGCAUAGAAUGCGUUAGCUGUGUGAUGGGGACUUAAUGGAGUACCCCUGACUGGCUUUCAUGGGAAGGGGAUCUCUUUUGGUGGCUAUGUUUACUGGUAGAAACAAGGAAUCAUUCUGAUAGUAGCAACACAUUGCUUCUUUCCAUCCUUUGCUCAGGUGGAUUUGGAAGCAGUUUGUGAUGGUUUUGUCUGAUGACUGGUGACAGCAGAAGCCUGAUAGGUUUGGAAAAUGUAUUUUGGGUUUCUGGAAUCCUGUGUAGCAUGCUAGAAUUCCUUGGCAGCGGAAUUGAUGCAAACAGGGUUCCAAGAAAGUAGAAGGUUUGCAAAUAACUGAGGUUCCAUCCCAUGGGGCUUGAUAUGAGUGCCACAAACACAGCAGGCCUUCUGAGGUUCACGCCCCCUCAAGACACCUGCACCCUCCUACACCUUGGAACAAUAUGCCGCAAUCUGCUUGUAUACACUCACUAGGGGUGAAAGGAAACUCCAUUGCUAUCCCUUCCCCACCCCCACCCCAGUUGUACAGUGGCCAAGUUCUUUAAUUACUUCAUUUCAGUAAUUUCUGCAACACAUACAUAAAAGAUGUACAUGAGAUAUGAGUGGAGCACAAGCAGACACCAGUAGGGGGUUUCAUUCCCCUCCCCCAGGAAGUUUCUACAAUAAAAUUGCUGUAUAUUGUUCUUCCAAGAGGUGGGAGACGGUUGAGUUCUAAAGUGACAUGGGCCUCAAAAGCCCCAUUGUGGGUGUGGAACUCACAGUUCACCUGGUUUUGUCCAAGUUUGCUCAAACAUAGACAUCUUUAUUCUGUUGCAGUAGAUGGUGGAGUAUGGAAGAGACUGCACUUUACAAGAUCAUUGUAUCCAACAAUUAGGUUGAGAGGUGACCAACUCCAUCUGAAUCCAGGAUCUAUUCAGAUAUACUUUUGGUGCUGGCUGCUCAGAGUUACUGCUUUCAGCAAUGAAUAAACUAGAUUCCACAGAAAUCACUAGCAUUACAGUUUUUACCAGUGCUAUUUUUCUAGAAAAAGAGGUGCCAGAACUCACCAUGAACACCUCCCCCAUUCUCUUAGAAUGGCAAUGGCGCCCACCUGGGAGGUGCUGGAACUGAGUUCUGGCAAGUUCCGGCUGAAAAGAAGCCCUGAUUUUAACACUUGGGGGGCAUCAAGUGCCUAUGAUAGAAGAUCUGCAGCUGAUGGAAAACCUUACAGCAGCAGAAGUCGAGUUAAUAAUGAAGAAAUAAAAUGUGUAUGUCUUGUCUGUGAGUAGCAGUGGGGGAUAAAUUCAAUUCAGUUUUUAUUUAAAGGCGAAAUUCACACUUCUCCUGUUUUUGUGAUGCAGUUCUCCAUCCAGGUAAUGUGUGCAAAAAUGCAUGUAUUACGUUAAGUGUUCCUAAAAUUCACAUAUUAGUGAAAAUAACACACAAAAUGCAUUAUAUUGCAGAAAUCUGCUUGAAAAAUAUGUAUAUUAAUCAAAACUGCAUAUAAAAUGUGUUUAUUAGGAGAAAUCCGCACUAAAUGCUAGUUUUCAUGAGGUUUUUCCUAAAUUGGAAAUUGCUGCAGAAAUGUGGAAAACUGAAUUUAUGAUUGCAAAAAUGAGAUACUGAAAGAGCCUCAAGUGACAGAGUCAUCCAUCCUUUCUUCAUGACCCUGUUCCGCAAGUGGUCUGGAGGGUGGCAACACGAGAACAGGCCUUUUCUGUGGUGGCUCCUCAUUUGUGGAAUGCUCUUCCCAGGGAGGCUCACCUGGUGCUUUCAUUGCAUAUCUUUAGGCUCUAGGGGAAGAAGAAGUAAUCUCUUUAACCAGGGCUUGGGUUGAUUAGCAUUCUAUGUACUUUUAAAUAUGUUUAUGGUAGUAGUAGUAGUAGUAAUAAUAAUAAUAAUAAUAAUAAUAAUAAUAAUAAUUUAUUAUUUGUACCCCGCCCAUCUGGCUGGGUUUCCCCAGCCACUCUGGGCGGCUUCCAUAGAAACCAAAAAUACACUAAAAUAUCACACAUUAAAAACUUCCCUGAACAGGGCUGCCUUAAGGUGGGGGGGGGGUUAUUGGUUUAUUUUUGGUUUUGACUAUGUAUUUUCUUUUCUCAUUUUUUAUUUUUAUGUACUGAUCUUCAGAUGAAGGGCAGUACACAAAUAAAUAAAUAAAAUAACAUCCCAUUUUGUGAGGUUGAACCUGAUUGGGCAUCCUACUGCCGGAAAAGGGGAGGGUCAUCUCUGACUGAGCGCUGAGUGUCCGUCCCAAUGAGACAGAAGUGCUGGCAGAGAAGGGGGCCAGGAGUGCAGCAGGCUGCUGUGUGGCGAACCCUUUUCCUGCAGCCUUCUGUGCCCUUCCUCCUCCUCCCCUGCUUCCUGUUUGCCUUCUUACAAUCCUUUGACAGAAAUGAGUAACUCUGCUAAAUUAGGGGGAUCCUCCUUUGUUGCCAAGCAGCCUGCGAAAGUCCUGGGGUUUUCUAGCUCCUCUCCAGCUGCCACUGUGAUGGAUUUUCUGUUUUACUGGGGGUGGAGUGAAGAGGAGGAUCUCAAUUAGACAGUGUGGGGUGGGAGGUGGAGGGGGGGGAGAGGAGAUUAUUUUGGAGAUGUAUUCCCUGCCUACAAAUUGCAGUUUUGAAUGUGACAAGUUAUAAAACACUUGAGUCAUCUUUCUCUCUUUCACCUCCACUGCAAGAGGUGAGACUGCUAAUUCCCCCCUUCUUCCCCCUCUUUGACUUUCUGCAGCCCACACUUGGGUAUCUCUGUUUAUGUAAGCUGCUCAGGUUCUGCUGAGCCACUGAGAGAAGCUGCUGUCAGUUCCGAGGAAAGCCCACGUCUGCCCACACAGGAACUCCCAGGCAGGGUUGUGUAACAAGAGGGAGGAGGGGCAGGCAAGCAGCCCUGGCGCUGGAGCAGGCUGGCCUUCGCUUGCUUAGAGCUCCUGCUGCUGGUGGAAUGCACGUUUCCUUCUUCUCUGUAGAGUAUAAAUUUUAAUAGAGUUGCAUAUUCAGCUGCCAGGGGGAGAAAGCAGCCCAGCAUGCUUGGUGGUUGGUUUAUGUAGCAGUUGAAGACACGCAGGCUGCUACAACCCCUUAUUCACAAAAUGACCAAGGCAGGUCGUUUUCCUGAUUUAGGUGUGCAGGUAACAAAAUAACUUGCCUAAAGUCAAUCAACUUACCGCCUCAGUCAAUUCUUAAUAAAAGUUUCAAGCAGAUUGCUUCCACAUUAAGGCUUCCCCGCCCCCAGAAAUUAAUGUCAUUUGACACCCAAUUAUUUUGGACAUUCCAAAUAACAUAGCUGCUAAACCAUCGCAGUCUAGUGCUUUCUGGAUUGUCUUCUUGAAGUUGUUUUUUUAAAGUUCUGUGUUACAAUGAUAUAUUCAUACCAGCUGUGGCAUAAUAUUUUCAGGUGUAAACAGUGAUGUAAAAAUUGGGGUUUGGCUUUUGUUGCCCAAUUCCCCAUGGGACUCUGAAUCCCCUAAGUCCAUGAUCGGUCAGAGAAGAAUGGAUGGAGGCAGGAUCCAGUGGAAAGCAAGGCAGAUAUUUAUUUUUCUGUUGCAACAGAGUUCCCUCCCCUCCUUCCAAGGAGGGAGAGACCCUGAAGAAAAGUGUGCAGGACCCUUUAAAGACUUUGGACAUUGCCCAACCCCCUUAGCCAAAGACCACCCCAAAAUCAUCACACAUACAUCAUAGGAGGUGGUCUACAGAAGAAACCAUGUCUGCCAGGAUACCUGCUAAUGGUCUCUGAUUGCAUUACCUCAGCAGCCUGGCCAUUCUUUUGUGAUGGUUAAUACUUUGGUUCCUGAAUCCAGGUCACAGGCUCACCCUGUUCAUACACAAAUACACCCCUAAGACAGAAUUUGUAAGACAAUGGGAAGGCUUUUCCCAUUUGCCUCCCUUACGGCAAAGGAAUAUUUGAGGUCAUUGGGAGAGUCAAAAUGUCUUCAAGAUUGCUCUCCUGCACUAUUGGUUUAUAUAUUUUGAUAUGUGUGCAUUUAUGAAUAUUUAUUCUAUAUUUGAGACCUUAGAAUUCUUAUAACAGUCACAGUGCUGUACUUUUGUCCAGGGGAGCAGUUAAUUAUGCUCUCAGUCACUUGUAUUGCCUCACCAAAGCAGGUGAAACUAAUGGUAUAAAGUUCGCUCCUAAAAUUACAAAAAUGCAAACAUUUUUAUGUUAUCAGUACUGGCACGCAUUCAUGCUGCCAAAAAAUAUCCAUUUGAAGCCCCACCUCUCCCUUGUCCCCCCCCCUUUCUUCUUCUGUCCGCCAUAGCACUGGCAAUGGGGAGAAGGUUGUAGCCCAGUGACAUUUCCGCAGCUGUCAUGAAUGCUGCUGCUCCUGCUAUGAGGAGAGCAGGCAUAGUGGUGGGGUUGGUUUUGGAUUGAAAGAUUCUUCUCUGCUGUCGGUUUCCUACCCAUAUUUAGAUUGAUUUGACUGGAAUAAGCUGGUGUGGCAAAAUACUUUUUCACCAGUGGUUUUUUUCACCUUAGGCUACUCUCUCCUCCCAGUGUUGUUUGAUUCAGAAUUGUGAUCUUGUCUGCUCCCUCGCAUCUCUGGCAGCCAAUGAGCUUGCAAUGUUGUAUUCCUCUGGAGCAAAAUUAAUCUCUCAGCCGCCUCUCUCUCUGCUUGCACAUUGACUGGGGCUACCACCAUUGCUUGACCCAGCAUUGCAAAACGUGGUGGGGUGAUUAGAACAUGUUGUUUUAUUUUUUAAAAUCUUAAUUGCAUAGCUGCAAAAUUGUGAUGUUUAUUUUUUUGCCUCUUAAUGAAUGGGGAAUCUUCUGAGCGAUGCCAAGGAGCAGAAGAUGACUAAUUAAAGCUACAAUCUGGGAGCAAGCCUUAUUGAGCCGAAUGGGACUGACCUCUGAGUAAACUCUCUUAGACUCUUCCCCUUGUGGAUAGGCAAGUUAUGAAGAAUAUAGUUCUGUGUGGAACCACUACUUCAAGUCCCCUUGCAGCUGAUAAGAUACAGCAACACUAAGAGACUCUAGUAGGGAAGCCACCCAAGUCCACUAAACUAACUUACAACAUUACAGAGCCACAAAUGUCUGGCAGCUAACAACAACAACAACAACAACAUACCACCCUCUAUAGAUCUCCGGCAGGUUCACAACAUAAUAAUGCAAGAUAGACACAAAACACAUAAUUAAAACAAGAACAAAAACCAAUAACCCCCUCUCCCACCGUUUCCCACAACACAUUUGUGUUUUUUGUGUGUGUGUUUUUGGGGGUGUGUGUUUCACUACUGUCUUUUUUUUUUAAAUGAUAUUUAUUAAAGUUUCAAAGAAAAAAGUUACAUAAAUAAAAAGAAAGGGAAAAAAAAGACAAAAAUAAAAAUAAAAGAAAAAUACAAAAUACAGAAGAAAGGUAAAAAACACUUAAAAAAAACACAUCAAUCUUUCCAUGCCUUACAUUAAUUUCCUUGCUUCCCUGACCUCCUCGCACCUCCCUUUUUUGUAUUCCAAUUCAGUUAGUUAAUUCAGCAAUUUCUUUCCCUCUUUGUUUUUAACUUAAUCCUUUAACUUAAUAUAUUAUAACUUUGGAUUCUCACCUGUUAACAAUCCAUUUUUACAUACACCUUUAUAACACUGCUGCUUAAACCACUGAGCUUCAUUCUGACAUCAUUCUAACAUUCAUUAAUUUUGCAAUAUUUCUGUAGUCUUUAAAUUUCUUCCAAUCUUCUUCCACUGACUCUUCUCCCUGGUCUCGGAUUCUGCCAGUUGUUUCCCACAACACAUUUGAAAGGGUAUCGGAUGUAAUCAGCCAAAGGCCUUGUCCCUAAAGAUGCAUGAUGAAGGCAUUCCACAAUUGAGGAGCCACUGCAGAUAAGGCCUGUUCUCGUGUUGCCGCUCUCAGGAUCUCUUCCCAUAAUAUUCAGCAUUACCUCCUUUACUGCACUGCUUUUAAAUGUAGUAAUAUACCAUAGUUUCAUCCAAGCUGUCUGACCUUCUGAUUUCUUUUAUAGAUGAUUUUUACAUUUUAAAAGAUUCUGCAAUAACAAGAGCUAAAAACUUGACUUUUUUGGGGGGGGGAACCAUUAUUUGUACUAGAUUCUGCUCUGCAAGCUUGGUUCAGAGAUUCAUAGUCUGGUCAUACCAAUGUAGAGGUCCAGAACUCCACAUUCAGAACAUAAUUCAACUUAAAUAAUAACACAGUUAUGAAUCAUAGAAUCAUGGUUAGUUUCCAGACUAACCAUGACUAACCAUCAUCCUGGUUGCCCUUCUCUGCACACGUUCCAGCUUGUCAACAUCCUUCUUAAACUGUGGUGCCCAGAAUUGGGCACGUAUUCUAGGUGUGGUCUGACCAAGGCAGAAUAAAGGUAAAGGGACCCCUGACCAUUAGGUCCAGUUGCGGAUGACUCUGGGGUUGCAGCACUCAUCUCGCUUUAUUGGCCGAGGGAGCCGGCGUACAGCUUCCGGGUCAUGUGGCCAGCAUGACUAAGCCGCUUCUGGCAAACCACAGCAGUGCACGGAAACGCCGUUUACCUUCCCGCCGGAGCGGUACCUAUUUAUCUACUUGCACUUCGAUGUGCUUUCGAACUGCUAGGUUGGCAGGAGCAGGGACCGAGCAACGGGAGCUCACCCUGUUGCGGGGACUCGAACCGCUGACCUUCUGAUCGGCAAGUCCUAGGCUCUGUGGUUUAACCCGCAGCGCCACCCGCGUCCUAUUAUUUCCUUUGAUCUGGACACUAGACUUCUGUUGAUGCAGCAUAGAACAGCAUUGGCUUUUUUUGCUGCUGCAUCACCUAUUGGUUCAGUUCAGCUUGUGGUCCAGUAAGGCUCCUAGAUCCUUUUCACAUGUAUUGCUAGUAAGCCAGGUGUCCCUCCUCUUAUUUUUGUGCACCUGGUUCUUCCUGCCUAAGUGCAGAACCUUACAUUUGUCCCUACUGGAAUUCAUUUUGUUUGUUUGGAGCCAGUUCUCCAAUCUGUUAAAGUCAUCUUGAAUCCCAAUUUUGUCUUUUGCUUCAUUAACUAUCCCUCCCCGGCGUCUGGAAACUAAGCCUUAUGAGGAAUGUUUGAAGGAGCUGGGAAUGUUUAGCCUGGAAAAGAGGAGACUGAGAGGAGAUACAAUAGCCACCUUCAGAUAUCUCAAGGGCUGUCACAUGGAAGAGGAAGCAAGCUUCUUUUCUCCUGCUCUGGAGGGCAGGACUCAAACCAAUGACUUCAAAUUACAAGACAGGAGAUUCCACCUAAACACCAGAAAGAACUUUCUGACAGUAAGAGCUGUUUGACAGUGGAACAGACUCCCAUGAGAGGUGGUGGACUUUCCAUCCUUGGGGUUUUUAAGCAGAAAUUGGGUGGCCAUCUGUCAUGGAUGCUUGAGCUGAGAUUUCUGCAUUGCAGGGGGCUGGACUAGAUGACCCUCGGGAUCCCUUCCAACUCUACAAUUCUAUGAUCCUAUGAAACAUAUGUUUUUAUAGUGUUGUAUACUUACUAAGUUUUGGAAGAACGUGCUGGACUAUAUAAAUAUGAGUGUAUGGAGAAAGUUAAAAUUUGCAGAUGAGAAUAUUCUUUUGAAUUAUAUACCAAUUGUAUGGAAUCUGACAACAGGACAAUGAAAAUAGAUACUACACACUGAAAUUGUGUUUAAGAGACUGAUGCUGAUGAACUGGAAGAAUAAGGAUAUGAUCCCAUUUAAUCAACGGAUUAACAACAUGACAACACUCUCAACUUAUAAACGGAUCGCUUAUAAACGUAGCCUUUUUCUGGAUAAAUAUAUUGACAUUUGGAAUGAGUUUAUACUGAAUGUAGUCUGUUAUUAAUAACCAUGUAUGUAUUAAGAUGAUAACAUCACUAUAUAACAAAGUAUGGAAAUGUAACUGAUGUUACUAAUGGUGCUACACUGUCCUUUCUGCACUUUUCUUUUCCACACCCUUUUCCUUCUUUUUCUUUUAUCACUUUAUUUCUUUGUAAAUGAAAUUCUUCUAAUAAAAUAGUAAUUUAUAAAUAAACAGCCUGGGAAGGCUGUUGUGGCUUGAUAGAGAAAGAAAGAAAAUUGUUUUACCCAGAGUGACUGAGAAAUUCAAGAAAAUAGCAAAAUAGCUGGGUGGUGUAUGUGAUUUUUGGUAAUGCCCCCAUUCCAAACCCCCACCAGCACCAAUAACCUCCUUCCUUUUUUGAGAGUCCCCCAGUUCUAUAAGGAAGGAUGUAAAAAUAAUCCUGAAAGUGGGUAGUGUCUCUGCGUUUCUCUCUCCUUCUACCCCCAACAUCCUUCCCCCUCUUCUUCUUUACCUCUCUCCCUGCCCCCCCCCCCCAGCAACCCUCCUCUUCCUUCUUAACCCAGCUUUAUGGAGCCAGGGAUAAUGUUGCAGGAAAGGACAGUGUCUGCAUGUGUGUCCUGUGCUGUGUGUUUCUUGCUUUCCUUCUCUGCAGUAACAAAGCAUUUCUACUUCUCUCCUUAAUCUUGUUUUGCUGUCUUUGCCCAUGGGCAGACUGGUUUCAGGAAAGGCAGGCUGAGUGUGGACAGCAGAGUUAAGCCAUUGCUUGGGUUCCCGUUGGUUUGAAAGGGGCUUGUGCAGGAGAACUUCCUGCUUGGGUGUGCCUCACACGGUUAGGGCUAGUGUGUGUGUGUGUGUGUGUGAUCACAAUGAUAUCCCAUCUUUUCUACAGGGAGCUCAAGGUGGUGUAUGUGGUUCUCCCACCACUCCCCAUUCUAUCUGCACAACAACUCUGCAGAGUAGGUCAGGCUGAAAGGCAGUGACCGGCUGCCAAGGUCCUACCCAGUGAGCUUCAUAGCCGAGUGGGGGACGUGAAGCCCAGAAUUUGCCCUCGGCCCCCUGGCUGGUUUGAUCAUUAUUCCUUUACUUCAAUUUUUCUAACUUCAAAAUGGGACAACCUAUUGAUCAUAAAGCCACACAUUUAGACAGAGAUAGAGGCAUCUGUAAGACAUUUAAUUUAUUCUGGAGCCCAUACCUGAGUAAUAAUAAUAAUAAUAAUAAUAAUAAUAAUAAUUUAUUAUUUCUACCUACCCUGUUUUCAACAGCACAUCAAAAACAGAAUAAAACUUCAAACAUUAAAAACUUCCCUAAAGAGGGCUGCCUUCAGAUGUCUUCUAAAAGUUGGAUAGUUGUUUAUUUCCUUGACAUCUGAUGGGAGGGCGUUCCACAGGGCAGGUGCCACCACCGAGAAGGUCCUCUGCCUGGUAAUAUUAGCAGCAACCCAAAAGUUACAAAUGUUGGUCCUCUCCAGCAUCAUUUCAGGCCAUAAAAAACCCCAUGUAAGUGGCUUUCCCUGUAUCCCACAGGGAAGCCACAGAAAGAAUGUGGUUCAUCAAGGGGUCUGUGGACUCAAAAAGGUUGAAAACCACUGAUUUAGGGAUACAUGACUAAACAAGACACUACGUGGAGGUGAAAUACCCCUGCAUUAAAUUAUAAUGCUACUUUCAUGUUGUUUUUGACCAGAGCAGGGUUGCUUCAGACUUCCAGGAUAUAUUUACAUGCCUUUUGUAUUUUAGUGUUCUCCAUUGAAUUUGAGCUUGUACAACUGCUCAAACAUAAUGAAUAAAAUAAAAUGCAAACUCUUUCUUUCUUUCUUUUUGGUAUAAGGUGAUAAAGUCCUGAUGUUGGAUUUGUAGAAUGGUUCCAUACCUAUAUCUUUUUAUAAUGCCCUGAAUGAAAUUAAGGAAAUCUGCAGCAUGAUACAAUUUGCAGCUGAGUACCAGUGGCCUGCCUGCACAUAUUCUCACCCUAUGACCAGAGAGCCUAUGGUACACUGCAGGAUAUGUCUUCAGAGGCCCGUGUUGAACAUCUAAAGUAGAAUCAUAUAAUCUUAGAGUUGAAAGGGAUCCCGAGGGUCAUCUAGUCCAACCCCCUGCAAUGCAGGGAUCUCAGCUCAAGCAUCCAUGUCAGAUGGCCAUCCAACCUCUGCUUAGAAACCUCCAAGGAAGGAGAGUCCACCACCUCCCAAGGGAGACUGUUCCACCGUUGAACAGCUCUUACUGUCAGAAAGUUCUUCCUGAAGUUUACUUGGAAUCUCUUUUCUUGUAACUUGAAGCCAUUGGUUCAAGUCCUACCCUCCAAAGCAGAAGAAAACAAGAUUGCUUCCUCUUCCAUGUGACAGCCCUUAAGAUAUUUGAAGAUGGCUAUCAUAUGUUCUCUCAGGCUCCUCUUUUCCAGGCUAAACAUACCCAGCUCCUUCAAGCGCUCCUCACAGGGCUUAGUUUCCAGACCCUUCAUCAUCUUCGUUGCCCUCCUCUGCUCACCUUCCAGCUUGUUAACAUCCUUCUUAAAUUGUGGUGCCCAAAAGUGGACACAGUAUUCCAAGUGUGGUCUGACUAAAAAAUGAAAGGGCCUAGUCCUUUUCCCUGUGUAUAAUUGGCAUUAUCUUAAAAGUAAUUAACAAAAGUGGUGUGAAAGAUAGAGCAUGCCUGUAUUGCUACUGUUAACAGGUUUGUACAGAUGACUUUAGCAUCUGAAUUUUUCUAGGCCACUACAAAGAAAAAUAGAAUUCUUGCACAUGGAUGGGGAAAAUUCCACAUUAUCAUUUCAAUGGUUCUUUACAUAAAUACUGAAGACUCAGAAAAGCUGGAGGCUUGUUUUCCUCCCAGCCUCUGAGAAACACUAUUGUGGUUCUUGGAUUUUAGUUCUUUGCAAUAUUGGAUUUUUUUUAUACAUAUUUAUUCAUGCAGAACAGAAAGGCUGAGUUUCUCGCCUUGCCAUGGGGAGCUGAUGGAAACACUGUUAUACAUAAGAAUACACCUUCAUUUACAUCCUCGCUAUUUUUCAACAAUUGAAUUGUAUGCAGCUGGGUUAUUUUUAUUCCUUCUGUUUCUUAAGGUAUGGGAUGUAGGGGGAGGUUGAGGUUUCUUGAUUCUGUGUGUGCGUUUGUGUGCUUUUCAUUAGUAUGAAAACUCCCCUCCUGAAUUUUCACAAGUCAUAGAAAUACAGAGUUGGUGGCCAAUAUCUUUGAAAUGGGAGCUGAUUUGAGCCAUGUAGUGAAUUAACGGCUAUUACUUUUUAAUUAAGACAGUUAAGCUAACUGUGGAAGCCAUUCAUCUCCCCGUUUAAUCAUUCAUUCUGCCUGUGUGGAGGAGACCUGGGGUAUUAUACUUUGUAUGGCAUAAAGUGUCAAAGUUGUAUCCUGGUUUUAAAAUAAAAUGCAUAUUCAUGUAACUGAAAUAAUACUUUAAAUGCCUUUAGUUUUUAAUUAAUAAUCUUCUCAGGUCUCUUUCUAAAAUGUGGAUUGUUUUGAACCCAAUCUCUGUUUUUACUAUCUUGUAUAAUUUGUUAUUAAAACUCUGAAUAUUUCCAAAAGCUCAUUAGCUGAUUGCCUAGCUACAGCAAAGUAGCUCCAGCCCCUCUUGAUAGCCACCCGGAAAAUAAAGAAACUUCUACCCAGUACUAAAUACUCUUGUUUGUCUCUCUGUCUAUCUAAUGCCUUGGCUGAAUCUGACAUUUCUGCUAGCUUUCCUCUCUGGAACUGUCACCGAACUCACUAGGCUAUAUUGAUAGUCAGACAAGAAUGCAUCAUUGCAAAUAACAUCCCUAUGGGAAGGAAAGGUAGCCAGGGGCACCUGUGAACAGGACAGUGGAAACUGUUACUUGCAUGACAGUAGCAACCAAGAGUCUUGCCCUAAUGAUGUUUCUUAUGCUAGAUGCUGUGUAAGCUGAAUUUAGAAUGGGCAUGGACAAACUGUAACACAGAAGAUAAUUCUGCUGUACCAUUCCUCACACUAUUUUGGCAUCAUGCUUAAAGAGGCUAGGAUAGCUAGGAAGUAAGAUAGCUAUGAUUUACUAAGACCAACUCUAAUGUUUUUAAUUACAGUGCUAACAUUUUCAAUAACUCUCUACACAUCAGAAGCUAUUAGCAUGCAGUAAAUCUGUGCUCACUGAGCUACUUAUGGAAAUUGCAUAUUGGUUUAAUGAGUUUGUCGUUUUUGGGGGGGGAAAUCUGAAGAUUAGGAUUCUGGUCUUAAGUAUUCGCAUUAAGUAGUUUCAAACUACAUUGCUGAGAGAUCCCAGGGAAAGGAAGACCAAAUGCUCUAUCUGAAAAUAAAUGCAUUUCCACAUGGAACACUGGGUGCAUAUUAUGGGAUCAGUUUUUGAAAGCCUGUUAGCAUAUGUAGCAUAUGGGCGACUGUUUAUGUGAAUACAUACACAUUACCUUGUUUAUAGGCCACCCUAUAAUACUCCUCUGGACUGCUUACAAAAUUGGAACGCUAACUACUGGUAUUCAGGAGAUAGUUUAAGUUGCAAAAGAGAAGGCUUAAUUCUCUCCCAUAUGAUCCAAGGCACACAGUGUCUGCUUCUCUGCUACAAAAUGGCAUCCCAGAAUGAAGAUGAAAUAAAUACAUUUACCCAUCUCUAGGGCUUUGGUUCCACAGAGAUUGGCUUUUAAGCGAGUUAGUAAUAUGAGCCCAGAAGAGCUGUGCCUCUUGCAUAUCUUUAUGGUUUACCAUCUGUCUCAACUCACUGUGGAAGCAGCUGUUUGCAUUAUUUUUCUAGAAAAAUCUCAUAGUUGCCUCUGCCACCUCAACCCUCAAACAGUUACUUGCUUAUAUCCCCUUUCCUGGCUCAUUCUUUUAUGUUUUAGAAAGCAGAUAAAAUGUGGCGCUCCUUAGCAAACGCUGACUGGUGUGGGAAGUGAUGUAGAGAGCAGAGGUGGAGACAUCAUGAGGAUGUCUCACAUGAUACUAAGGGCCAAUUGCUUGCUUGCUUGCUUGCUUGCUUGCUUAUUUAUUUAUUUAAAAUUACCAAGCAGAGGGGAGCAUGUUCCUUGUAGGCAAGCCUGUGGGGGAUGGGGUGGAGGGAGCUGGGUACACUUGCCCCAGGCCUUGGAGGGCUAAGCUGCCCCCCCCGCCAAGGACCAGCUGCUUUUGUGUUUGAGUUUAUACCUUUAUUCUACAGAAACUCCCUCCCUGGGCCCCAGGCAAGCCAGCAUGGCCUGCUUAAAGGGAGGACUGCUGCUACUGGAGCCAAGCAGAGUCUUCAGGGCCAUCCAUGUUCUUGCUUUCUCAAGUUCUGUCUGAGGUGGUCUUGUCUGCCAAGUUGGAGUUGAUGUUAGUGUCUGCUUCUGACCUAUUUUUUUGGGCAUGCUAACACAUGGGGGCCCUUCAACAACUCUGCCCUUUUCAAGACUGAAGGAUGGUUUUAGAAGUUUCUUUGAGGUUGAAGGAGGAACUUCGGUGCUAGUUGACAAGGAAUGUGCAGCACUUCUUAGCUUUCCUUCAGUCUGGUUUUGACAAAGGGUUGAGUGCUGCUCUGAUUAAGCAUCAAUUUAGAGACCCUGUGCUGUCUUCUAAUGCAAUGGUAAAAAGCUUCAUGAAGGAGUUUGGAUGGUUUCUCCCAGAGUGUGUCAUCAUUUCCCUGCUUGGAACCUCAGUUGCAUUUUUUCAGCCUUGGCAGGUUCUCCCUUUGACCCCAUGGCUUCGUGCCACUGAAUAUCCUGAGCUUUAAAACUGUAUUUUGAUGGUCAUCACUUUGGUCUGGUGGCUUUCUGAGUUGGGGGCCCUGUCAUCUGUGUGUUCCACCAGGAUAAGGUGGUGUUAGGACCUGAUCCAUGUUUCAUGCCUAAAAUGAACUCUUGGUUUCAUUGCUCAGAAGGUGGUAUUGCCUCCUUUUUACCCCACCACACCUUGCUUGGUAUGCUCUGGGUUUCUAUUUGAAACACACAGCUGAGUUUAGAAAGCCAGAGGUUCUAUUUGCAGCUUUUGCUGAGGCUCCAAAAGGGUCUAAGGUUUCCUCAUCUUCCAUAGCCAGGUGGCAAUGUAUGGCCCUUGUCGAAGCAGAUUUGGCUACUGGAAAGGUUCCUCCUGUGGGAAUUACAGAGGAGUCUGCUACUUCAACAUCAUGUAAAGGGGUUUUUCCCCAUAGGAGAUAUCAUAUGGGCGAUAGCUACUCACACUUUCAAUAAGUACUUUCUGUCAUCACCUCAUGCACUUUCUGGACGUAGGUGCUAAAAUGGGAUGUAUUGCAGUCCUUAGGAAGCUCACCUGAGAUGUUGUGAUACUGCUCUGUUAUUUCCCUAUGAGCAACUGGCCUACCUGCCAGCAAGUCCCACUGACAUAUACAGUAGGUCAAGUCCAGUGUCCAACAGUCAGGAAACGCAGUCCAGGGUCAGACUUGAAACACAGUCCUAUAGAGGUCCAUCAACAUGGGCAGUUGAGCUGACACAGCCCCACAGCCCUGCUCCCCCUUUCUCUCUCUUGUCUUGAUUGUAGCACCUGGGCUUCACAAGUUAUGUGACCCUUACCUGUCCUGAGCAUAAUCCCGCUGAGGAACCACUCUCCUCCUUGCUGAGCUAAUGAGCCCCACCUGGCCAACCAGUGUCCUAGCUUGCCUCAGCCUAUCAGAGCAUACGUCCCUCUGCUUCCUGCGCCUCAGAGCCCAUGUUGUUCAUGGAGACGGGGGCCUCUCUGGCUCUGAUGAUGGGUCCUGCUCUUCUGCUCCUGCACACUGACCUCCAUCCCCUCACCGUCCUCUGUCAUCCUGUGUGUACCUUCCACAAGCCUAACCUAACCCGGUGGGUCCCAGUCACAGCUACACCCUUUGCCAGGAUCCCCUUCCUUUCCCCUGUUAUCCUGCUAGUUCAUGACAGUCCCAUUGACCAGCUGCUAAUAGAAAAUUGGCGAUGAUGAACAAAGUCAUUCUGAAGCUGCUUAAUGUCUUUUUCUAGUAUGUUCCAUGAGUACCUGCUUGUUUAUACAUAAUGGCACUUUACUGAAGUUUUCUAAAUGAAAUGGAGCUCAUCACUUCAGAAAGGACAGUGACUGAAAUGCGGGUGAGAGUGAGACCUCCUCAAGUUGGAUAAAGAGACUCAUCCAGUUAGCACAUGGAGAUGGUGAGGAAUCAGUAGGUUAAAAGAUAUCUGAAUGAUGGUCCUUAGCUUGAGGCUUGCUUGUGUUCAGAUAGCGAGACCAACAGCAAGCUCCUGGUCAUCGGUUCAUUGUUACAUAAGUUGCCGCGGUCUGUCUGUCUUGCAUAAGUACAGCAUCAGAGUGCAGAGGAUGUUGCUAGUUCAAGUGAGGGGAUUAUGGGACAGGUACAAAGGAGGAGGUAUUUGACUCUGUAUUGGAUGAAAGGAGAUUCCCCUCCUUUUGCCAUCCUCCUUUGAGUUUCAUAAAAUAGCUGAUCAAUAAUCUAAUCUGCAGGAGCUAGAGCAGCAGUCUCAUGACAGCCUCUCUUUUGAUGCUUUGCCAACUGCAACGGUUAGACUUUUUACAUUUAAUAGAUUCCUGCAGUUAGAGAACUAUCUACAGAGCCCACAUAGAGCUGGGAUUCCCUUAUUAAACAAGUAUUUGGCAAGUGGGAGGAGAGGGAAUGCUGCAGAGGUGUUCUGACAGCCACAAGCUGGAGACCCCACUGCCCUCUCCUACAGAUUCCUGUUCAGAUAAGCAGCAGCCACAGCAGCAGGGAGUUUGAGCACUCCCAAAGAGACUCCACUAAAUUCUUCCCUCUCCAGAUGGAGCUGGUCCUUAGCUGCUCUCAGCAGAAAACCAGAAUGUCCCAUUGAUGGAAUAAUCAACACAUCUGCACUGAUACAAUUUUCAAAACAUUUCUCAGGAAUCAAGGUUGCCCAAAGGCAACUGAAGUCAUUUGACCAGGUUCCAGAAUUUUAGAAAGGGUGGCAAGAUACAGCUAUAACACUUUUCUUCCCCAGCCUUCAGGUUUGUUUGUUUUUUUAAAAAAAAUCUGUGUGCAUAUACACUACAAAGUCAAUCUUGUUUAUCCAUCAUUUCCCGAUCCAACAGGAACUCUAGGGAACAAUAAUUAUUUGGAGGGCAGGGAAACCACAAUUCCCAGGAAUCUUUUAGGGAAGUUCAUCCUUUCAGUCCUUGCUGUUUCGUAUCUUUUACAUUGCAGACAAAAGCUUGAAGAGGUUGUUUCAUGGAAAUGUAUAUCCAGUUUUUUGACCCACCAUUCUAAUGCUGUUCGGAGAUUGAUCUGUAAUAUGAGACUUGAGCUGUACCCAUGCUAGAGCAUUCUACUGUCACUGAGACAUUGCUCUUCUACAGUUAAUUAAAAAUGGAAUUAAAAUGGAGGUUCCACUCAGCACAUAAUAGAUUACUAUAUUAUUUAGCAAUGGUGUUCUCUUGACCAAAAUUCUUAACAUAAGGGUCCUGCUGGAUCAGGACCAGAGAUCCAACCUUUAUAAAGGAAUUGAUCAUUUUGGUUGCCAUUUUUCAGCUGUACAAUAUCCUUUUUGAGGUGAGGCAACCUGCACAAUACACAGUAUUCCAGUUGUGGUCUCACUGUAGAUGGCAUAGUGGUGAUACAGUAUUGCUGGUUUUAUUUUCUGACCUUUCCCUAAUGUUGUAACAUGGAGUUUCCCCCUUUUUACUCAGCUGUGUUCUAUAAUGCCACAGCCAACAAGUAAUUAUCAAAUGUCCUAUUUAGAACUGCUCUGGGAAGACUUUUAAUGUUCAAGCAUGAGAGAGGAGGCUGAAGCUGCAAUCCUAUUCACAGCUUUCCUGGGAGUAAACCCACUGAUACUUCUGAUAUUAAUUGUUGUUAUUAUCAUUAUUAUUAUUAAAUAAUUUUUAUGAAUUUUCAAUCACUAAAGUUCAACAACAGCCACAUUUUAUCAGUGUCAAAUUAUAAUUCAUAUCCAAAUAUAUAUCAAUUAUAAAGCAAUUAUACAAUUUGUGAGACUUCCCAUGUGCUGGGUUUCAGGGUGCAAAGUUCUUAUUUCUUCCUGCUUCCGAAAUCUUGAUUAAUCCAAUUACAUGCAGUCCUGAUCUUAGUCCCUUAUCAACAGCUACAGAGUUCUUGACUUCCAUUCGUAUUAACACAUUUAAUAAAUUUUAUUUCCGCAGAAGGAGUUCUAUAUCCUGUAAAUUCCCUGUGUGAGAAGUUAAUUUUUCCAUUUGUUUCUUCAUCUUUCCUGUUCUGAUCAUGUCCUACACAGCAUCUCUACUUCUGCUUUUUUGCUCUUUUUCUUCCUAUGUUCCCAUGUAAGUUCAGCUGUGCACACACCAUCUUUGUUUGUUUGAGUAUAGAUAAGGAGUAAUCUGGUGUCCCCGCCAGAGCUCUGGGUGAUUCUCCAGUUUUUCCUUCUCCUCCAACUCUUAGAUCACUAAUGAUCUAGCAUCCUGCUAGAGCUAUGGCUGAUCUUCAAAGACCAUAGUCCAAAUUGCGAUAAGUGGGAGUUUUGUGCUUUAAAUCAUUUCAGUGUUCUCACACAGUUUUAUUUUCAUAUUCAUCCAUAAAUAUAAUCCCACUAUCUUUUUCUCCCCUUGCUUUUUAUCAGUUUGUUGGCAUUCAGGGGGAAGUUUGCCGAAUCACUCAUGUAGCAAACAUACCGUAUUUUUCUACAAAGGAAAUAUUCUUUCCAGUUUGAAAUGUUGCGACUCAGUAGCUGCUUCACAUGGCAGUUUAUAAUCUUGUCCCAUCCAUCCUGCACACGUCUGUAAAUUAUAGCCAAUUUCAUCCUAAUAAACAGAAGAGCCUCUGCAUCUGAAUGGCUGCGUUAUGGAGUUACCGAUAAGCGAAGUGCUUUGGCACCCAGCAUCUUCCUGCUUCCCGGAUUCCAUGCUGGAGCGAGAGCCAGGUAUCAAGACAAUCUGCGGGUGAAGCUCACUCCCCCCGGGGCCUGGGGGGAGCUUGCAAGGACAAUUACCCGCAAAUCAUCCUUGUUUAUUCUCUGCAAACAAUCUCCGCUAAUGUGGGAGCUGCACCCAUUAAGGCAGGAAGCACCGGAAGUCCAGUGAUAAUUCUGAUAAAUUUUCUAUCACAAUUAUGGCUACUAACUAUAUCAAACCUCUUUGGGAGAAAAAGUUUCUGAAGCACGGACAUAGGUCUAAACUUUUGGGCCAUAUCUCCUCACCCCUGGCGAGCCAAAUUUGACAGGUGGGCAGGGUCACCUAGUGUCAUAGUGAUGUCAGAUUGGCUGUGCUUUGAAUCCCCAAUUGUUUAAAAAGCACUGUACAGAGCCCCAGUACAGAGCCACACAGUGCUCUUUGAACCUCUGUUCCACUGAAUGGAAACUGCUUCCUCCCUCCCUAAGCAAAGCAUGCUCAGUUGAUGUGCAGGUUGGGAGUGCACUUUGCUGGAGUAAAGGAACAAUUUGAGGCUCCAUCUAAGCUAUUAAAUGUGCCUUCAAAGCUCUGCCCUUGCCCACUCCACACCUGGCAUCACACAUGAUAUCAGGUGUAGGGUUGGUGGGUGUGGCUUUCCCAAAAGACCCUUGUGGGCCAAAUGGGUUUCCCACCCCUGGGAAAGGGGUCAGCAGGGGUCAGCAACCUUUUUCAGUCGUGGGCCGGACCACCGUCCCUCAGACCAUGUGGUGGGCUGGACUAUAUUUUUUCUUGGGGGGGGGGGAAUGAACGAAUUCCUAUGCCCCACAAAUAACCCAAAGAUGCAUUUUAAAUAAAAGCACACAUUCUACUCAUGUAAAAACACGCUGAUUCCCGAACCAUCCGCGGGCUGGACUUAGAAGGCGAUUGGGCCGCAUCCGGCCCACUGGCCUUAAGUUACCUACCCCUGGUGUAAAUAGUAUAACACUCAGUGUUCCCUCUGUACUUUUCCUCUCUCCUCUAUUAAAUAAAAAGUAUUGUUUUCAAGUGGCAGAAGGCUUCUAAGUAAUAAAUAAUCAUAUGUUAAACAAAACCUAAGAUGCAUUUUAGAAAAACAGAGCAUCAAUUUAGGUAUGUAAAAAUAUAUAGAAUUCUGACUUAGCAGAAGGCUAUAAUUCUGUAAGUUGAGGCAAAAUAUAUCCAUUUGCAAAAGUCUAUAAACAUUACUUAAACAAUCUCUUUAAAAUGAAUUUCCUCUCAGAUUGUGAUUCAGACAAGAACACAGCUUGUGACCACGAAAGGGGUUGUUUCUAAUUAAAACAUUUAUAUCCUGUGUUUCCCAUUAGAUCUGAAGGCAGUGCAGAAAAUUCAGCCAACACACAUCACAAAUCUACAAAUUCUGGCUGGCCUUGGUAGUCAGCCAGAAUUUGUUGUGGUCACAACUGAUCCUUUUCUUCUUCCAACUUGGAGGAGGGAUGGGGUGAUGUCAUGCUGGGCUUUGGAAUAACUAAGAAUCAACAAGAAGGCUUCUGAUUCUGAAGCCCAGUGAUUCUCCACCUGUCUACCAAAAUUUAGGCUCCAAGUUUCCAACAGUAGCUUCUAAGUACUUAUAAGCCCAAGUCACCUCUAGGUUAGAUACUGCAACACAUUCUACGUGGGGCUACCCCUGUGAAAUCGAGGCCAGGCUGGGGGCCCCAGUGGCAGGCAGGACAGGAUUGGGGUCCCUGUGUGGGGGUGCCUGAUUUGCACCACCUCAAAAUUGUGCACUCAGAGCCACACAUUCCUGUCCCCCCCAAUGCGUCUGCAACAGAAGUUAGGCCAGGGGUCAGCAAACAUUUUCAGCAGGGGGCUGGUCCACUGUCCCUCAGACCUUGUGGGGGGCCGGACUGCAUUUUGAAAAAGAAAAAUGAACGAAUUCCUAUGCCCCACAAAUAACCCAGAGAUGCAUUUUAAAUAAAAGGACACAUUCUACUCAUGUAAAAACAUGCUGAUUCCUGGACCAUCCGCAGGCCGGAUUGAGAAGGCGAUUGGGCCAGAUCUGGCCCCCGGGCCUUAGGUUGCCUACCCAUGAGUUAGGCUAUCCCUGUCCAGAUAGGGGCAGCAGCUGGGCUACCAGACAAAGCUGAUGGAAGGCACUCUGGGCCACUGAGGCCACCUGUUAAUAAAAGCCAAUAAAUAUGCAGAUAGAAAUAGUAACUGUUAGUAAGUGUAAAGGAGUCUGGUUCGCAGAAUUUAGCCAACCUCCUGGAAUGGUUGUCAGACAGGAGUUCAAAGGGUUAUUUUGAACAUUGUUUCAAUCUUCAUUGAAGCUUCGUUACUCAGGAAAUCAUAAUUUUUUGUUCGGAUGCAUUCUUACAUUCACAUUUAUUGCAGUCUUACUAAGCAAUGCUGGCACAUUUCUAUUUUGCCAUCUAUGGCCUGGGGAGAAAUUCAGGGUACUGCACUGUCAAAUCCAGUGGUUUUGUGUAUGUGUGUGUGUGCGCACACACACACUCACUCAUUCCUUUCUGAAACAGUUUUUUUCUUCUGCUACCACGCUUUGAAGGCAGGUGCCACUCUUAACUCUUCAUUACCAUGAUGGGGAACCACCAUGACAUAUGAAUCUCACAUUUUAAAACAUGCACUCAGCAGAUGUCAUUUAAUGAAUAUUGUCUGUCCACUGUAAUUACUGCAGCUUGACAGGCUGUAAGAUAGUUUUUCCUCAGUGAAGAUCCUGUAAUUGGGAGCACAGAAUUUUCAGACAUGCACAGUGAAUAUUAUUCCUGCUGAGGAUCCAUGCUUUGUUGAUGAGUCUUUAUUUUAGUUGAUAUGUAUAUAGGAUAGAGAUGACCCAUCAGGAUCUUAGCAGUAGAAAUUACUCUGCUGGAAAUCUCUUUAUGCCGGUAUUCAUGAUUCAAUUGGAGGUGCUAUUCCUUCGCCUCAAAGGUAAUUCCCCUGGCUGUGCUUCCAGUGAAGUGAUGUAAAAGAAAUUGCCCACCUGUAUGGCAUUGGCCAUUUGUACAUCUAAAUUCUACUUCAACAAACAUUUAUUUAACCCGCUGUUUUCUAAGUUGGUUUCUAAGGAAUCCUGUUGUUUCUUGGAAACUUGACAGGGCUCCUCAGUGAGAAGAUUGGUAGUGCCAGGCAGACAAACUUCUCCGAAACACAGGUUGCCCACCGCCACUUACUGAAUUUUAUCUGCACAACUGCAGCAGAAGCUUGGACAUGUUCUUGGUUCCACUUUCAGGAAAUACCUUAAUUUAUUAUUUUAUUGUAUUAAAUUGUGUGAGCUGCCCUGAGAGUUUUUAAACUGAAGGGCAACAUAAAAGCAAUCUAAAUAUUUAUUAAUGUAUUAAAUUUCUGUCCUGCAUUUCCUUUCAAAAGAGCCUAGGGCAGCAAACAGUAAAACAACACAGUUAAAGUACACAAGGAAGUGUUUUAACACAUCAUUUUACCAUGGGUAUUGUGUCUUUUUGUACUCUGGGGGGAGACUAGUACAUAUCUGAGCACAAUUCAAAGCCCUAAGUGCCUUUGACCCCGUACAGCUGAAGGAGCGUCUCCUCCCCCAUUGUUCAGCCUGGACACUGAGGUCCAGCUCCGAGGGCCUUCUGGUGGUUCCCUCAUUGCGAGAAGCCAAGUUACAGGGAAGCAGGCAGAGGGCCUUCUCUGUGGUGGUGCUCACAGAUGUCAAGGAGAUAAGUAACUAUAAAACCUUUAGGAGACAUUUGAAGGCAGCCCUGUAUAGGGAAGUUUUUUAUAUGUUUAAUGUUUUAUUAUGUUUUUUAUAUAGACUCAUAGAUUUUUAAAGUUGGAAGGGACCCUGAGGAUCAACUAGUCCAACACAUUCCUAAUGGAACAAUAAAACAGUAAGAAUUUAUCAUAAAACUGAACGCUACCUUAAAAUGCCUGUUGGAACAUGAAAGUAUUUGUCAUGAGGCUGAAGUUCAGCAAGGGGGAUGCCAGUCUAAUCUCAGUUGGUAUGGAGAUAUCCAGGCAUGGGCCUGCUACAUUGAUUGCAUGCAACUCACCGUUUGCCUGGGGAUUGCAUUCUGGGUCAUUGCGCAUAUCAGUGGUUGUGCAUAAGCCUGCCCCCUGCCCCGUUCCAGGGCUGAAAGUAUGUUGGCAGUCACACGUCAAUUGGACAACUGCAAAAUGGUUGCCACCUGUAGUUACAAGCUGCGCAUCUAAGCCAUGAGGAAUUACCAACAGAGACUCCCCCCUCCCCCGCCCAUGUGUAAAAGUGUGCACAAAGUGCAUAAAAGAAAGCUCCUCUGAAGUAUUUGUCACCCCUUCUGCACCAUGGCAUGUAAAAAUCAGUGUCCUCAGAAAGAUAUGAAAAGUGCAAGGUAGAUCUGGCAAAACCUUAGGAAAUUAUCUCUCAUAUACCAACUCUGUCUCUGGAUUUCAAGCCACAUCAACAGAAUCUGGCUAUUUCAUUUAAUUUGCUGUCAAUCAGUGUCCUCAGUGUCACUAAGGCUUCCUCUUUUAUAUUCAUUAUUUCUCUUGGCAUUGCCCAGAGCUCAACUGUAUCUUAGCCAGCUAUCAUCACAGGGUGAUUAAAUCAUUUUAUGAGAUGAGAUCUUGCUUCCUAGUCAUAAUAGUGAAAGAAAGAAAAAACAUUCCUGUAGUAUAUUUACUUACGGAUAUUUACCUGCUACAACUUCAUGUUUUUCUGAACAAAAAUAAACAGGUUUAAACUUUUAGUUUGCUGUAUGAAGUGACAAAUUGUUUGGUUUAAAUAUGCCUCCUGCAGUUCAGUAUAUACUCAGUCCUAUACUUUCCUCAGCAGGAAGGAGUGGGUGCUCAGUCUCAAUAGCACCCAUAAUGAUUUCAGUGUUACAAAAUGAGGGACGAGACAGAAGCUGUAUGCCAGCUUGAACUGAAUGUGUCACUUCAUAGCUGCUGAACAUGUCAGUUUAUGGCUGGUUCUAUCACUGCACAGGCCUAUCAAGAUUUUUAUUAUUUUUCUCUUUGGUAGAAUAUUAGUUUACAUCUCCAGGAUGGUCCUGUGUAAUUUAGGUCAAAAGGCCACAUUUUAUCCAUGUUGAUAAGAUUGCAUUUCUUAGGUCAGAAUGUUCAGUGUUAAUUUAAUUAAGAAGGUCCUCUUCUGUGUCUCCAUCGCCACUUGGUAUACUCGACAUUGAGCUCUAACCUGUGUUCAGUCUGAUUCGGAGAGUUUUUUGCCACCGAUGCUCUAGCCUUCUCAACAAUUGUUCCAUCUCCCUCAGUUCCAGGAAAACCGUGGGGCCUUCCAGGCUCCUUGCAAUUGGAGAGGGCACUUUAGAGCCCGACAGUAAAUAGCCCUGGUUAACUCCGCAUUCCAGCGAGCCACCAGGGAAUCAGCUGAAAGGCCAUCAACAUGGGAUAAUACACCCUUCCCCCCGCAAGUCAUUAGGAUCAUUUAAGUGGCAGAGGUGGACUUCGAUUUCGUCCCACCUCCCUAUGGAGAGAAAGGGCCGCAAAGAAGUCUAGUUGCACCAGGAAGGGAUCUGACCAUGACACUUCUUAAUGCCAGAUCUCCUGUGUCCACAGAGGUGAACACCAGAUCUAAGGCAUGUCCACAGCUGUGAGUAGGGCCAGAUUUAUUCAGGGACAGCUCCAUGGAGACCAUGCUUUCCACAAAGUCCCAAGCAGCCCCUUGUAAGGUUGUGUUGGCAUGGUUGUUAAAAUCCCCCAGGACCACCAGACUAGUUGUCUCCAGAAGAACAUCCGCCAUGACCUGAAGCAGCUCAGGCAGGGAAUCCUCGGUCCUGUACUGCCCCUAUUGCCCAACUUCCAGAACAUGUACUCAAAAAACUGGGUCUUCCUAAUAGGAUACCUGGUGAAAACUAAGGACUUCCUAAAAAUCACUGCAACUCCCCCUUCCCACACACAUGACCUGGGUUGCUCUGCGUAAGAGAAACCUGGGGAACAAGCAGCAGCAAGAACAGGCCUACCUGCUGUGUCCAACCAAGUCUCUGUUACACAUGCUGGGUCAAUUCCUCCAUCCAUUAUCAAAUCAUGGAAUAAUAAUAAUAAUAAUAAUAAUAAUUUAUUAUUUAUACCCCACCCAUCUGGCUGGGUUUCCCCAGCCACUCUGGGCGGCUUCCAACAGAAUAUUAAAAUACAAUAACCUAUUAAACAUUAAAAGCUUUCCUAAACAGGGCUGCCUUCAGAUGUCUUCUAAAAGUCUGGUAGUAGUUUUUCUCUUUGACAUCUGGUGGGAGGGCAUUCCACAGGGUGGGUGCCACCACCAAGAAGGCCCUCUGCCUGGUUCCCUGUAACCUCACUUCUCAUAGUGAGGGAACUGCCAGAAGGCCCUCGGUGCUGGACCUCAGUGUCCGGGCUGGAUGAUGGGGGUGGAGAUGCUCCUUCAGGUAUACAGGACUGAUGCUGUUUAGGGCUUUAAAGGUCAGCACCAACACUUUGAAUUGUGCUUGGAAACGUACUGGAGGGCAGCGGUCUUAUGUAUCAUUGGCCUGGCGUUGCACAGAGCCACCUUGAGGUCUUGUGGGACACUCUUGUUGAUACUUGUAUCCUGGUCAGGACCUGACCCAGAGGCAGGGAUAGUCUUCAUACAAUGACUUGACUUGCCUCCUUGGCAACUCCUCCUCCUUCCUGUGAUCACUGAGAUUGCGUGUCCCAAAGUGGAACCUGCCUCAGCCAUUCUGUUGGAUGGGGCCCACUCUUGGGCUGCCCUGUCCCACUCCCACUAAAACAAAUUAACUUAUAAAACCAAAAAAUACAAAUACGAAUUAACAUUUAAGAACAGUUAAAAACAACUCCACUCCACCCUUAAAUAAAGCAAUACUACAGUCACCUGAGUUAAAACCCCAUCCCCAUUUUUUAAAAAACAAUAAUUUUAGCACAAGGUGGCUGGGCCACCCCCUUGUUCCACCCCCAAAAUGCCACCCCUAAAGGGACGAGCCCCACCCCCAGGGCAGGCAGGCUUUAUAGAGCUGUCCCAGCAACUGGUGUCUAGAGAAAAUUCCUAGAGCUAACAAGUUGCAGAAAAUUGAAAUUGUGACUUAGCAGAGGGUUUUCUUCCUGGGUGGGUGGGUGGGGAAGUAACAUUUUGGGUAUGGUGAUAUGUUUUGGAUGAAAUCUGAUUCCCAAACAUUCACUGCUUUGUCCUUUUACAAUUCCCACACCAGCAUUUUAGAUCAUCUCUCUAAGUAAAUAUAAUUGCAAUACAUUUUCUUCCUCUCCUUUGUGUCUCUCACAUAGUGUCAGCUGAGAAUAGUAUAUGUUUAAUUGACUGUAAACAUAGCUUUGAGCUGGUUUCUAGCUCAGAUGUACUUGCUUUACAGUGGUGGUAAAAUGAUCUCUGAGCAUAAGGUAAGAAUGUAUCAUAAUUAAAUAUGUACAUGAUUUAGAAUCCCCCAGGAGGGCGAGGGUUAAAUGUGCAUUUCCUUCUGCAGCACUAUAGUUAAUAACGAUAGAGAUUUGUACAUUAUCGUUUUCCUAUGGAAGCCACUUCCAUAUUGCAUGUUGCAUCAGGAACCAUAAUGGUAGGAUGAAUUAUGUGGUUACUUCCUUCAUUAGCACUGACAGCCUCUCCUGGGGUGCUGGUGAUAUGUUUAGAUAUUGUUAUACACCAUACCAAUCUUUAAGCAGUACAAGAUUCCUGUCACUUAUCCAGGGUUCAUGUUUCCUUUGGAAAUGAGGAGCAGCAGAGACUAUGUCUUUAUGAUGUAUAUGCUUUAUUUACACAAAUAUGCAGCUUGAGCCUAUGAUGGAGGGCCUCACAGCAUUACACUCCCAGAGGUUCUUGCUCCUCCCAUGACCACAGUCUUGGAUGUCAGCCAUGCCCCUCUGUUCCUCUUAUUUGUUUGCUGCGUUUAACAAACUGACACCUUUUUCUCUCCAACUUGCUGACGCUUACAGCCUGCAACUAUUUUUCCUUAAGCUUACACCAUCCUCAAUUGCAGUCCUAAAUUCAACUCUGCUUUGUCUCUGCUAACUCACCCCAAGCUUAGGGCAGGACUCCACCCAUCUGCUUCUUGGCACAGAGUCUCUGCUUUGCUGAUUGGCCCAUCUCCCUAACUUUGUUUUCUAUUAGUGGCCUAUCUCUAUCUCUCAAGCAAUCUCCUGACCCAGGUGGCUGAGCCCAGCUAUUAAGAGUCUGACUUUCAGUAUAACUCUCCAAGCAUUGAUUAAAUUCUUACUAAAUCCAGGAAUUAUGGAUGUCUUGUGCCCACAAACUCUGGUGCCACAAACUCCUAACAAUAUCGACCUGUAUGAAAGUGGACUGAGUGGGCAUAUCUUCGGUGCCAAAAUAAUUAUGUAUGAUUGGGUAAAAGAGUGCAAUUAUGUGUAUAUAUUCCUAUUGGUUGCAAAAGGAUGUUGAAUGAUAGUCUAGUCUGCACAAAUAUAUUAUAGGAGAUGGUCCAGAACUAGAACUACAGCAAGGCACUACAAGUGGUUUUUGGGGGUACCUAAUUUUGCUAAGUUAAGUUCUUCAGGGCUCUGUCAAAUAGCUUGGCAACAUUUAAAAAUAAUGCCACUUUCUUCUGCUCCUUCACAUGGCUUCUCUUUCAGCAGCUGUUCUGAUGUUAAUAACAGAGAGAAAGUUGGAUUCUCCUGCUUGUUCUAGCCUAGCUGCCUGCUGCUUUGCGUCCUGUUUUGAGAGCAGGGAGGGGGGUGGAUUAUGCCUUUGCCAUGUUCCAAAUAAUCAGGAUGGUGUGGAAUUGUUUCCCUUGCUGCUGCCAUCAGAGAAGAGUCCCAGUCUCAGAGCAGUUCUUUCGCUCUGCUUAGAAGUGUGCUGCCUCUUCUUGGCCUUACACCAGUGGCUGAAAAGAAGCUACAGGGUCAGGAUACACAAAGCAGAUGCAGGUUGGGCAGGCUCAGUGAGAGGAGGGGGAGGCACAACUGCAGACAAGCGGUUUCAAAUAUUGCUGUGCUAGUUGGCAGAGCCAUCCCUACCACAGCUGUUGACUACCUGCUGCCCCCAACCUAGCUGCCACUCACCUGCCUGUCCUGUUGCUGCCUCGCUUGGCUCAUCCCCUUCUCCACCAGUCUCUGGGUUUAUAGGAGGAGGAGGUGCAAUAGUAGGUCGUGAGUGGCUGGUGAGGCCUGCAUUAAGGAUAAGGAACAUGUGGGUGGUUGAGAAUAAUUAUUACUGGACCUCUGGGUCUGUACAGCCAUGACACUACUCUACAGGCAUCUGUUUGGCCACUGUGGGAAUAGGAGUUUGGACUAGAUGGGCCUUUGGUCUGACCCAGCAGGACUUUUUGUGUGUGUGUCUUAUGACCAAGAAAAGAGGCAUCAAUAUGUCAGGCAUCUGGGCAGGAGGAGAGUUUGUUUAUAUCUGGCCUGGCUGGGCAUGGGUUUGUGUGUGCAUAAUUCUGGCUGGCAUGCAAAAAUGUGGGAAUGUGUUCAUGGCUGGCUGGCUAGUUCAAAAUUAUGGGAGAACAGUUUUGUUUUAAAUCCUCAUACAUGCACACAACAAAUGUUCUUGAAGUGUAUUUUUUUGCAGUAUAUUUUUGCAGUAUAUUUUAAAUGUGAAUCUAACAGCAGGCUCAACCUUGCUGUUAAUCUUGCCCUGCAACUGCUGAAAUCUUAAAUCCUGCCCCCACUGUGUUCAAGACCAUAGUUGAUUGUUCCUCUGAAUUAUCUGUGAUGUGAGGCUUAUUUUUAGUAACUGCCUAAUAAACCUCCACAUAAAAUUUCAAUUUGAUCCUUGGGUGUUAUAACACUUUAGGCUUGAACAAUUGUGAGUACUGAAUGAGGCAAUGGUAGUUAUUACUGGCUGAAUGCAGAGUGAUUACAAAGGUGUAGUCUGGUGUAAGUGAUGCAAGGAUAAUAGUCGCAUCCACUCUGACAGUUCCUGUUUAUUAAGGAAGACCAGUGCUCAGAUUAUUGGGGGGUGGGGGAGGUGUCUCCCUUAACUAUUAUGUUUGGAAGGCUGCAAAGAAGACAUGAUUUGGCUGACUUUGGUGGGAGCCAUUAAAAGGCCUACAUAAUUCGAAUGCUGAGGUCAACACAUUUUUCUGGAACUUGGGCGAAACUUGGCUUUCUUUCACUUGGGUCAAAGACUCCGUUCGCCACCCCCCCCCAGGUUUACACACACACACACACGCACACGUUUUCUUGGGUUGGAACAAUCAUUUUUGUGGCAACGCAUCUUUGCAGGUAAAUAAUGUCACAAUUGCCACUCUUGUUUCCUGGGAGAUUUGUCCUUCAUGCUUCUCUGCUUAUGGCAUGUACUGACUUCCAGGCUGUGGUGAAAAAGGAAUCCAGCCCAACAUCCGGAACUAUUCCCAUUCCCCGCAUUUCUGAAAGUAACAACGUCUUAUAAAAAUAAGUUUUUGGCAGUAGUGAAACUGAUACGGAUACUGGGAACAAGGGGUUUGAUAAAAUGGCACUAGAAGAAACAAGUUUAAUAAUUCCUAGCGCACUAAGCAGAGCAGAUAAGCACUUGGUGAGAAAAUGUUUUUUAAUUCCACUGUCUCACAAAUUAUAUUUGGAGUUUUCAUUCCUGCCCUAGACUUAAUCUAUUUCCCUUGGAUGUGUUUUUGUGUUCCUUCCAAAGGGUAGAAAGUUGUAGGGUCUUAGUUUCAUUUUGGAUGAGGGAGAACUUUUAAAUUAAUUUAUUAAAUUUCCAUCUCACCCUUCUUCUCCUGAGAGCCUAUAGUGGCAAAUAACAAAGCAACAAAAAUACAAUUCCAACAAAACAAAAACAUUUGAAACCUUAAAAACAUAGAAAACAUGAAUAAAUAUUGGAAGGUCUGUCAGAGGAUGACACAUAAUUUGAAGGAUUGUUCUAUUUCAAGAUGGGAAACUUUUGGCUCAGAAACUUGAGGCCUGACUACGUUCCCAGUUUGACCCACAAGUUGUUUUGAAUUGAAGCUGGCGAUGAAAAGAAUCUUCCAUUGUAGGUGUGGCUUGAGCUGCCCCUACCAAUUAUUAUUUGUUUUGUUUUGGUCCACCUGGUGUCAUCGUGAUUGACAUGGAGGAGGCCCACCCCUUUGUCAAAGUGGCUGAUGGAGUGGGGUGUGGGGCAGGGACCACAGUGCACAGUUUGCUGCCUGGAUCGUUUUCCCCACCCCUGCUCUGUUUGAAAGUCUGCCUAGUCCAUUUCUGGCUAAGAGAUAAAAGAACCAUCAGUAGGGAAAGCAAGAGCAUGGAAGGUGCCCACCGGCCGUUAGUAUGGAGGCAGAAGACUUAGUAGGCAAUCAGGUAACCUAGUCACAGAAGUACUGUAUUUCUGUUUAAAUUGCAAUAAUUAUUUCUAAAUUUGCAUCUACAUAUCAAUUAAUAUAGCCAACAUUUAUGCAAAUCUGUAUCCUUGUUUUUCCUCUGAUGCGUUUCUGAUGCAUCUCUUCUUUGUCUCAGUUGUCACCAUCUCUCUUCCUCUCCCUCUCUCUCUCUCUCUCUCUCUCUCUGUGUGUGUGUGUGUGUAUGUGUGACUUACUUUGUGUACACAUAGACAGGGUUGCAAUGAAAAGUACUUUAACUACUCACAUACUGAAAACAUCUCAUUUCUCUUUGCACUAAGAUGUUGAUUACCUUAGUUGGACAAAGCACAAAAGAUUUCCUGAUAAAGGAAACACAAAUGGGAUAGGGUGGUUUACAUAAAGACAUCAGGAACUAUAGGUAGAACCAACCGUAAGGUUUGUAUUCCAUUAAAUUUGAGUCAUUUAGCAAAACAAGGUGGAACAGUUGGAAUGAUGCUUUGAAAACACUGAGAUAUCAGCUUGGUGGUAUAUAUGAUGCUUUAAUAAAUAUCUUUGAUGACACAAGUCUAAAAGGUUUAUCUGGAAAUACUUCCUGAAUUGAAGCUAAGCCCUUGCCGAUGCAAUUUGUAAGUUCAAGUUUGUGGUGUCCUUUGUUACAUGGCACAACAUCCCUUUUGAAGUCAGCCUUACAAGCAAAAGAGCUGAUUUAAAUUCAGCCAUAAGACAAUUGCAAGUGACCAAGAAUUACCUUGUGGGUUGAAGGUGUGAUGAGGCUUUUCAACAAGUUUUGAUAGAGGCUACUGAGACUGCAAAGGAGCUAGAAAUAAUACCAAACUUUGAGACCGAAUAAGUUAGAAAAAAGGAGAAAGAAAUGACAGUUUGAAUUUGAGGCAAGAAGAGGCACCACAAGAUCCAAAGCAGAAAUUUAAAGUAGGUCCUUACUAGACUGUCUUAGACAUGGCCAUACAGUUUGCUGAAGAGAGAUUCUCACAGCUACAACAAUAUAAUUCCCUAUUUGGCUUCCUGAAUGAUAUAAACAGUAUCAACAAAAAGCUACUGAAGAUGUAUCUAAGGCCUGUGAGAAUUUGGAAAAAAUCAUUGAUGCACAAUGGAAACAAACAUUGGUGCUGAAGAUCUGUGCUGUGAACUUACAGCAAUAGCUUGAAGACUUUGAAAUCUAGGGCAUCACAAGGAGUUCUUCUCUUUAUACUACAACUAAAACUCCUGGAUAAUGUGUCUAACGUUUCUAUUGCUCUAAGAAUCCUUCUCACUUCUCAGUGGCAAGCAGUGAACACAGUUUCUCAAAGUUAUAAAAACUUACAUACGCCCAGCCAUGUUGCUGAAGAGCCUAGUUGGCUUAGCACCUAUAUCAAUAGAACAUUCCCAAGCAUUGACCUGAAGGAAUUGGUGCCAAAAUUUGCAAAGGAAAAGGCACUCAAAGUGAGAUUUUGGUGUGCCUGAAACUGAAACUUUUAGGAGGCUUAAAUUUUAACAUUGCAAUUCACAAGAUUAUUCCACAUUAUUUUUGUGCUAUAUAGUAUUGUCUUUUGUGUAAGAUUGCUGUAUUGCUUAUUCUUCAAAUUUAAAAUAAAUUUAGCAGCUUCAAGUUUUGUGCUUUUCUUUUCAUUACAUGACAUCUGUUUUUGCAAACUGAGUUAGCAAUUUUUUGGGGGGGUGUGCGCAAGUAGUUUGCCUUGCCAAGCUAGGAAUACCCUGCAUGGAAAGGAACAUCCAAUUAAUUAGGUAAUCUGGAUCUUCCCUGAGCAAGGAAAAGAUACUUAUUGGGCUCACCUUUGUAGUGGAAGGGACCUGACACUUGCAAGUUCAAAAUAGGCAAAUGCAUAUGAGUCAAGCCAGAUAGAACAAAGACCUCUCUGGUAUGCAAGCCUAGCUUUGAAAUGCAGAUACAAGUUUUCUGGCCACAUUCAAUUUGAAGCUUCUUUAAUAAGCUUCAGUGGCAUGACAUGUACAACUAAUACAUUUACCGGUAUAUAGCCAACACAUUGUAACUUAAUUGUGUGAGUAGGCUAUUAUUUACCUGAGUGGUUUGCUUGGUAUACGAGUAUCAUGUUAAGACAUUCUUGAUUGAUACUUCAAUUGUAUUAAUGAAUGGAUGUUCAUAAUCUAAUUCACAUUAAUUUAAUUUAUAAUAUACAGCUUGGGUUUGCUUUGCCAAAUCUCAUUGGAUUUUAUUUUUUGGUGCUAGAUAUUUUGUUUUAGCAAGCACAUUACUGAUUUUAGGGUUAUAAAAUAUUUGCACUAGUUGUACUCUUGUACUCGAAAUAAAUGAGAAUGAACGUUUAGUUCCUCUUUGUAACUGAAAAGCUCACAUACCCCUUGUGCCAUUAUGUAGCCCCAAUAAAAGUUAUUGUCUUUAUCAGUUUGUCUCUCUAAAUUCUAGUGCCUGUUUAGGAAUUCAGCACAGUUGUUAUUAUUUUUUAAAAAGAUUCUUCUGAAACAGUCCAAUUUCCAGUAUGAGUAGUGGGAGAUGACAUGGAAUAAAUGUGGAUAAUAUUUUGGAAAUGUAUGGCAUGAGAUGUGAGAGUUUUCAUAAUGUCCCAGCCCCCUUUCAGUGCGGCAUAUUCAGGAGAGAGGAGGCUUGGGAAGACAGCUGCAUAGAGGGAGACAGCAAAUAGACAAGGCUUUAAUCCAACUCCCUUACCAGAGGGGUAGAGUGCUCUCUGCUUGUCUAACAAGUGGCUGAUUAAUUAUGACAAGUACAGGAUUGUUCUUUUGGUGAAUGCACAUGCUCCCAAAAAAAUUCCAGUGGUCUUUCACCCUUGGCUCCUGUUGUUUUCAGUCAUUUUUUCAGGUUUGUGCAAGCAGAACCAUGGGAGAUGAAUGUAAUGUGACCCAUAAACUUUGUCACAUCCUCAUUAAUUUGGCGAUGUAUUCCAUUGUAGCCUACGGGAGCAGUCAGAUUUUUAACAAGGAAAUGAGGGUGCCGUCACUUAACGGCUUCAUUUUGACAGCUACGAAGGCUGACACGUAAAAGGUGCAGUGUCAGGUUGUACAUUUCCCCCACUUUAAACUGAUGUGUAUGUAUUGGGGUGGUGGUGGUGGUGGUGGGGAUUUUCACAAUCAUAUAAAUCUGGCCAUGCAAUGUUAGGACUCUGUAAGAUUAAGAGAAGGCAAUGACCCCAAGGCAAGGUAUGUUUCGUCCUAUAUUUCUCAUUGCUUAGUUCCCAGCUUUUAUAGAAUCUGUCUGCAACGUCUACAGGAAGGUAAUAAAUGUACAGAGUCAUAUAGACUCAUAUUGUAUCAUACUCCCUUUAUUAGGGCCACAAAAAAAUCACAAAGCCAUAAGCUAGUUUUCAAAUUUCAAACGAUGCCUUAUGAGGAACGGCUAAGGGAGCUGGGCAUGUUUAGCCUGGAGAAGAGGACGUUAAGGGGUGAUAUGAUAGCCAUGUUCAAAUAUAUAAAAGGACGUCACAUAGAGGAGGGAGAAAGGUUGUUUUCUGCUGCUCCAGAGAAGCGGACACGGAGCAAUGGAUCCAAACUACAAGAAAGAAGAUUCCACCUAAACAUUAGGAAGAACUUCCUGACAGUAAGAGCUGUUUGACAGUGGAAUUUGCUGCCAAGGAGUGUGGUGGAGUCUCCUUCUUUGGAGGUCUUUAAGCAGAGGCUUGACAACCAUAUGUCAGGAGUGCUCUGAUGGUGUUUCCUGCUUGGCAGGGGGUUGGACUCGAUGGCCCUUGUGGUCUCUUCCAACUCUAGGAUUCUAUGAUUCUAUGAUUCUAUAGCACUGUUCCUCAGACUCAAUGGGGGGGAGGGGCAGAAGUACGUUGCUGAAAGGGGGCAUGUUAGAAACCUCUGGCUGCCAUAUGUCAAUCUUAAGAUGGUAAUUCAAGAUGCUCUUGGCAAAUUCUCAUAGGUUAGUCAAUGCCCAGUGCAAAAAUAUCACAGCUUAUUUGAAACCUUAUUGGGUCAAAGAAGCAAUGGGCCCAAAGUAGCCUAGUUACUCUCUAGCGUUGUCAUUAGCAGUGUUUGGAAGUGCACAACUGUUUCUUCUUUCAGCUGGUUUGGGGAUGGAGUUCGUGAACGAUGUUGCUUUGUGUGCCAAGUUGAUAGGGCCUGGGACACACAGCUGUGAAUCUUUCUUUGCAAAAAGGGGGUGCAAGGGGACCAGAAUAAACAACCAGACAACAACCUGGGGUAUUGCUUUUGCAAGGGAAUAUAACAAAAAAUAACAGGACCAAAAUGGAAGGUUCCAAACUUUCUUUCCUAAAGCUGAAAUUACACAGUUUAGGAGUUUUCUCUUUCUUGUGAAGAGAAGUUCUGGAAAGGAGGAAUAUAAAUUGGAGUGAAGGAAUUACCUUGCUAGCACACUUGCCCUAACCCACACACUCGUCAAGGAGGGGAAGAAACACAGCAAGAACAGUGACGCCACCGGAGGACAGGCGGAGGGAGGGAGGGAGGCUUGAGCCAAGCGAGCCCAGCCCAGGGUAAAGCCCCCCAGCCGGGAGGGAAGGUACCCCGAGAGAGAGGGAGGCAGGUGGGCAAUGGGACACCUUACCUGUGCUCUCAUGCAGCAGCGGUGGAGAAGGAGGCUGCGGUGGCUUGGCAUGGACAAUUUGGGCGCAAGGGGCAGAUAUUGGGGGUGGGGCAAAAGGAUCUGGACUCCUUAAAGUUGGUGCCUCUGCACAGGAAGAGGACCCUGGCCAGAGAGUUCCAUAAAAAUGGAAAAAAUAUUUGAGGUGGAAGAACGAAGUCAUGUGUUGCCUUUUGAAAUCUCUGCUGUGAAAUAUUCUCCAAAUAUUGUAGUCCUUUUUGUGAAUUGGUUGUUCUCCGAAUUGACACUGAGAGCAGGUUUUAAUAGUCAGAUGUCUUAGCAAGCAAAAGUUAUUUCCCAACUAAUCCAGAAAUCCAAUUGUCUAGUGAAAACAGCAUUCUUCUCUGCCAAGACCCAGGUUUGAACUGUCUCCAUAUUGUUCUCUCCACACGCACAGGAACAACACAUAGAUCUAGUUCCUUCCAUAUGCAUGGGAACUUUUCUUAAAGUAGCAAAAACUCCAGAUUGCCUGCAUCACAGGCCCAGCUUUUUUUCUGCCUUCCUAUAAGCAAAAACCCAUUCACAGCCAGGCAGGCCCACAAAUGUAGCUCUUCUCUUCUGGUUGCUAUGCCAUCACCAAGGCCUGCUCUAUUUCUUUUCAAAGUUGAAACAUUCUGCUCUGCAAAGAUGGCAACGUUUUCAAUCAAACUAAGUUAAAAACACAACGUUCUUAAUAAAAGGUUUGGGGAAAAAUUAAGUGGUUUGAUACAUUAUAUAUAAAUAAGCAUAAAUAUAUGUGAAAACAUUAAUUUACUGGGUUGCCAAAUACAAAUUCCUCUGCUUAUUUGGGUUGCCAAUGUACUAAAACAUUCUUAAAGAUACAAAAUGUAUUUUAAUUAGGACACCAGGGCUCCAUUUGCAGCAGAUACCAGUCUCACAUUUUUCUGCAAGCUGGGUGCCAGUUUCUCUGCAAAGCACAUUUUGCAGAGUUUGGGUCUUCAGGAUCUCCUGGUGUAAAACAAUCUGUCAGAAUACUUUACUUGGAUUUCUGAAAGCCAGGUAACAUUCACCAGCAAUCUUGUCCCACAAUUUUCUUUUGGAAAGGAGUAAAUUGCCUGGUGUGGGAGGGCUAUUUUUCUCAAGAUAAGAUCGGAGCAGAGAUGUUAGGCAGCCACCCCCACCCCCACCCCCGUUACUUUUGGGUAUUGAAAAACUUUUCAGAUAUUUAUGCAGCGUGUAAAAUUAGCAUGGCUUCUUUUUAUUCUUGUUUACUAGAUGUAAGUCCAGUAAAGGUUCUAAACCCGAUCUUCAUCUGCUUAGGGCGCAAUGGACAAUUUUCCAGUUCAACAUUUCCCCUAAAACUUACAUCCCUGCCAAAGAUACCUCACUUCGUUGCAGACUUUGCUUCCACCAGCCACACAUUUCUCUUUCCAUUCUUCCUUUUUUGUUCAACACUGAGGUUAAAAUUUAAAAGCUAGCUCACUCUUGGUUAGUCCUAAGGAAGGCAUCAUGAUGGUGUUCCUGUCUGGGUCUUCCCCAUGGACCAACAGGGGCGCCUGAAGUUUUUAUCUUCGGUAAUGGAACACAUCAGAAGAUCUGUCCUGGGUGGGGCUCAAAACUCGCCUUGCUGUUGCUCACACAGCAUUUGAAAGUAGUUUCCUUGUUCAGCCAGUAGGAGGCAGGCUGUCACAAGAAUCCAUAACGUUUGACUCACCCCUGGGAAAACAUUCACUGUUCAAGAAUUUUUCAUCUCUUUGGAACUUAAGAUGCAUUUUAAAAAUCUAUCCUCCGCCUCGCUAUUCUUUUACCACAUGUGAGGUGCCCAAAAGAUACCACAGUUUCAGAAGGACAAUUUUACACUUUUUAUAUGUUUUUAAUGUUUUCCAUUGUUUUCAAAUAUUUAAAAUAUGGUUUUAUUAUGUAUUGUAUUAUUAUAUUUGAGUUUGCCACCCUGGGCUCCUUUGAGAGAAAGGGUGGGUUACAAAUUUGAUAAAUAAAUCUUUUCAAAUCAGGAGCUCUAUUUUAAUGCUUGGAAAACUUGUCUCUCCCCUCAAAUUUGGGGUCCUCUAAUCCUGUUGUUGAGGAGGGGAGAAAUGAAAUUAAAGUUUGCCUGUUGUGAAGUUUUUCUGUUUCUCUUUGCAGUGAAUAGACUGCCAUGCAAUUGUGGAGUGAAAGAGACAAUGAUCUAUAUACAAACAGAGCAGAGGAGUCUGCCCACAUAUUAAGGGAGCCUGGUGCUCAUUUCUCCAGGGAAGUGUGGACCUGAGAGCUGGUUAUUGAGGCUGCACUCCUCUGCAAACGUUCCUGGGAGUAUUGCCCAUGGAUAUUAACUUUAUUUUCAUAUGGCUAUGACUUGAGAGGAAUGACUCUGAAUCUGGACAUUGUGAGACUUAGUUCCCAUCUUUAAAAUGCCAGUGACUUCAGGCUUUGAAUGUCAUGUUUAAAUCAAUUAAACAAUUAGUGAGUAAUUGAUUAAAAAACCCUUAAAAGCUACCCCUGACUACUCAGGUGGCGUGCACGCACACACACAAAAGUUUGAUUACUUUUAAUUCAAGUACAUAUAAAAACUGCAGGUGGAAAGUAUCACUGUAGCAGAGGCAUUGCCUCCCUUGUGCAAAAGAAAAAGGGAAUUUAGGGUGAUACUUGCUGCAAUAUAGGCAUGCAUAAUUUGGUGAUGAUUCUGUAUAAUAAUAUGAAAAUGAAAAUUUACUCAAUCGAUUAAUUGAGCAACUGAGAUUUCUGUAAUUAGGUAGCAUUCCUGCUUUAUAAGAUUCACCCCAAAGGGUAUCUCUUGAGAGAGAAACAAUGCCCUCUAGUUAAAAAAGGUUCCAAAGAGAACUAUCAGUCCAACCAAACAGAACCAGUGUCCCUACUGUGAGAAACGGAUCCCUUUCGCAGAAAGUUCUGCUUAUUAUUCUUCAGGUGCUAAAAUUUUAUUUAUUUAUUUAUUUAUUUAUUUAUUUAAUCUGAGUUGCCUUUCUGUCAUACAGCAUGGUGACAUACAAUUAAAACACAGAAAUAUAUAGUUUAGAAUCUGCAAUAUUUUGUUGUCAUCCAUCUGCAUUGAGAGAAUGGAUGCACCUCAGGGAGUGAAGUCAAACCACUGUGUCAGCAGCACUGAAGCGACACCCCCCCCCCCGAGAGCACAAGCCUGGGCUGUGUGGAUGGAGGUCCUGGGCUGCCCAGACGACAAGAACCCCCCCCCCCCCGGCCUUGCUGUUCUUGUCUGAAGGAAAGCAGAGCAAGACAUUUGGCAGCAGCUUGGCUGGAAGGAGACAUACAAGGCACCAUCCAACUGCCUUAGGGACUCCACUCUGGAUUUUGUAGGGUUUAAUGCUUAGCCUUCUCUUCUCCCCAAGAUCUCCCACAAGGCAGCAGAGGUUUAGAAUUUUCCUUCUCCUAAAUGGACUACCUUCCCAGGUUGACAAGCCCCAUCUGCCCUUCACUCCCCUCUACAGCAGAAACCGCCUUCUUGACUCUUGGGCCCACUAUUGGUCUCGUCUGCUCAAUCUGCUGGAGCCUGUCUUCACAUGCAGGGGACGUUCACAGAAGGAACCCUCACCUGGUUUAGCCAGCCAGUCGAGGUCGUUCCCAGGGUGUGGCAGCUGCCACAUGCUGACAGCUUCUAGGAGCUACAGGUGAGAGCAGAGUGCAGGGUGGACCAAAGGUGGACAAACUACCCCGGAAGGAGCACGACAUGUCCCCCACCAGGGGUACUACCCCUCCCCUAACACCCCAUAUAUCCCAAUCUUCAAUGAAUUCUAUACAGUGAAACUCACAGAGACAGUAAAAUAAAAUAAAACCGCUGCAAUUAAUUAAUUAAGAAAUGUUAUAAUGCUAAAACAUGAGCUGUGAAAGAAGCUUUUGUAAUUUUAAAAAAGUUGUAUUCUGACACUUAAAAUGCCUGAAACUGUCAAGAGGCCACACAAAGUCCCCUGAAUAGAUAAUAUAUUAAUGGGUAGAGGCCCCAGCUGAAAAGGCUCUGCCUGUGUAUCAGCAGAUCCUUCAGCAAAAGAAUGGCUGUGUAAGGGGUUUUCCUUCAGGUUGCAGGCAUUAGGGAGGUAUGCGUGAAGAAGGCACUUUCUAAGGCAUGGGUGGGAAACUCCAACUCCCAUCAGCCCCAGCCUGUUCAGGGUUAUAAAGGUUAUAAUCAGCACCUCAAAUUGGGCAAAUUUCAAAUAAUAUUUCUGAAGAAAGUCUUUGGUUCAUCCAUACCUGUCACUUCAGCUGAGCUUAUUGUAUAUAUUGCUUGUAGAUACAUCACUUUUGAUUCCUCUAGGGCAAAAAUUGAUUCAUCUCCCAAAUGUCAUAUUGAUGAGGAGGAUGAACUGCUUGUUUCUUGUAUGUCUGAGAACAGCAGGAGGCAAGACAGGUCUCCUCUGCGCUUCCUUCGGUUUCUUUUGUUUGAACAGGGAUGCCCCUAGGGACCAGGUUCCAACUGCGCUAAUGAAAUUGGUAAUUAAAGAUAUUUCAGAACAAUUAGCUAAACUGCUUUCUAGUCGUACUGCUCUGUCUGUUCAAGGUUCAAUAUUUGACCAAUUAGAGCAUCUCCAUUCUUUUUUAAAAAUUAACUAUUUCCUUCCAUGUGCUUACUACUUUAUUUUGAAAGAUGCUGAUACCAUUUUUAGUUUUUUAAAAAAUGAAAUCUUCCCAUAACAAACAGUCAUAAAAAAAAAAUCAGAGGCGUCUUCAGUCUUACAAGUUUACUAUCAACAAAUUGUUGUAUUACACAAUUAAGACUAAUAAAUUAAGAACUGUCACACAUUACAGAGCUGCAUCAUGCCAAAAUGAAUACUGAGCUACUGGGGAGUCAAAGCUCUCCAUCUUCUACAAUGGUAUAUCCAAGGAAUAGGAACCAUAUUUCUGUAAACCUGUCCUUCUUUGGUUUCACCUCUUGCUCUCUUACCCUAUUAUGUUAAUCUUGCAGUAGUGAUUAUACUCAUACAUUAUCCAUAAAUUGAUUUCACAUACCUUUCCAGCUUCUGAUCACACAAAGAUACUAAUUUCAUGAGUUGCUGUUUAGAGGUCCUCUAAUAUUGAUCCAGUCAUUAAUGCUGAUAUUUGGGUAUCACUAACCUUUCUUUCUUUCUUUCAAGCUUCAGCUUAAUGGUUUGGUGAUGUUUUCAAGUCACACAGUCACUUUCGGAAUCAUAUCAGUUCCUCAGCAAGUAGGCAUUGGUGUUUUAUGAAAUCCUUUUGCUAAUCUAAAGCAUUAUUGUAUGUGGACUGGAAGAAUUUGGAGCCAGCUUCUAUGAUGAGAACUUCACAUUUCCUUGCUUGAAUACUCAGGAAUGUGCAGCUAUAACUCUUUUAUUAUGAUAUAAAGUGUUUCCAAUGUCUUUUUUUUAUCCCCCCCCCCAGCGUUGGAUAUGCCUUAAAGCAGAGCUUUCCAAACUAUGUGUCGCGACACGUUAGUAUGUUGGCUGCAGCACUUAGGUGUAUCACAUGACUGCUCCCUGCACUCCAGUUUGCUAGUAAAACUGAAUUACUGUGUCACAAAAUGAUGAAUGUCUAAAAAGUAUGUCACCAACAUGAAAUAUUUGGAAUGCUCUGCCUUAAAGCUUGUUCAGAGGAAGUCUUCCUCUGAACACUGUGUAUAAGAACUCAUAUGACAUUCCUUUCCUUAGACAUCCCUUAAAUUCCAAGCCUGGGUACUUUCCAAAGGUGAUACCAUGUUUUUUCUUUGUCAUUAAGUUGCUUUUGUGAGCUGCACAAACAACCCAAACUAGCAUGGGAUUUCAGUUUGUUGGUCACAUUGAGAAUUGCAUGCUACCAUGAGGAAAGCUUUUCUUUACAGUCAGGUUAUUUUAGUAACCUAGUAAAUGUGCAAUGACAGAAAGUACUUGAACCUAAAGACACUUUAGAGUAUUUCUGUAAUUCAGAGUUCUUUUGCCACCAGGCUUCAUAUUUUGAGCAUAAGGCACAAAACUGAGCAAGGUGGGCAGUAUCCAUUAAGGGAUACCUGCAGUCUCCUGAAUGCCACAUUUCAAGAUCAUCAAAAAUACUGUGUAACUAUAACAUAAAUAUCAAGAAAAACAAAAAGGAAAGUACUCCAACCUGCAGAUAUUUAAACUAUAGUCUCAUGCAUUAUAUAACCAAAUGAUCAUUGACUGUGUCAGAGGGGGCCUCCCCCAGACACUGUCUCAUCAGGAGCUCUGUUCCGUAGGAUGGACUUUUAGUGUGGUGGCACCCAGCCUUUGGAAAUCCCUCCCGGACAUACCAGACAAGCAGUGUCUCUGUUGUCUUUUUCAACAAGCUGUCCUAAGUGGAGUUUUUUAUCCCAGGCUGUAUCUGUAUUGGAUUAGAAAUUGUUUUUAUAUACAAAAUUGUUUUAUACAUGUUUUCGCUGUUGAUGCUUUUAUUGCUAAGGAGCUUUGAGAUGUUAAUAAAUGGCUAUAAAGAAAUAAUAUAUAAUAUGUAGGCCGCAGUUGUGAGCAGAAAGGUGGUAUAUAAAUAUAGCCAAUAAAUAAUUAAAUUAAGACUGGGCCAUUUUCAGAAUCAGAAAAUCAGCUUUCAGUGUAGAAAAGGAAAGUCUCAUAAGAGAAGAUAAGCAUAUUUUUGAUGAGACUACUCAUUGCCUGUUCAUAGCAUAAUUUUAGACCUAUUAUGCUUCUAUGGAGCGUUGGGGAAGGGAUAGGACCUCUGCUGGGGGAAACACAUUGUGCUGCUUCUGGGUUAGUUUGACAUCUUUGCCCCCCGCCCCUGCACUCAGCUCUCACCUGUGGCUCCUAGAAGCUGUCAGCAUGUGACAGUGGUCACACUCUAGGAAAUGGCUUCAAGUGUCCAACUAAAGCAGGUGAGGAUGGCCAGUGGGUCUCAAACUAGGGCUGCCAUGUUUCAAAAAGUGAAAAUUUGGACACAAAGGUUGUUGAGUUUUGGAGCUGCUAUGGGUUGCCAUAUGGGUUUCCCCAGACCUUUUAGCCAAUUUUCAAAAAUUCUGCCCGGAUGCUAUUUCCAGCUGAUGAGUACCGGAUGUAUGGCAGCCUUCUCUCAAACCCUUGGUGAGUUAGGGACUUCCCCAGCAUGUGAAGACAGGCUCUGGCAGAUAGAGUGGACGAGAACAAUAGUAAGUCCAACAGUCAAGAAGGCAGGGCCAGAUAGGGCUUGUCAACCUGGUAAGGUAACUCCUCUGAUUCUAAACCUCUGCUGCCUUGCGGGAUAUUUUUGGGAGAAGAAAAGGGAAAGGAAUAAACGCUACACAAAUCCAGAGUGGAAUCCCUAGGACAGUUGAAUGGCAACCUGUACUCCUCCUUCCAUCAACUCCUGCAGCCAAGCUGGUGCCAGAUGUAUUGCUCUGCUUUCCUUUGAAUCACAAGAGGAGGGUCUUAUUGUCGGGGCAGCCCAGGACCUCCAUAUGCACUGCACAGGCUUGCACCCCAGAGAGGUCAUUUCAGUGCCGCUAAAUGUUUGAUUUCACCCCUGGAGGUACAUUCCAUUGUCUCUUGAGACAAUGCCAACAACAAUGAUUCAUUUUUCUAAGAGUAAAUAGUCCUGGUUGACCCAUUACUGCAGUAUUUGUUCUGGCUGCUUUUGUCAGACUUGGAACUGGACUCAUUACUGUAUUACAUCUGGAUGUUAGGAAAGCUUUAUUGAUAAAAUCACUCUAGUAUGGAAGGAAAGAAAAGUGCCGACCAGAGAAGAAUGGCAGACUAAACUGGUGGAGUACGCAGAGAUGGCGGAAUUGACGGGGAAGAUCAGAAACCAGGAAGAUCAAGUAUUUUUUAAAGAUUGGAGUAAAUUUUUAAUUUAUUUAAAAGACCACUGUAAUCACUUAAAAUCAUUGGCAGGGAUGUAAUGACACUUGUAGUGUGGAAUUAAGUGUGGCAACUAUAGAUAUUUAAAAGAUGGAUGAAGGGAAAAGAUGCAGAAAAAUUUAUCUUAAAUAUGGAACCCGUGGAGGGAGGGAAGGAGGUCCAAAGGUUUAACAGAACCUUUUAUUUUAAUGUUUGAAAUGGUUAAAGUUAAAAUGUAUAACAUUUUCUAAAACCAAUAAAAAAUGUUAUACAUAUAUAAAGAUAAAAUCACUCCAGCAUCCCAAUAUGGGCCUACAGGCUACAAACAGGUGAGGAAUGGCAGAGUAUAGCAAGACAUGGCUAGGUAUAGCUAAGAUGUUGACCCAACAUUCAACAUGCCCCCUGUAACCUUCUUUUGAAGAGUGAUGUGGCCACCUCUGUUUGUGCAAUUUACACCCUGAGCUUCAGGACUGGGCAAGCAAGGGACUCCCCAUCCCCAGAGGCUGCCUCUGUGAGGUGGGCCACCACAUCCUUGGUGAUGGGGCAGAGCCAGAGCUGGUUCAACAUUACACUUUCCCCCCUGCACCAUCCCAGGACGGGGGGGGGGGGCUCUUGCUAGAGGCAGCUCCACAGUGAGUGACUCAGGAUUGGGCCAUCCAGGGACAUGGGGGGCUGAGGGAUCACAGCCUGCUAGGUCCUUCCCUGGGAUCCAGAUCUCCUCCUCCCAGCCUGCUGGACCCCUCCUCUGGGUCAGAUUCUCAUGCCACAACCUGCUAUGAUCCUCCCAGGGUCAUCCCCUCCCCCCUCCCCAAUUUCUUCCCAUUUAUCCUUGGCACCUGACCACCCCCUACAGCAUCUCAACAGAACACAUGAUAUCAUUUCAUAGAGCUGGUAACGUGAUAUGUGGGGGUAUCUUUCCUAUGUGGUCUCUCACAGAACCUUUGAGUAAUAUGCCCCCACCUCUCGGUUGGACAGGUGACGCACAUUGCCUACAGCUUGCAGGUCUUACCUGCACAGACACUAUAAAGGGUGUAGUCAGACAGGAGGUUUUUGUGUGUGAAUUCUCCUGGUUUUCUUGUUAGUGGUUUCAAUAAUGCUUUCACACCAUGCAUUGUUUUCCAUUGCAACGUCCAGCAAAAAUUGCCUUUCAGUCCCAGCAACAGGAGUGGCUGCACAAUUAUGUAACUGCAUCCUGUUUUCAUCCCUCCCUCAGCUGCAUGGCUGCUCCCUGCUCCCCUACUGCCCAUCCGGCACAUGGGCACAGGUUUCCGCAGUUGAGUAAACGGCACUUGUAGUGCCAUCCUAACUAAAGGCUUGUCCACACUUCCACUUGUCCCAUGUCUAGAAUGCAUAAGUUAAAGUUGGAAGUUGGAGUUGGAAGGGACCCUGAGGAUCAUCUAGUCGAACCCCCUGCAAUGCAGGAAUAUGCUGCUGCCCUGUACAGGGAUCGAACCUGCAACCUUGGCAUUAUCAGCACCAUGCUCUAACCAGCUGAGCUACCCAGUGCCUUUGAUGUGGGCUUGUGGUGGUCUCUAAAUAACUGAGGUGUGAAGCGUGGCUAUGCACUAGCAUGGGAUUGCCUUGCUCAGCUGCUGCAGGGGCGGCAGGAUCUUCUGAGCUGCAGAAGUUUUCAAAAUGCAAGCUGCUUUGUGCAGCCACAAUCUGGCUGUACAAUCUGUGUGACUGUACAGAUGAUCACUCAAGGAACUGCGGUUACAGGGAAGCAACCCGUUUUUCUGAUUAAAAAAAUUGCAAAAAUCAUGCUGAAAUGCAGAGCAAGCACGUAUCCUAUGUUCACAUUUGAAAGUGAACAUUCAGGUUUUGACUUGAAAUAUCAACCUUCUUCUUUUCAACCAUUGUUUCUAAAUGACAAAGGAACAGCCAAGUGUGGCAAAAGAAAAAAUAAAAAGCUAUGGUUUAAGCGGCUGGUUGACCUGGGAAGCAUAAUUGGACCAGAUAGGUAGUCCUUAAGGCAGGUUUAACUGGACAGGAAAAUGAAGAUCUCCAUCCAUAACCCAGUGUGGGAAAGAACGGAGACAAGAUGACUAAUGGUUCAUAAAAGCAGCAAACUUAUUGACUAAUAGAAUUCUUAGUCAUGAAGUCCCCAUGUUCCAUAUGUACCAAAAUCAAAGCAAUUACUGAUUUAAGUGAAGCUGAAAUCUAUAGAGCAGAAAAUGCUUGUUUUAGCAUAAGAUUGGACGAAGGUGAAUGACCUGUAAAACCUCUGGUAAUGAAAGCUCUUCACAGCUUGCAGUGUUUCACCGAAUGGUAAUUGCUUCAGUCUGUGAUAUAGAUCUAGCUGUGUUAAUGAUGCACUGUUCCUUUUCACAGGACUUAUUUAAGCUUCACAUUUUUCACAGAUUUGAGAGAAACAAGGCAUUGUAGAAAUUAACACAUUAACAUUGACAUUUUAUCACUUUGCAAAUUUAAAAUAUUAUUGAAAAUUUGGAACUUGAAAAAAAAAACCUCCACUUAGGACCCAUUUCAUUUUGGGAUGCCAUUCACCUAUGUAAGUUCACAGCUAGGUGAUAUCUUUAGGUUAGGCUUAGUGGAGCCAGAAAGUAGGAAUCUCUCUGGUAAUUCAUUUUUCUUAUGCUCACAGAAAAGAAACACAUUAUAUCAAGGAUCGCAUUGCAGGGUCAGCCCCAAAACUUUGCUGCCUGAGGCACAUAAGAUGGCAACCCCCAUUCCACAUAUAGACACCACCAGACUGGCAGGUCUGGAGACAGAACAGUGUUCUGUAAUGCACCCAAGCUUAGGGGCAGACACUGCUCCCUCCACCAACACCUUGCCCCCCCCGCCCAGCAUCUGCCACCUGAGGCACUACCUCACUCAAGCUCAGGGGUCAGCAACCUUUUGCAGCUGUGGGCCAGUCCACUGUCCCUCAGACCUUGUGGGGGGCCGGACUAUAUGGGGGGGAAUGAACAAAUUCCUAUGCCCCACAAAUAACCCAGAGAUCAAUUUUAAAUGAAAGCACACAUUCUACUCAUGUAAAAACACACUGAUUCCCGGACCAUCCAUGGGCCGGAUUGAGAAGGCGAUUGGCCACAUCCGGCCCCUGGGCCUUAGGUUGCCUACCCCUGAUCUAGCUAGUGGUAGAGCCAGCCCUGUUGAGUUGCAAAUGAAAUACUAACAUCUGUCUGCUUCACUGAAUUAAUCACAGGAAAGAGGCUCCUUGUGCGCAUUCCCCUCUCCCCACCUUUUCCAAUAUGGAUUUGAUGGGAUCUUAAAUUGUGCGGCUUUCAUUCAGAUUCCAGGAAAGAUCCAUUCUGCUAAUCACCUUGAACUCAAGGGUUGUGGAAGAGGUUUGAGUCAACCUCUUCACAGAUAAACAAACAGUCGUAGGCAAAGGGCUAACAAAGGAGCUGCCUUGAAGGGGCAUUAAAUUUCAGGGGUGGGGUUGGCAGAGAAGUCUGUUCUGGCAGCUUCUGAAAUGCUUUUGGAGAAGUCUAAUAACUAGUCCUCCAGCGACAGUGCUCAAUUUCCCCCCAACACGUGUAAUUUUCUCUGAAUGACAUGGCAGCGCGCUGUCCCAAGGGGAACCAGAGUUAAUUUCUUUCUUUGACCCACCCGGCCGAUCUGGCCUGACCUCUGGCCCAGCUGGACAGGAAGGUCAGGAAGAAAGACUAGAAAAGACUGGGAGUAAAUGAUAAAGGGCUUUUGCCACUUAGAGUUUGAACAAGACGGAAAUGGCAUUUCCAGUUAACUUAAUCAUAGGAGGAUAUCUGACCGAAUAGAAGCAACAGGAUUCAAUUACUGUAUCUGGUAACACGGCCCCCAGGGAUAAGUGUUUUAGUCUUCUCAUGCAGUUCAACUUUAUACUCAAAAUGCUGCAGUCCUAUUAAUAAUCAGGUAUGAUGCUCCAGGUGAACGAUUGGGCAAGAAGUGGACCCGCUUACCUUGGAAUGGGUUCACAGAAGGAACUUUUGAUCUCUUUCUCUUUUGGCUCUGGAAACAAGGAAAGAAGGCUUGAUGUUAAUAAAUGUAUUAAAUCUGCCUGUCUACAAGAAAAUAUAAAAAAUCAGAUCAAGGCAAGACGUUUUAAUUAGGAUGGACACAAAUAGUCAUGCUCCUGUUGUAGAAAUCACAUAUUUCUUGUUGUGAAUUAAAGUGAUCUGAAGAAGGAACUGGUUUGAGAAUACAGUAUCAGAUUUGUGGAAAGCAACUGAUCGUUCCAACUUUGCACAGUUAUGAAAAUUGGAUUAAAGAGAAUUGGACUAUUUGCUAAAUAUGUAUAUAAUGAAGAAGCAUGAGCUGGCCCUAAUUUGGGAAAUAUUGCCUGUAAUUUAACGAAGACAUAAGGUGCUCUUGCCAAUGGAGUCACUCCGGAGGGGGAAGCUGGAGGGCAAGGGAAAAGGAACACCUUUCUGUCCUGUUCUUAUUACUUUAUGAGACUUUUCUAAACUAGUUUGCAUUUAUCACAAGAUUACUCUUCCAUGUACCUCAUACCUAAAAUAUUUUUACAUCGCAAUGUCAUUCUCUUCAAAUGUAAAUCCCACUUAAUUCAAUGGGACUUACCACGUAAACUUAAUACAUAACAUAGAAUCAAUUUAAACAUAGUUAUCUUUAACAUAUACAGUGGUACCUCAGGUUACAAACGCUUUGGGUUACAAACGCUUUGGGUUACAAACUCUGCUAACCUGAAAGUAGUACCUCGGGUUGAGAACUUUGCCCCGAGAUGAGAACGGAAAUUGCGUAGCGGCGGUGCGGCGGCAGCAGCAGGAGGCCCCAUUAGCGAAAGCGUGCCUCAGGUUAAGAACAGUUUCGGGUUAAGAACGGACCUCCAGAACAAAUUAAGUUCGUAACCUGAGGUACCACUCUUUCUGUGUACUCUUGAACUUGAGUUUUAGUCAAGAGCUGACGGUAGUUUUUAAGCGAGUUGAAAGUGGUUUGAGAGCAGUUCUCCCCCAUGAUGUUGUAUUAGCGCAUAUCACUUCAGGGGGUGAAACUUUAUCUUUGCAUUUUUCUUCAGUGAGGGGUCUUAAGAUAUGUUUUUAGGUGUGAGGAAUUCAAAUUUGCUAUUAAUUUUUGUAAUUGGAAAACAUUUAGCUUGGUAAAUCUACAGUUGAUUAAAAAGCACAUAAAUUGCUCUUGAAAAACCAAGUUCCAUAUUUUUUGCUCUAUAAUAAUAAUAAUAAUAAUAUAUUACUUAUACCCCGCCCAUCUGGCUGGGCUUCCCCAGCCACUCUGGGCGGCUUCCAAAAGAAUAUUAAAAUACUGUGAUACAUCAAACAUUAAAAGCUUCCCUAAACAGGGCUGCCUUCAGAUGCCUAUAAGACUCACUUUUUCCCUCCUAAAAAGUAAGGGGAAAUGUGUGUGCAUCUUAUGGAGCGAAUGCAGGCUGUGCAGCUAUCACAGAAGCCAGAACAGCAAGAGGGAUUGCUGCUUUCACUGUGCAGCGAUCCCUCUUGCUGUUCUGGCUUCUGAGAUUCAGAAUAUUUUUUUUCUUGUUUUCCUCCUCCCAAAACUAGGUGCGUCUUGUGGUCUGGUGCGUCUUAUAGAGCAAAAAAUACGGUGAUUUUAAUUUUACUUUCUGAAAAUGUCAGGUAAUGCUAUCAAAAUUGUUAGUUUCCCUGCAUAAAACACGUCCCACUCAGCAUACAAUGUUACCUUGUAAUCAUAAAACAACAUCAGAAAGUAAGACAUCAAUUAAUAAGGAAUUUAAGCAAUAAGUUUCAUCAAGUGUGGCUUUGAUUCAUUUUUGGACCUCAGCUGAUGACUUGCUUCUUGGCCUCUGUAGCCCUCGCAUUUCUCAUGGGAAUAAACCCUGCCUGCUGCCUCUGUGACAUGUUUCACACAACAUUCUAUAGACUGAACAUGUUGACUAUGGAAUUUGCAAAGGCUUGGGAAUGAACUUCUUCAUCUUUACUUCUGCUGUAUUAAGUUUACAUGUCAAAGGAGGUUCAUAUACCCCAUCAGACCAGUCCAUCAGCUCCAACAGGGAUGAAGCCUUGGGGUUGAUGGAAAGUAUGUCUUCCUCAGUAAUACAGAAAGCUCUCUCAGUGUGCCAUCAUCUCCACUCCUCAUCAACAAUCUUUUGGACACCAGCUCUCCUUUCCUCACUGUCAUCUGAGCACAAGAGUGUCUGGAUUAUCAUUUCAUGGAAUGUAUGCCAUGCUGAAUGCUGGUUGGCUGGCAAAACAGCAUCCACUGCAGCCUUCUUUUGCAGCCUAAGUUGCCACAGCUGAAACAAGAUGUGGCGUGGGCUUUCCACCCAAUAGUAUUUGAUGUUGAACCAGCAGGGGUAGUACAUGCAAACAAUGUAUUCUACUACCAGUCGUAAGUUGUUGAGGGUUUUGCCUUUAAGGCCAUGUUUUGAAACCCAUAUGUGACAAAGCCUCUUUGAUGCUAUUAGCCACCUAGAAUGACUCACUGGACCAAGAGGGGCCAAAUUCAUGGGAAGUUUUCUUGUCCUUAUGUCCUGUAUGAUCUGAUAUCCUUACUCUUGAUUAGUAGGCAGAUCCUUCAUGAUGUUGUCCUGUAGUGAAGUAAGAGGCUUUCCAGUUGAGAGUUUGGUGAAUGAAGGAUCAAUUUCAAGUUCUAUAGCAAUUUCAAGUUUCUCACAUCUUGCCAAUGUUACCUGCCCACUUGAUCUGUGAUCACCUGCUAUGAUCAAGUGGUGCUGUCACUGGUUUGAGGGCACAAACCAACCAGGUGCAUGGUACCAUCCUCCCAGCCCAUGUUAAUACUUGAAAAAUCACCUCUAAUGGCCUGCAGGCUCCUGUCAAUGCCCUUCUUCCUCAUGAGAUCUAUAAGAUUAUUCGCAAUAACUUCAGCUGGUUUUUCUCUCUUUGAGACUUUCUCCAGAGUGAAGUGGUAGAUAUAUCUUCCACCAGGCUCACUGCACACACACUUGCAAUUGAGGAUAUGAGAAGGCUUGUCAAGUUCUGAAGUUUUGAUUUCUGUGCUAUUUUACACACAUUUUUUCACAAAAAUGUUAAUAAGUUAAAAAUUAUGGGAAAUUCCACAAAAACGUAAAAAAGGAAAUAAUUUUAUAUAAUUAUUUACCAAGUUGAACUAAAUUAUAUUAAUUUAACCAAAAUAUCUUUUGACUUCCCAAGUCAUGUUACAACUUUUUAGCACCCUUCACUUCUGGAAUUUGAAAGUUGACAGCCUAAUGUUGUUUCUUCCGAUCAAACAGAUUUUCAGGAUUUUGAAACAAUAAGGAAGUCUAUAGGGUUUAUUAUUAUUAUUAUUAUACAGUAGGUGAAUGUGAAGGAAACUAAUUUAGCCUUUUAGGUUUGGGUACAUUCCUGUGGGGCAUCACAGCAAGUGUUCUUUUAAAUACUUCACAAGCUAAUGAGGUACGAAUGCACAGUGUUUCUGUAGAUGUGUGCAGCAAAUCCACUGUCCUGUUUUCAGGAAUGAACCGCUGUCCUGAUUGCUCCUCUUUCUCAUUUGUCUCUGGCUAACAAACAUUAAAGAUUGAUCUGUUGCGUGUGCCUCAAAGUGGUAUUCCACUGCAUGCUUGGAAACAGCCAGGCAAGGGCUGUCAGUGUUGUCAGUCUGGGAAAACAAACCCCAGCAGCAAGGAGGGCACAAGCUGGUCCUGUUCAGCUCUGGAGUGGGACAUGUGGAUUCCUCAGGGAGGUGAAGCUCUGCUGAUAAAGGAAGAUGGCCCUUUGCCCCUCUUUCCACAAACAAAAUAGGAAAUAAACUGUUCUAAUUUAAAGAAACUCUUAUUGCCACUCUGCCAAGUGUUGCCUCUCCCAGUUCCACCGACAGCACCUGACUGAGCCACAUUUCAGCAGCUAAUGAGUGUGAGUUUAAAAAAACCUUAAAGCCUUUUCCUGCAAGCUGGUGACUGACACAAAUGGAGUUCAUAUUUAAUCAUCUGUUAACUCGUUGUCUAUUAUAGCUCUUUAAUAGCACCAUAGAUAUUCUUAAUGAAGCAUGAUUUAAGGUAUUUACAGCUCUAGGACCGACAGACAUCACUCACAGUGUGCAGGUAAUGAGGCAUAAAACAGCUCUUGGAAACUGUAAGAAAAGGAGGGGGGAGAGAAAGAGAGAUCUGGCAAGAAGGUAGAAGCUGAAUUGUUCCAAGGUUUGUUUUAAAAUGUUUAGGCAUUUAAAGUCAUUUCAGCUUUUUAGAGGUGUCUGGUAGCACAGGGUUCAGCAAUUACAGCUGCUGUGCAGCUCUCAUCAUAGUGAAGGAGUUCAUGGUGUUAAUACCCAUCUUUAAGAUUAUUAUUUUUUCAAAAAGCAAAGUAAUGGUUCCUCAUUGCUAUAGCUGCUUAAAACGUGCCAUUCGGAGAGUGUGUGUGAGAGAGAGAAAGAGAGAGAGAGAGACUCCCAUUUUUUCACAGUUGUUUGAAUGCCAAAGUCUUCCUGUGAACUUUGUUGGGUUGUAUAUAGUGAUCUCAGAAUCAAGGACUGGACAUGUUAUUAAUUUUGGGAAAUAAGGGAAAAGGAGACCUCAAAAGUAUACGGAAGUUGGUUCUUAAGGUCCAACGUGCUUUAAAUCAUAAAGCAAACGAAGCUAUCAAAUAGUCUGCAGUCUUGAUUGGAUUGAUUCAGUUGCCCUUGAAAAGGAGUGUUACAACUAAUACAAAUUAGUUCUUCAUAAAUUAUUUUUCUGUGAACCUCUGAGUCCUCUUUUCUUCCUUUCUGUGCUGGUGCCUUCCUUCAAUUAAUUUAGGGACCCGAAAUUAUAAGUUUCCCUUAAAUUGUAAGGAACAAGGGUGUGGAAUGUCUUAGUGGGCUUUCAUCCAGGAUCAUAUCAGGAAGAAAUAGGUGAGAUAUUAAUUAUAUUUGCAGGAUAGGAUAGGCUGGCAUAGGCAGCGAGCUUCUUCAGUCUCAUUGCCGCCCUUGUAGAACUCAGCAGCGAGCGGGACAGAGACAAAACUAGAACUAGUUGGCUUUGCUUGUCAUCUCUGUUGGGCUCUUUGCCUCCCACCCAACAAGGCUUGGUGGACACCGGCCUCCCUCCCCAGAAGAUGCUCUCUAUAGCCAAGACUUUGCACCCUCAGUCUGUCAUGUAAAACUUAUAGAUCAGUUAUAGGCAUUGUUAGCAUGAUAUGUAAAAGAUAGAAUCUUGUGAAAUUAAUUUCAUCUUUGGUCUAGAAAUUUAGGUUUGCCCUGAGAUAAGCUGGUGCAUCAGGUUUCAGAAUUGUAAGGUAAUUAGGUAAGGCCAGCCUAUUUGGGCAACAGUAUAUGGACAUUAUUCUCACAGUAAAUUCACCAGGAGGACCCACAAAAUCUGUGAGAGGUGCUUUUUUGUCUCUAUUAAUAUGCCCAAGCAUAGGGUUCUGUUUUUUUACUUAGUUUUUAGACAGUGUUAUUGAAUGUUAUUUUUGUACUUUUAUUUUUUAACGAAAAAUGCUUGAGUUUUAUAUUAUAUUUUGUGAUAUAAAAUUAUUGUAAAUAAAUAAUAUGAGAGAAGGUGCUCAGGAAAGGGAAGGAUCCAGCCUGUUCAGGCCUUUAGUGGUAAAAACUUGCACCUUGCCUUUGUCCGGGAAGAACUGUAGCCCAGUGGUGGAUCAGCUGCUUUGCAUGCAGAAGGCUCCAGGUUCAAUUUCUGGCAGGGAUCCCUACCAGAAACCAUGGAGAUUAGAAAGUACUGAGCGAGGUGAACCAAGGACCUGACUCUGUAUAAGACAGCUUCCUGUUUUCCUGUGUUGCAAACAGAUACUAUAAGAUUGAAGUUAUGUGAUCUCUGUUACAUACCCCAGGAAAUAAAUGAACAAGUCAGCUCUACACUAGUUGAAGCAUCAAGGGUGUCCCAUGUAAAGCAUAUUGCAGUAAUCCAAGCAUGAGGUAUCAAGGGGAAAAAAACAAAUGCAAAAUAAUGGAGGAGAGGAGAGGUCACAAGUGGCUUACCAGGUGAACCAACACAGUCAUACUUCUGGUUAAAGUUGCUUCAGGUUGAGCGUUUUUGGGUUGCACUCUAGGUUUCGCUGCUCCCGCAUGCACAGACGCUCAAAAUGACGUCACGUGCAUGUGCAGAAGCGGUGAAUCGUGACCUGCGCGGACGCGCAAACACAGGUUGCGUUUGCUUCAGGAUGCGAAUGGGGCUCCGGAACAGAUCCUGUUCGCAUCCAGAGGUACCACUGUAUUUGAAAACAGUUCUGAUCUGCACAAAAGGUAGCUGUUUUGGCCCAUAAGAAAAAAAAUCCUAAAUUCAAAAAAUGUUUCCAAAUUAUAUUUCAAGUUCUCCAAAACUAUUCAUUAGGCUAGAGUCAAGCAGGAAAGGGGGGUAAAAUGUUGACUGGUGGUAAAACUAUGAGGAGUCUUAAGAUACAAUGGUACCUCGGGUUACAUAUGCUUCAGGUUACAUACCCUUCAGGUUACAGACUCCGCUAACCCAGAAAUAGUACCUCGGGUUAAGAACUUUGCUUCAGGAUGAGAACAGAAAUCGUGCUCCAGUGGCACAGCAGCAGCAGGAGGCCCUAUUAGCUAAAGUGGUGCUUCAGAUUAAGAACAGUUUCAGGUUAAGAACGGACCUCCGGAACAAAUUAAGUACUUAACCCGAGGUACCACUGUAGAAUGUAGCUCAAAUGCAGUCUCUAUGCAGGCUUCAAGUUCCUCAAAGUCUUUUUGGCCAAUGGCCGAUUCGCCAUUUCCAGAAACACAAAAAACAGUAUGGUAGUUACGCAGGUCUGUCUUUGUCAUUGAGCAAAAAAUACACAGUUUCCUUUGUAGGCUGAGAAACUAAGGAGCAAAGGCACAAAUUAAUUUUUAGUGGUGCUAGGUAAUUUAAAAAGUCAGCAUAUGCCCAUCUCUCCCACCCCACUUUGUUUAGCAUCUGGUCUGAUGAACGUUGCUGCCUUUACUUUAUGUGUGCCGUGGAGACCUCUGAAUUUAGCCAUUUAACAGUGAGAUCCUAAGCUUGAGGAAGUGGAUCUUACAUGAUCUGAAGGUGGGAAGGAAUGUUCCCUCCAACCUCCAGGUAAAGUUAUGUGGCUGGCAAGUUACCCAUUGUGAAUGACCCUCCUCACAAUUGUAAAUAUAUACCAGUAAAAGAUGAAUUGCAGGGCAGGAAGGCCAUAGCUAUGCAGAGCUAUUCCUUAGCUUCUGGUCAGAGAAUAGUAAGUGUUAGCUCCUGCUGCUUCUUUUUUUUGGUAAAUGUCCCCCAGUGAGAUCUUAACAAAAUCUCAGAAUUAUGAAAAUAUUUUGUGAUGGAGGUGCCAUUUUGCAUGAAAAUAUUUCCCAGAAAAUGUCAAAUGUCACCAAUCUGCCUGUCUCCCUGUGUGAUAGUAAUUGGCUUGGAAGGGCCAGCUCUGUCGAAGGCUCUGCUCGCCUCCUGCCUCCUCCUUGGUAAGAUAUUAAAAUGUAUUGAGUCUCCUUCAUUAAUGCAGGUGACUUCCUUGUCUCUGAAUAGGCACAUCUCUGUCUCGAUCCAGGCUGAGAAACAUAUUGUGAGUGGCAUGGCUUUAAACAUGAUUUUGAUAAUUAAACUUUCGAAAGAAAUUUAUUGACAGCAUUAUUCAGAUAUAAAAGCAGUUCUGGUUACAUGCUAAAAGGGAGAGAAUGUAAUUUCUCCUGGUCUAGCCAAAGCAACUUUUAUGAAGGUGAAGAAAUCCCCAAACUUCCAUUACAGGCAGAGUAUUUUUGUUUUGUUUUGUUUCAUUUAAUGUCUCUUUUUGCUGCCAUGUACUUGAUUUAGGCUUUCUCCAGCAGUUUUAUUUUAGUGGAAGUUUAAGUCUGCUACCCAAUUAUACCUCAUAUGUGAUAGAGAUGACUGAGUAUGUUGAGGGGAAACAGGGGAUGAGAAAUUAUAGUGUUGUCCCUUACAGACUUAUUUUUAUAUCUAUAACCUAUAUUUGUAAUUGCUUUUUAUCUCCAGAAAAAUGAAAAGUAUAAAUUUGCCCUCGUCACGGUAUAUUGCAGCACUGUAUAAGGCAGCACUGAGGCAAGGCUUCUCAUUUUCCAUCCCUGCUUGUUUCAGUUUUAAUUAUGAUGCUUCCCUUCCAUUGCUCUCAAUGGAAAAAAGCUUAGGGGGCGGAUUCUGAUUUUGCUUACAUCUGGCAAACACAGCUAUCUUCAUUAUGGAAACUUGAAUUUAACCUGGUAUAUCUGUAAACAAAAAAAUGGUUUGUGUGUCUUAAACUGUUUAAUUCUCUUUAGAAAUGGCACUUCCCUUCGAAGCUGUUCCAUUGCAUGUUCGAUCCACCUUUACCCAUUGCAUGUUAAAACUUGCACCUUAUUUUAUUUCAUAUGAGGGAUCAACAUUUCAGACACGCCUCAAGAGGCUUCUAAAACAUCUGUGCAUAGAAAAGGCUAUGAGCAUGUAUAAAAAACUCUGAUGAAAUAAUGCAGGAGGCAGGAUCUAUCUUCUGAUCAGGGGUAGCCCACUGGCAGCUCACAAACUACAUCCAGAUUCAGCCCCAAGUAAGUUUUGUCUGGUCCUUAAUCAUCAGGAUUAAGGAAUGUAAGAAGGCAUCAAUUCCUGUUCUGACCCAUGUUCACUGCAUGCUGCAUGUUUCUGAUCCAGUGCAGUUUGACUUCUGACAAAAACUACAUUAUUUGUCCCUCUGUCUGCUGUGACAGAAUUUUGUGUAAUUAUUUUACAUAUUUAUGCCACACCAUUCAUUGCAAUGCAAAGGAAAUAAAAUGCCAAUAGGUGGAAAGGUAACUAAUUAUGUAUCAUUUGCUGAUUGAAGACAACAGUGAAUACUAACAGUAUUCACUGGAUUGAUUUAAAUUCUGGACAUGGGAUAAAUAAACAAACAUCAAUUAUUUCUGUUUCCAACAGAAUUCUUAACAUCCCUAAUCAGGAUAUGGUAAAUAGUUUGCCCAUAGUUUCAGUCCUAAGGAACAGUACUUCUAAAGAAAAGAUGUUGUGUCUUCUGUGUGCGCCACAGAAUACACAAAUCAGGAAACUGAUGAUGGCAGAUGCUUUUAGGCAUUGAUAUCACACAGUUGAAGUUUCUGGUUAUGUGGAUUUCAUUCUCAGAACAUGUACUACCAAUACUCUGUGGUUUAUAAGGGGCACAACUAAGUUCCUGAGAAAACUGCAAUCUAACGACAAUCUCCAAGAAAUACCAUCAUAGCUACUAUAGACGUUGGGGACCUUUGCACCAACAUCCUCCAGAAAGGUGGAUUACAAGCCAUCAGGAAGAAUAUAAUCCUUCACUAAAGAGUUUAGUGAGAGAGUCAAGAUGUUAAGGUGGAGACUGAGGAUAUGUUAAGGUGGAAGCAGAAUUAUUAAUAAGACCAAGAAUAUGCAGCAUGACGAAUACAUUGUUGGACAUUCCGUUGACUGUUGGCAUCAUUCAGCAAUUGUUUGAUGAGCAAAUAAAAGUGAUUAGAGCUGAGAUUGAUGAAAUAGUGAAUGAAAGCAGACCAGAGAAGGAUGAAAUGGAAAACAAGGACACAUAGACUUUGGAGAACAAUAUGAAUGCCAGGACAGGAGGGUGAGAGUUGGAGGCAACAGUUGAUGAAAUGGAUAAAUCCUUCACACAGGUGUUUAGAGGAAUGAAACAGCCAAAUGGAAGAAUUGUGAUGUUGGAGGAGUUGAAUUAAACCAUGGAUGGAAAGAUGAAGAGACAUUCUGAUUUGGCAGAAAUAGUUGAGAGAGAAAGUCUACUACUUGAAUUUAGAGAGAAAAGCAUAUAUAGAGAGAGAUAGAUGGCUUUUCUCUCUAAAUGAUGAGUAUAUGUACCUACAACUGUGAUAUAUAAUGAUGAAUAUGUGUACCUGCAACUCAGAAUAACACUUCGUUCAUAUGAUGAACAAAGGCUUAUGCCAUAAUAAACCUAUUAUGUUUUUAAGGUGCCACAUGACUUUCUGUUGUUAUCUUUGUAAACUUGUAAACUUGGUAAUAUUUACAUAUUGUGUGCACAUAAUUUAUGUAAUGUAGUGCCUGAGCAUGCGUGCUUUAUUACUGUGAAGCCCUUAUUUCAAAAUGGCAACAACUUUAUUAUAGCGACUCAUAAAGGAGUUGAUGUAGCACACUACAUUUUUGGCUCCUGGAUAAGUAUCUGAAUAAGUGUGUGCCACCCUGCCCUGAAGUUGGCCUUCUCUCCCCUGGAUGCUUGCCCUGAUCAUUCGGUAGGACUGUAUGACUAUGUGCACAAUUAAUCCCCUAAAAAUGUAAUGGUCAUGGCUUUGUAAAUUUUAAAAUAACACAUUCUUAAAUGGCAUCUCUUUUUACUGUGUCCAUGAACUCUGCCUAGGAAAAUGCUUUUAACAAAUUGGCUACAAUGAUGCUGAAUAAAUCAUUUAUUAUUAGAACAAUAUACUGCACAAAUAUUUGGCUGGUUUAGCACUGCUGGACCCUGGAGAGAAGAGGCCGAAUGUGUAUAAUAUAAAUACUAUGUAGCAAACAGAUCUGCGGUGCCACAGAUAGCACUGGAAUUGAGACUGUUCCAGAGCUAAUGGAAGCUUCCUUGAGCUGCACAGAGCAGUGGACUAGUGUUUACUGGCUAGAUAAGAGGGGUUGUAGGCUGCUGGUUUUCUUUUACCUUCCCGUUAGAAAAGUCAUUAACUCUGUAAUCUUAAGGCUGGCCUGAGGGAAAAGUGAAGGUUGGCAAACCACCAACUCCAACACCCUACCAGCCUCUCGCAAGCAAGGCAGGAGCCAGGACGGAGAAGUGUAAGAAUUUACAUUUUUCUUCCGCAAAAUUUGAAAUCAGAUUACUGUUUAAGAGUACUUAUGCAACGCCCUCCUCUUAUGUGUGCAGCAUUUUAGCACUGUGGAACUCCCUCCAGUAAGAUGUCAAGGAAAUAUACAACUAUCCGACUUUUAGAAGACAUCUGAAGGCAGCCCUGUUUUGGGAAGAUUUUUAUGUUUGAAGUUUUAUUCUGUUUUUAAUGUUCUGUUGAAAGCCGCCCAGAGUGGCUGGGGAAACCCAGCCAGUUGGGCGGGUAGAAAUAAUAAAUUAUUUGUUGUUGUUGUUGUUGUUGUUAUUACUGUUCAUAUGCAACCCUUUACACAGAAGAUCUAAGAAACUUGGCGUGUAAGCAGACUUUUGAUGGCAAUUUAGUUACUAUUCCUAGAGUAUUAUAGAAUUUUGAACAUAAACAUGACACAGCAUAAGAAGAUCUCUUCUAGAUCAGGCCAAAGGCCCAUCUAGUUUAGCAUCCAGUUCUCAGGGUGGCCAAAAACAGGACUUGAGUGCAAAAGCUCUCCCCUUGCUGGUGUGAUUCCCAGCAGCUGCUAUUCAGAGGCAUCUCAUCACUGACCCUGGAGGUAGAACAUCACCAUUUUGCUAGCUAAACCUUUGAUAGUCUUAUCCUCCAACUUAUUUAAUCCUUUUUGAAAACCAUCCUAGUUAGUUGCCAUCACUUCAUAUGUGGGGAGUGAAUUCCAUUGUUUAACUAAGAAGUACUUCCUUUUGUCUAUCUCCAAUCUUCCAACAUUCAACUUACCCUGUUUCCACUGUCUCCACACCAUACAUAAUCUUAAACACCCCCAUCAUAUCCCUGUUGCCUUUUUUUUCUCCACUGAAAAGCCUCAGAUAUUGUAUCCUCCCUCUCAUAGGGGAGUUGGCCUCAGAACAUUGAUCAGUUUCCAGUUACUCUUUUCUGAAACUUUUCUAGCUUUGGUUUUUAUUUAAAUGUCACUCCACAAGCUGCUUCUAUUGGUGUCUCUGGUAUUCAUGCUCAUCUGACACAUCAUAAAAUCAUGCUCAACCAAUACAACGAAGUUCUCUGUACUUUCUUCUCAUACCUCAGGGUGGGUAACCUCUGACCCAUGGGCCAACUUUGGCCCCUGCACACCUCCAAAACUAGGAUCAUGAGGCUGCUUCUCCUAAACCAUAUGCACCUGCCCCACACUUGACAUGGUAGAGAUGCAGCUCUGUUGGGGGACUUCAUCCCUACAGAAAACAUGGGCUGAAAUCACGGCUCAGCUAGUGAUGGGCAGCGACUUCAGCCCUGCUGAAUUUGUGGCACAAUGGAGUUCCAGGAAACAUCUCUGCCAGCCCUGUGCUUGGUGUUUUGCUUAUUUUAGAGCUGGCAAAGCCCCUUACACUGCCCAUCCCAAGUGCCUGACAGUCAUCUGUCGUCAACAGAUGGGUGGCACAACCUAAAAUGGGCCUAUCGGCUGCAGAAGUACAAGUGGCAUCCCAAAAACAAAUUCUCACACCACUAGCAGGAAUGAAAAUUCACAACAGGUUUUUUCAUGCUUUGUGAAGAAGAGUGAUUGAAUGGACGCCAUACCACACAUCCAGUUUGUUGCGCAAUAAACACAUUUCUUUCUUUUUUGUUGCCUCCAACCCUGAAAUCUUACCCUAAGAUUGGUCUUUUGUUGCAGGGGUGUUUCAUCUCCACGGCACUGAAAGUGAAAUUUUUGUAGCUGGGAAAAUGAGAUGCUUCCCCCAGAGAGCUCAUUCUUUCUGCAGGGCCUGCAAGACAGAGCUGUUCCACCAGGCCUUUGGCCAGGGCACAGCCUGACUCCCUCCCUUGGCAAUCUUCACGGAGUUCUGGCCCAAUGGUUGCCAGUGGCUUGAAUUAAUUAAUUUUAUAAUGAAUGAUUUUAGAGUGUUGUUUGUGCUGUACUUUUGUACUGUUUUAUUGUUGUUAGCCGCCCUGAGCCCGGCUUCGGCUGGGGAGGGCGGGAUAUAAAUAAAAUUUAUUAUUAUUAUUAUUAUUAUUAUUAUUAUUAUUAUGCAGGUGUUCCUGCUACCUACUCUGUAUAGGCUAUUUGUGCGGCAGUUAGUGUAAGGUGAUGCAACUUUUUUGCCCCUCCCAUGCCUGCACCAUUUUGUGAACCUUUAGUGUGUGUUUUGAAAUCACAACUUCUCUAGCCACCCUAACCGCUGUUGCUGCCUUUCUCCUCACAAGCACAUGUCCUGCCACGAGUGCUGUGACAGCAAGGCUGUCAUUGAACAAACAUGUAAGAAUAUUGUAAAAAGGAUAGAAAAUAUUUUUCUGAUUGUGCAGAAAUUGAAGCUUAACCUAUAAUGCAUUUUUAAGUUGCAGCAGACGUGUUCUCACAAGUGAUUUCUAUAUCUAAAAAUGUAACAUGGGAAGGUUUCUACCUCUGAGAUAAGCAUGGUUAUGUUGAACUGUUCUCUAAUCUUAGCUUAGAUGUUGCUUUCAGAAGUUAGUGAACACAUAAAUCCUUCCUGUGUAACAUUUUUAGAAGUUAAUGCCUGUUAUAGCAUGGUAAGGUAAAGGACCCCGGACAGUUAAGUCCAGUCAAAGGUGACUAUGGGAUGCGGCGCUCAUCUCUCUUUUCAGGCCAAGGGAGCUGGCAUUUGUCCACAGCUUUCUGGGUCAUGUGGCCAGAAGGACUAAACUGCUUCUGGUGCAAUGGAACACUGUGAUGAAAGCCAGACCAGCAAAGCUUUUUCCUGGGCUGCUGUUACGCAGAGAUGGAUAUGGGGCUGACUUUUCUUUUCUUUUCAAAUUCAUCUAGUCCAGCCCCCACUCCCUUUUAGUCUGUACUUUAGGGCAGGCAGUAAUUUCUUGGGAACCAGUGUCGAUCCAGCCUGGACCCUGACACAUUUAUUUGGUAUUGUUCAGUUGCUGCGGAUAUGUGCUAGGCUGAUUAGAUAGCGCAUGUAUGGCAGUUCCCUAGUGCACUUGUUACCUAGGAAACCAUGAGCUCUACAUGUGUGUCACUUAACACCCUAUUUGCUUUCAUUUGGAUAAGUCUUUAAUUUCUGCACUGCCCCAUCUCCUCUGGAUCUAUUCAAGUCGCCUGUCUUCAUACACUAAUCCCUCUCCUUCUGCCCUGCUUGCCUCUCUGGCUGUGGUUCUCAAAAAAGUCCCUGCCUGCUCGGAGCAAGUUUCCAAACCUGUGGGUAAUCUGAACAGCUCGUGCCUUUAACAAUAAUAACUCAAAUUAUAUACACGGCUUCUCCCAUCCAGAAGCAAUUAGUAGCUCAAAUGUGAUGCUUAACACUUCCAUCAUCAAAGCACUCUACAGACGUUAACUAAUUAAUCCUUCAAAUAUUGCAAUGAAGCACAGUAAGGUGGCUAUUUCUCCUUUGUAGAUGGGGGAAUUAAGGCACACAGAAUAUCAAGGCUGGACAGUGGCUGGCUCUGCUUCACUAUGCAAAGGAUGCAACAUCCAAAAUAUCUGUCAUUCAAGUAGAAAUAAGAGGUCAACUACCCACUCCUAAGAGUUUCAUUUUCAAAUGGAGUCUCUACCCUGGUUCUUAUCUGAUUAAUCUUAGACUUUCCCUGGUCCCCCAGUGACUCAGGUAGAAUAUUUUGUGAACUGCACAUUAAGAUGCUGGUUUUUAGCUGUGCUGAAGCUUCUUUGCAACACACUUGCCCCUCAUUAUCUAUGUUUAGCUGAAUAUUCAGAAAGCUUCCCCCCUCAUCACCAAUUUUUAUUCUGUAAAACAGGUAUUUUGUGAUGUCCACAACAGUUUCUUUGAUUUCCAAAUGUGUCUCCAGACGAAGAAGGUUGUAGAACUCAGAUAGAACUGAUUGCAGCUGAUUAAAAUAUUAGAUUGCAAGAAAAAAACUUAUUAUGGGGGGGUGCUCCAGUUUGUUCCAGUGCCAUUUGCUGGAAGCAAAGAAAGAAAGAAAGGUUGGUUUUUGGGGAGCUGUCAGACCAUUGCUUCCUAUAGCUCAAGACAGGGGUGCUGAGGGGUCUUGCCCCCCCAAAAACCCAGGAAGGGUCUGGGCUCUCUCAAUAUCCUGUGGCGACAUGUGCACGCAGUGUGAGCACACCACAGAAUGCGCUCACGACACUCGUGCAAGCUGUGCAGGGGCAAGCCGGUGUGCGUGGCUCAAGAGCUAUGCCUCCUAAUUAAACCUGUCACUGCCUUCCACAACAGGCCACUGAGGGAUGUUUGGGUUCACCUAUUCCAACUGUAAGCUGAAUGCUGAGCGUAUGUUAUAUAUAAUUGUUUUACCUGCCCUUCACCAGCAGCUGUGAGGGUGGGUUACUACAAUUUAGAAUUCAGAAUUCAAAACAGUUAAAACAGAUUAUAGUCCCAAAAAAUGUGGUGGGGGCACUGAAAACACACAUUUCAGAAGUAAAGGCCAGUGUAGAGAAGUUUCUUCUGCAGACUAGUGCAGUAGUGUACAGGUGACAGCACUGGAGGCCUGGAAGAGCAGAUCCUGUAAAACAAAAGAGUUCUGCAAGCAGUGGUAGAUGGUCCAGAUACAAAUGUGAAGACAGUACUGUUAGAUCCUGUCUGCAGCACUGUCUGGUCAGCAAGACCAAUUAAAGAUUCCCUUCCCUUUAGCAAUACCUGCUCACCUGCUCACCUAGGGUUCUGGGUGGACACUCUUUGGUGCAUGGUGUGGCCAUGGAGGGCUGCCAUCUUCUGACGUGGCCAGGGGAGGGGAUGGUCACCUGGUGCCACCCAACUCUGACUGCAUUGGGCUCCCAGGUAAGGACAGGCAGUGCCUGCAAGCCAAUCAGUCUCCAGCCCACUCCAUGCCUAUUUAAACGGGCAGCCAGGUGCAGGCCACCCUCUUGGCUGAUCGUCAUGGGAUUUUCAACCGACCUAGUCCUUAGGGGUCCACCCAGUGGGGGAGCAGGUGUGUUGCCUAUGGACCUUGCUAUAGUUUACACCAUAGCUUUCCAAACUUUUCAUAUUAGUAACCGCUUUCCAGCCCUGAAAGGAGUGUGGGGAGUGUUCGUGCAACACACCUACACACUGCAGCCGACACACUAACGUGUCAUGACACACAAUUUGGAAAGCUCUGGUUUACAUGGUCACCAUAUUCGGGGACAGGGAGGAAUUUUCUCCUGCAAGCAAACUGGCCGGCUUGCAGGUUUUUGCCUACCUCAUCACAACAUUGGGAGAUAAGGCAUUGGGCUGGAUCCUUAGUCGCAGGAGUAUCCUGUUAGCAGGGUCCAGGAGGGGUGACUCUGUCUGGGAGUCCAUGGCGGAGGGGGAACAGUGGGCCAAUACACCUCCCCCAAAGGCGACUCCCCAGCACCAGGUUCCUAUCAGGUAGCAGGAUACAUGCCCAGUGCCUUAGCCAAAUCUACUCUUUCCUGUAAUCAAUAACGUUGUGGCUUAAUUCAACCUAAAACCAAUUUCCUGUGUCCAUUCUUGUGGCCCUCCCUGCACCUGCAGUGGGCAUCAUGUCCAUGUGCUGGCAAGGAUAUAAUUCUGUCUUACAAGCUACAAGUGUUAUCUAGUCUGAAAUUUAUUUGUCCCACUCCCCCUAUGGCAUUAAAAAAAUAAAAAUAAAAAUCGAAUGAAGGCAUGGAAUAUAUAAUUUGCCAUCAUAUAAAUGACAAAUUUGAUACACAAAUGGAGAUGAAGCACCCUAGCAUUGUCGCAAGGUUACCAACUUUCUCUUCUUCCUGUUUAAGGGUCUCCUCUGACCACCCCAAAGCUGUGUGUACUGUUGCCUUUGUAGACCGCAAUCUGUACUGAAAUCCAAGCCUGCUGUUAACUUCACUUGCGCUCUAUUCUUGUGUUUGCUAUUAUUUUUUAACACUUUUUUGUGCAUAAAAGCACUAUCCUCUCCCUAGAGCCUGCCUGCAGUGAAGACAUGGUCUGUACAACUGCAAUUAUUUAGAAGAACAGAUGGAGUGAGGAGCAGAAAGUCUGUUAAUAGUAAUAGAAAUGCUACAUGUUAACCUGGACAGCACACGAUGACAGUCCCAUGACUACACGUUCUGUUCCCACCAGCUGGGCACCAACGCAGAAGUGAGAGAUUCACAACAAUAGCAAAACCAAGAACCCACCUAAAGUUAGAAAUCAAAUUCCUUCACACUUUUCAGUGUAGGUUUCCCCCCACCCCCAGUAAUCUCCUGCCUCAUGGUCAUUUCAAAAUAUUUUCAUAUUUAAGGUGUGGUGUUAUAAAUUUCAGCAUGGUUGGCAGGAUAGAAAUUAGGCAUGAAUGUGUGAGAAGGAAGUACAGGCCAAUAAAGGGAGCACAAACAUGGUAAACCAAGAAUUUUAUAUCCCCCCCCCCCAUCACAAUAAUUAACUCUUAAGAUUGUGCUGACAUAAUAUAUAUAAUCGCUGAGCAGCAGAUUUGCUUGGGCUUUUUUUCUUUUGGGUGCUUUUUUUGUAAGAUGUGAAUGAAUCAGAGGUUGCUCUUAAUGGAAUCUAAAAGACAGGAAGGGACAUGACACAGUGGCAGAACAUCUGCUUUGCAUACAGAAGGUUCAGCCCCCAUAUCCAAGCAUGGUUGAGAGAGACCCCAGUCAGAAACUUUCCCGCUCCUGUAAACUAGUGAUCCACGCUCUCUCCAGGCCCACAUUUAACCCCCAGCCCUGAGUUUCUAAGAUAAAAAAACACCAGUCAUUGAGUUAGCUUAGAAUUCACACAUUUGAAACUGGAUGCCCUCCUUGCAAACCAGUUUAAGCAUAAAAUGAUUUUUAGUUUCAUGUGUUAAAUCUUUAGAUUAGAUUGUUAAAGUUUCAGAGACAGAUGUGAUAUCACUGCCUAAUGACAGACCAGUUGGAUAUUAUGCAAGAACAAAGCUAAGUCCGUGAAGCUUAUGCCGUCAUAAACUGGUUAGUUUUUAAGACUCUUAGUAGUUUUUUGCUGCAAAAGGCUGUUGGCUAAUCCUCUAGAUUUUGUUAUGAAAUUAUUCUCCUCAUCUUUUACAAUCAGUCACUGUGUGUGACCAGUGAGAAGCUUAGGAACUAGUCUGUUGUGAAAACAGAUUCAGAGAGCAUUGAGGCUGCCCCCUCCCCCCGAGGAUCUAGGCCAGAGGUCCCCAAACUUAUUUGGCCUACCGCCCCAUUUUAUUGGGGGGGAAACCUCAGUGCCCCCCUGGAAAUCUACCUUCUUUUAAGCCAACAAAUUAAGCUUGCUGGCUCAGUCUGAUCCGCCCCAGGACUGGGGCUGGUGCUGAAGCCAUUGGCCAAGUAGGCGUCUGCUGUGAUCCACUUCCUGGGCCUGAGUGAAGCCCCAAAGGGAUCAUCCAAGCCCGGGAAAACCCCUCGCCUCAAGCAUGUCUGCCAGAUCCAGGGGAGGCGUUGUCGCCAUCCCACAAUGGUGCCCGACCUUUCGGUUAGCAUCAUUACACCAGAUGAAACACGUACAAACAGGUUUUUUUCUUUCUUUCUCUGCUUUUUGUAGUGAAGAGCAGGCUGAAAUACUUUAAAUACAUAAUAUCCAUAUUUUUUACAGGAGAAGAAGUAUGUUCUCAUCAUGGUAGAUCCAGAUGCCCCUAGCAGAGCGAAGCCAGAAUACCGUUUCUGGAGACAUUGGGUUGUCGUUGGAAUCAGAGUGAGUAGCAUGUGUGUUUAUGUUAUUACAUUAUUCAUGAGGAUGCAUCAGUAGCUUUGGAAACACUGCCGAGUUCAGAUAUACCUGGCUCUUUCCUCCAUCAUUGUUUUCUCACCUUACUCAGUGGUUAACAGUGAUUAAAUGAAUAGUAGUUAAUUAAUUAGCAACUAUUUUGGAGGAGAGGUCUGUCUACAGACAGAUGGCCCUGUAAAGACAUCAUGGCCAGCACUACACACUCAUACCUCGGGUUGCAGACGCCGCUUCAGGUUGCGUUUUUUCAGGUUAUGGACUGCCGAAACCCAGAAGUACUGGAAUGGGUUACUUCUGGGUUUUGGCAGUCGCACAUGCACAGAAGUGCUAAAUCAUGCUUUGCGCAUGCGCAGAAGUGCCGAAUUGCAACCCGUGCACGCGCAGAUGUGGGUUGCGAAUACUGCGGGUUGCGAAUGUGCAUCCCACACGGAUCACGUUCGCAACCCGAGCGUCCACUGUACCAGUGAGUGUCGGUGGGACUGGGGCCACUAUGGGUCUCAUGGGCGGGAUGAAGGGGAGAUGGUGAUAUGUAAAAUCACUCUUCUUCAGCUUUUGCUCAGUCCAGCCAAGGAGAUUCUUUAAAGUUUUCAUGAACCAUCUCAGGAAGUGCAUGGUCCUCUUGCUCCAAAGGCAUGGGAACAUCCCUUAUCUGUGCCCUGUGAUCUAGACCAGGGACUACAAACUACCUUUGACUUGUUGUCUGGGACUUGUAUGAAAAUAGAAAAACACUUUAGAUUUGUGUGUAUACCUAUCUGAUAUGGUUCUUCAUGGUUGAGUCUCAAGCCAAUGUGACAGGGCGGUUGUAGCUUUGGUGGGGCAUGUAUACACAUCAACUUAGAUUUGGUAAGGUUACAGUGAACGCAGAUAUCUUGCCAGUAUAUGGCCAGUAUGCUUUCUGUGGUUUUGGUCUAACUGUGUUAAUUCAGGUAUGUCAAGUUUCAGGAAUUUGCCCUCUAUUCAUGCAGAAAAACUAUUUCAGGUGAGAUUUGUUUUGAUUAAAAAUAAUAAUAAUUAAAAAGGCUAAUUAAUCUGUCAGGACCAGGUGCUUUGUGGAGCAUAUUUUUAAUCCCAUCUUGGAUUACUGCUAGGGUAAAAGAUCUAAUGAUUUCAAGGUUUUUUUCUAGGAAUGUUGUGUCCAGUGGUUCAGAUUAAUAAAGUUUUGUAUAAUUUUUUUUUCAAUCCUCCAGAAUUUUUUUUGUCUUUGGAUUUUUUUACCUUUUUGCAUUUUAACACAAUAUAUAACUCAUUUUGUUUGAUUUAUGCAUACUUGUUUGCUAGGCAGAAUAUUCAUUAUAAUAUCGCUUUAUCUUCUGAAGUGAAUUAAGUAUCUGCAGGACUUCUAGAGAUCUUAGUUCUGCUCUUUUUCUUAAGUCUUCUGUACACUCUUUGUGUGCAUUUAUGUUCAGUUUUAAGAUCUUGUAUUUCCUGAAUUAGAUUGGCAUUUACCUUCUAUUUCUCUUUUUAAAUUCUCCUUUCUUUUCACUUAUAAGUAUGCUAUGCAUCACACCUUUAUUUUUAUUUUUUUAAAUAAUAUUUAUUAAAGUUUCACAGAAAAAGAAUCACAUUAUU